AGGGUGGAAGCAGGAGGAGGCCUGUUCAAAAACAGCAACGAGGCUGCAGAUGACCCCCUCUCUGUGGAGGAGCAUCUAUAUCAUGCUUUCAAGCCCUUGGAGGGUUUUGUGUUUGUGACCACGAAGAUCUUCAACUGCAAGGUAGGCCAGUGUGAUUAUUGUCCUGUUACAGGUGGGGGGGCAGGUGCUCUGGGGGCAAGAGGGCAGUGGCUUGCUUAAGGAUGGUGCCCAAGAGAGAUUUGGCCCGGAGGACCUUAAUUCCAGCUCCCCUUUCUUAGCUGUGUCUCUGUGCCACCAGCCGCUGGACUCCCGACAGCUUCUGAGAACCAAAAUGGCAAACUCUGCAAGGAUGAGGCACACGUGGUUCUCCAGGUGUUACUGGACCACAACCCUCAUCAUCCCUUGAAUUUAGCUGCCUGGCUUGGGACUAAAAGGGGGGGGGCAAAUAAAAACCCUCCUCCCCGCACCCUUUAGCCUUCCUGGCUUUUCUUAGCCUCUAAAGAACCAGCCACUGUUGCCUGCCUUUGCACCAUGUGUUUUGCCUUGGCGUAGAUCUUUUAGGUUCUGCGGUUUUUUGUCUUUUCCGGCAAUGUUUUUACUGUCUCGCCGAUCCUCGUGCAGAUUGCCUUGAGUACCUUGUUCAUUGCAAAGGUGAUUCCUAAGUUUUGAAAACAAACAAACACACACGUUUUUCCAGCUGCCUGUGGAGAGCUUUCCAAGUACCGGUAGGGUAGCAGCUUGAGAUCAACAGUGAACAUAAGAACUGAUCGCGAGUAGAGUCGCUUCUGACUUCAUUGGGAUUAAUUUGCACUUUCCUUCUGAGCAAACACAGGCUCCUUACCACUGGGUUGUUUUAAACUUGGUAUCGUUUGAUGUUUGUUGUCCUGGGUUCGUUUGGGAAGAACGGUAGGAUAGAAAUUUAAUGCAUAAUAAUAAAUAACGUCUUGUCCCCUAGAAUCAGACUCUCUCUCCCCCACCCCCCUUCCUACAUACCUUUCCUCUCCUAGCUUUUCCUGACUGACCUUCAUUUGUACAUCUUGCAGGCAAGGCCUGUUCCAACUUUUAAUGUUUCGUACCUAGCAAUUUCAGACACGUUAAAUGAUGCCUGGUUAGGAUCACGUGGAACUUGAUGUUUCGAAGAGGAGUGGAUGUGAUAAGGAGAUAGAUUGCUAUCUCCCAACCUAAUCAGACCCCUAAUCAGAAACAAAGUCAUUUCCCUUCCAAAAACCCGGAAGCUCACUUCUUUUAAAAACUAGCCUUGUGAGCUUCAGAAGCCAAGUAACUCAGACAAUUGGGUGUGUGUAUGUGUGUGUGUGGCACAAGGAAGGGAGACCAUUUUCACUGCAUUGGGUAUCCAUGGCUUUUCAGGGUGAGUUUAGGCAUUGCUGAAUGUGACUCAAGUAUUGUGUGGGGGACUCCCUGGUCCUGAAUGGGGUAACUGUGCCCCCGAAGGACCAGGUGUGCAGCCUGGGAGUCAUUCUGGACUCACAGCUGUCCAUGGAGGCGCAGGUCAAAUCUGUGUCCAGGGCAGCUGUUUACCAGCUCCAUCUGGUCCGCAGGCUGAGACCCUACCUGCCCGCGGACUGUCUGGCCAGAGUGGUGCAUGCUCUAGUUAUCUCUUGCUUGGACUACUGCAAUGUGCUCUAUGUGGGGCUCCCUUUGAAGGUGACCCAGAAACUACAACUAAUCCAGAAUGCGGCAGCUAGACUGGUGACUGGGAGCGGCCGCUAAGACCACAUAAUAACAGUCUUGAAAGACCUACAUUGGCUCGCAGUACGUUUCCGAGCACAAUUCAAAGUGUUGGUGCUGACCUUGAAAGCCCCAAACGGCCUCUGCCCAGUAGACCUGAAGGAGUGUCUCCACCCCCAUCGUUCUGCCCGGACACUGAGGUCCAGCUCCGAGGGCCUUCUGGCAGUUCCCUCACUGUGAGAAGCCAAGUUACAGGGAACCAGGCAGAGGGCCUUCUCGGUGGUGGCACCCAUCCUGUGGAACACCCUCCCACCAGAUGUCAAAGAGAAAAACAACUACCAGACUUUUAGGAGACAUCUGAAGGCGACCCUGUUUAGGGAAGCUUUUAAUGUUUGAUACAUUACUGUAUUUUAAUAUUUUGUUGGAAGCCGCCCAGAGUGGCUGGGGAAGCCCAGCCAGAUGGGUGGGGUAUAAAUAAUAAUAAAAAUUAUUAUUAUAAAUGUAUAUACUGCCUUUACCUCCAACUAGAACUCAAGGCAGCUUCCACGCAUUAAAGCAACAUGGAUAAAAUACUGGACUACUGCAAUGUGCUCUGUCUGGAGCUUCCCUUGUGCUUGAUCCAGUGCUUGCAGUUAGUGCAGAAUGCUGCAGCGCGAUUGCUGACAGGAGGGAGGCCUUGUCAGCAAAUGACACCUGCGCUCAGAGUCCUGCGCUGGUUUCCAAAUUGCUACCGGGCCGAGUUCAAGGUGUUGCUGUUGGGGUCAAUACCCCACAUGCGUCCACCGCAUUGCUUGGGUGGGUGGAAUUAGCACUGCCACAACUGCCACGUAAUUCCCAUUCCACAUCUGUAAGGAACUUGUUCUUUUAGUCUGGCAGCCCCUGCCUAUUCUCUGGAACUCCCUGCCUAUUGAUAUCAAGCAGGCGCCUUCGCUGUUCUCCUUUUGGCACCUGCUAAAAACAUUCUUGCUUAGACAAGCCUACCCAAAGGCUUAGAAAGUGGAGGUAAUUUUAGUUUGUUUACCUUUUUAACAUGUGUAUGUUUUAAAGUAUGAUAUAUAUAUUUUUCUUGGUUUCAUUGUUCUGUCCUUUGGUAAACUGCUUUGAGAUGUAUUGUUUCUUUGAAACAAAUGAAUGAAAUCCAUAGCCAGCGCUUCAAACUGAGCCUGGAAACAGGUAGCCGGUGAAGCUUUUGCAACAGGAGAGUCAUGUUCCCCUUGUAAUGAGAGAAUGAGCAGGUCUUGCUGUGGCUGCGUACCUUUGCAUGACUUAAUAAUAGUGCUCUGCAUUUUUGACAUUUCUGCCGUGCUGCUUGUGUGCUUGCAGUGCUCUGUGCACAGCUCCCCAGAUUCCAAAGUGAUGGAGGUUGGUUUGGGGUGAAAGCAGCCAGAAGUGCUCCUUGCGGCUUCUUAGUGGAUUCCAACUUGCGCUCCUAAUGUGUUACCAGCAGAUUUGAUUUGCGUGGACUUGGCUGGGUCUUGCAUUAGCUCUGCCAAUGGGGCGUGGCUCUGCCUUGCAGCUCCUCACUUUGCAUAUGAGAUUUUUCAGUGUAUAAGACUAGGUUUUUUCCGUUAAAAAAGUCAUGCUAAAAAUGGGGGUCAUCUUAUACAUUGGUAGUGCAUAGGGCAGGCGUUUGAUUGGUUGCUCCCAUGGCUGUUAGCGGCCAUUGUGCAUGUUACUGGUUGCUACGUCAAUGGGUGGUGUUGAUUAGCUGACACUGCGGCAAUUGGGCAUGCGAUUGGCAGCUUCUUCCGACGAGGGGACAGCCGAGAGGCGGAUUUAGUGAUGCUCAACAACUCUGUGCCAUCUCCCCCCAUUUUCCUAAAUUUGAGUCCCCCCAAAGAGGGGCGUGUUAUACACGGAAAAGUACGGUAUAUAUUUACUGUCUGCUCAGGAUCUGUGAGUUUCCCGUAAUGGGCACCCGGCUGGCCACUGUAAGAACAGGAUGCUGGACCAAAUAGGCCACUGACCCGAUCCGUCAGGGUUCACCUUACGUUCUUAUGUUAGUACAGUGGACGCUCGGGUUGCGAACAUGCAUGCUCUGGUUACCUCCCACUUGGACUACUGCAAUGUGCUCUACGUGGGGCUACCUUUGAAGGUGACCCAGAAACCACAACUAAUCCAGAAUGCGGCAGCUAGACUGGCGACUGGGAGCGGCCACUGAGACCACAUAACACAGUCCUGAAAGAGAUUCCUUGGCUCCCAGUACGUUUCUGAGCACAAUUCAAAGUGUUGGUGCUGACCUUUAAUGCCCUAAACGGCCUCGGUCCUGUAUAGCUGAAGGAGCGUCUCCACCCCCAUCGUUCUGCCCAGACACUGAGGUCCAGCUCUGAGGGCCUUCUGGGAGUUCUCUCAUUGCGAGAAGUGAGGUUACAGGGUACCAGACAGAGGGCCUUCUUGGUAGUGGUGCCCGCCCUGUGAAAUGCCCUCCCUUCAGAUGUGAAGGAAAUAAGCAGCUAUCUUCUCUUUAAAAGACAUCUGAAGGCAGUCCUGUUGAGGGAAGUUUUUAAUAUUUAAUGCUGUUUUGUUUUUAACACUUGAUUGGAAGCCGCCCAGAGUGGCUGGGGAAACUCAGCCAGAUGGGCGGGGUAUAAAUAAUAAAUUAUUAUUAUUAUAUUAUUAUCUGUGCAGGAGGCACCUUUGCAACCCGCAGCGCCACGAUUCUGCACUUUUGCGCAUGCGCAUAGCGCAAUUUAGCGUUUCAGCGCAUGCCCAAGCACUGAAACCUGGAAGUAACCCGUUCCGGUACUUUCGUGUUUUAGUGUGUCCGUAACCCGAAAACGCGGAACCUGAAGCGUCUGUAACCCAAGGUAUGACUGUAUACACAGCUAAAAGCUUCAGAAGAACUGCUGUGCUUGCCUAAUAUUUCUUUGCAGUCGGCAUCCAUUCGCCUAUUCACUCUUGGCAUCCAUUCAUUGUUACUAAAGAAUGAAUGAAGCGGCAGGUUUUAUGCAGGAAAAAACAAAGCACUGGGAGAUAUUCGCUGGCUGAGGGCCAUCCAAGUGGAGGAGGCAGGAAGACAAGGCUCUGGCACAGUUUAGGCGAAAGGCGAGUCCCAUCCUUCAGAAACAUUCAUUCUAAAUUUAGAGUGGGUCAGGCAGCGGAGAGGCAACUGGAGCAAGCGAUUGUGUACGAGAGAAGAGGCAGCUCCAGGCUCUCAUUGAGCAUAAAUCCAGCCUGACAAAAGCAGCCCAUUCAGAAACACUGUCGUUACUAAGCAAUAUACCUGCUUCUUUGAAAGAGGGCAGAGGGAGAGAAAUGAACUCAUCCACGAUGCAUAUAAAAAAUAACUCCCGAGAGGAUGAGUUCGUUACUAUUGGGCUGGUAGGUGUACAAAUUCAUGAACUGCAAAUUCCAGGCUGCAUUUUGAGCAGUAUCUCUGCCUCUAUGUUGGGUUCAGGGUUGUAUUAGGGUGUCUCUGUGGUCUAAACCACAGAAAGGGUCAGUCAGUUUUAUUGCACAUAGCCAAAGGCUGCUGCAAUGUACACAGAACCAUUCAACAGUCUAAACCACUGAGCCUCUUGGGCUUGCUGAUCAGUAGGUCGGCAGUUCAAAUCCCUGUGACGGGGUGAGCUCCCGUUGCUCUGUCCCAGCUCCUGCCAACCUAGCAGUUUGAAAGCACACCAGUGCAAGUAGAUAAGUAGGUACCGCUGUGGCAGGAAGGUAAAAGGUGUUUCUGUAUGCUCUGACUUCCAUCACGGUGCCCCGUUGCACCAAAAGCAGUUUAGUCCUAGUCCUGGCAUUUGUUGUGUACAUAAGCUUCAAAGUUUCCUUUCCUUUUUAAAUUUAUUUUAUAUUUUGCAAUGUUUUUCCUCAAUAUUUAGUAGUUUCUCCAUGUUUAGAUAUUUUUCUUCGGUGAAGCGAAAUUACCUAGAUUACCUAUUGAUUUAAAAUACAAAAAAUAGCAAAAGUUAAAAAACAACAACAAAUGGAUGUUUUAUAAACCCAGGAAAAGAAUUUUCAGCACAGUACGAAAGUUUAAAGCAUUCCUUUCUUUAAUUUUGUAAUUUACUGUGGAAAAUGCUCAAAAUAUCGCUACUGCUGUAGUUAGCAGUAGGAAUUGAUAGCUGAGCAAAGAAACAUAAAAACUCCUUAAACACUGAAAAAGAAAAGAAAAGAAGCAGAAGCAGUUUAGUCCUGCUGGCCACAUGACCUGGAAAGCUGUCUGUGGACAAACGCCGGCUCCCUCUGCCUGAAAGCGAGAGGAGCGCCGCAACCCCAUAGUUGCCUUUGACUGGACUUAACCGUCCAGGGUACCUUUACCUUUACCUAGAUUUAGUUUUCAUUUCCAUACGCUAGGAAGCAAACUUCUUCUCACAGCGCAGAGUUAAACUAUGGAACUCCUUACCACAGGAGUCAUUGGUGGCCACCAACUUCAGAGGGGUUUAAAAGAGGACAAAUUAAUGGAGGAGAGGGUCAUCGGUGGCUCCCAGUCAGGAUGGCUUGGCUCUGCCUCCAAGUGGCCAUGGUCCUGAGCACCAGUAUCUGGAAACCCCAGGAGGGAGAGGGCUCUUGUGGGUUUCCCAUAACGGCAUCUGUAUGGCUACUGUGAGAACAGGAUUCUGGAUUAUGUGGUGCCCCCUUGGGUCUGACAUAGCAGGCUCUUCUUAAGGUUUUCUGGGGUCUCCCUCCCCACUUUUGUCUUAUCUGAUUUGGGUGUCUGUUGCUUAAUGUGGAUAUGUGAUUUUAUGUACUGAGGUAUGCACACACAUACAGAUAUAUGGAUGGGGAGGUUUAAAUAGUCACAUUUUUCCUUACGUUGCAGUUUGAAAACAGAGAAUGUAAAGAUUGCAUAAUAAUACAAGCAGUCCCGAUACUUUCAUCUUGGAAUGGUUGAUCUCAUCGCAAACUACUUAAACAAGUACAGUGGUACCUCGGGUUAAGAACUUAAUUUGUUCCAGAGGUUUGUUCUUAACCUGAAACUGUUCUUAACCUGAAGCACCACUUUAGCUAAUGGGGCCUCCCACUGCUGCUGUGCCGCCGCUGCACGAUUUCUGUUCUCAUCCUGAAGCAAAGUUCUUAACCCAAGCUAAUAUUUCUGGGUUAGCCGAGUCUGUAACCUGAAGCGUCUGUAACCUGAAGCGUCUGUAACCCGAGGUACCACUGUACGUUUGAACAUUGCUGCCUCUUGCACACAUUCUGAUUUGUUUGGGGAGAAGUGGAGGUUUACUUUUGGGGAGGGUGGUGGUUGUUGUUGUUUCUGCAUUUUUCUGCAAUUCUGCAGCCCAGAACUCCACGUGUGCCUGAGCAUCCCUGACUCUGAAGCAACCCUUAUGUGCACAAUUAUUAUGCUGAGCAGAGAUGUUUUGAUGUUAACGGGUGGCGACAGACGCCUCUCUGAACAGUACUCUUUCAUUUCCCCUCUAUCUCCCAGCUACGUUUACUGGAACCCUGAGACAACUGAUGAAUUCCAACUUGCAGAGAGAAAUAUGGUUAGAGUUUUGGAGCAUAACUUCUUUGGGAUGAUAGGUAUUCAGGCAUGGAAGAGGCUAUAAAUUCAGUGGAGUGCUACAGUUAAUGAAGGGGGGGGAAAUACUUCAUUCUUUCUCCUGCUCCUCCCUUUCAAUGUCUUCUUUCUUCAAAUAUUCUUCCUUCCUGCGAAAGUUCUGUUUGGUUUUGACCUGAGAUUUCAGACGUUGCUUUCCAUGACCUUCUCUUUCUUACCUUAAUUCCUUCUUCUUGUUACUGUUUUUAAAUCUCAGACCUGCUUCUGUUAAGCUGACUUGCACCUGGAAGUGCCAUUCAGGUCCUGCGCCGGGUCUUCCUGCGAAGGCUCAGUGCUGUUAUUAUUUAUCAUCCUUGCCGAAGGCAAUCUGCAAGUCCUCGUCGCACCCAUUUAUAGCGCCGUAUCUUUGAGAGCCCAGGGAGAGUUUGCUUAUUAUCGAGUCUUGUCCCAGAAAAGAAGCCGUUGCAAACUCCAGUUUGUGAGUGUCUGUCCUUGGACGCUCACCUUCCAACAGGUCACCUUCGGCCACUACCCCAAACUCAGCCUCUUUUGGCCACAUUUGAGAGCCAGUUAGAGUUUCUUAACCCUACCGGUUUGGUUGAUUACCUGAGACUGAAAAACAGGGGGAUUGCUGAGCGCUUGCCAGACCAGAAGCGAUGGCUGGCGGUGGUCUUCCAGACUGGUGGGGUGCCCAUUUGUACAAAGUGUAUUUUUGGCUCUCUUUGUGUCCAGGUACAGGUUCUGCCAUCUGUCGCCUGGGGAGAACGGCCCCUGCGCUCCAUCCUCUGAUUUGUGCAGCCGGUCUGUUUUGGCCCCUGUGCCCCAAACCGAAUCCAAGGUAUGAGCUCAUGCCUCUUCCACUUGACUGUCCUCUACUGUCCCUCCUGUGUCUUGCUGCGGCUUUGCGUCCAGCCUGUGGAGAUGGCGAGUAGGCAGGGAGGUCAGGCAGGCAGCAGGAGGAGGCUGCCUUGAAGGCUGAGCCAGGAGAAGAAGUUUCAUUGUAGGUGUGCAUUGCAAGCUGCCUGCCUGCAGUCCUAGGAAGACAGGAAGUUCUCUUCUACCGAGUCAGACCACAGUGGGGACAUUGGUUUCUGGGCAGGAGUUGAUCACGGUCUGGAUUUGCCAAGCGUGCCUUCCUCUUAGCACGUUUCUCCCUUGCGUCCUGAGUUUGAGAGUCUUCAAAGCCCAUGACACCUUUGGUAAAGGCUGUUCUCCAGUUGGAGCGCUCGCAGACCAGUGUUUCCCAGUUGUUGGUGUUUGUACUACUUUUUUAAAAAAUUGCCUUGAGAGAGUCUUUGAACCCCUUUUGUUGACCACCAGCAUUACGCUUUCCUUUUUUAAAGUUUGGAAUAGAGUAGUUGCUUUGGAAGACGAUCAUCACCUAAACAUUAGGAAGAACUUCCUGACAGUAAGAGCUGUUCGACAGUGGAAUUUGCUGCCAAGGAGUGUGGUGGAGUCUCCUUCUUUGGAGGUCUUUAAGCAGAGGCUUGACAACCAUAUGUCAGGAGUGCUCUGAUGGUGUUUCCUGCUUGGCAGGGGGUUGGACUCGAUGGCCCUUGUGGUCUCUUCCAACUCUAUGAUUCUAUGAUUCUAUGAUUCUAUCAGGCAUCCGCACAACAUGACCAGUUCAAUGAAGUUGAUGUUGAAGAAUUAUUGCUUCAACAUGGGUGAUCUUUGCUUCUUCCAGGACACUGGUAUUAGUUUGCCUGUCUUCCCAAGUGAUGUGUAAAAUUUUUCGGAGACACCGUUGAUGGAAUCUUUCGAGGAGUUGGAGGUGGCCUUUAUAAGUGGUCCAUGUUUCACAAGCAUACAUGUUAAAACCCUGUUUAUGGAAGAUAAUCUUACUCGGCUACGAGUGAUUGCCAAAGAAGAAUACCUGAGAGCUUUCCCAGUGGUUUUGCCAAGGCUUCCUUCCUUCCUUCCUUCCUUCCUUCCUUCCUUCCUUCCUUCCUUCCUUCCUUCCAUUUAUUUGAAGGCCCCUUUUCCACACAUGCAAAAAUCCGGAUUAAAGCCUUUUACAACAAAGAAAGCAGGCCUUAUUAGAAAAACUAACCAAUAAACUGAAACUGACACGGGGACAAAUAGAAGAUGACGGCUUCACCCCGGUAUGGUUCCCCUUUAUCACAUACACAGCCCAACAAGACAACGACAAGAAUCUGCCGACUGUAUGAAUCAAUCUGGCUAACCUGAUUCAAACACACCCACACACCCUGCUCACACACAAAAACAAAUAUCACUACAGCCAAUCAAAGACAACUAGCCACCCCCUAAACCAACCCCAACCUCUCUCACCACCAAGGAAAUACAACAAGCGAAUAGUAAGAGAACCCACACAAGUGAGGCUGAAACAAAACCCCACACAUACACUAAGUAGGAGAAUAGAAGUUUUCCCACCCAAUCCCACCCCACUCACCAUCCCCCCCUCCACCUCUUUCCCCCUUUUCUUCCUAAUGUAACACUAAUGUUUCACAACAAAUGCAGCUGAUCUGUAGAAAACACAACUUGAAAAAAGAGACGAUGCACGUAUUUUUGUAAACCAAGAAAUCUUUAAUAAAAAUAUUAUUAUUUUUUAAAAGCAGGAGUGCACUUCAGAACCUAGCAUUGCAAAAGCAAUUUCAUAACAGCACAGCAAAACAGCUCAAUAGCAAACAUGAUAACAUGCAAAAAAGCAACAUUUCUGUGUGUUAAAUAGACCAGGACUGCAUAAGCAAAAUCCGGCAACCAUAGCAAAAACAGCAAGGGAGUUUGACGGUUUCCCUCUGGUCCUGGAACUGCCCCCCCCCCCCCCGAUGAUGUGCCUCCAUCACUAGUCGUCACUUAGUUACUUUACUGAGGAGACGUAAAGAGUGAGCAAGAGAGCAGAUCCAUGCGCAGACAUAUGCGCUCCCACAGCCUGGGUCUCGAAUUGGGAAGUGAUGUGGAAUUUCUGCAAAACACAUUGUCAGUGGGGCUGGACUGGGAAAACUGGUAAGAUCCAGUUCAGGAGGAACCUUACAGCUGAACAUUAAACUUGAAAACGGCUCCAUGCAAAGUACAAGAAGGGUUGUGUUACAUACAGUGGAAGGGGGAGAGCAAAUCCUGUUGAAAUUUGCACCCAGCAGUAACCUUUGAGUUCCUGUCGAACCGAGAGCGAUGUGCACAGACCCAGUUUUCUUUGGUUUUACUCAUGUAAAAAGUUACUGUUCAGGGCUGGAGUUGUCCAGGCUUUCUGUAAACCUUUGCAGGACCAAUGAUGCAGCAAGCUAUACUAUGAAUCCCAUCAAUUUUCCACUGUAUUUCCAUUUAGAAUGGCAUCCUUAGAGAGACCAUUAUCAGACAGAGCAUUGCGUUUCUGAAAGGUAGGAAAUGAAUCCCAUCCACUCUCGUGGCCGCAGUAUUAUUUUGCAUGAUUGCCUCGUGACUCACACAGGGGCCCUGAAGUCCUGGACUUUGAUUAAGACACUUCCUGCAGUUUUUAAUCUGGGUUUGAUCAUUUACAAAUCCAAUGAACGUGUGUGUGUGUGUGUGUGAAGAAUCGCUGCAAAGACACAGCUGCCAAGCGUCCCUUAUUUGGCGGGAAACUCCCUUAUCCCAGCGCCGUGUCCCACUGCUGUCCCCUAUUGAUGAUGUCCCUUAAAUUUCCCGGGUUUCAAAGGAAGCAGCUCCUCUCACUCCCUCCCUGCUGAUCAGGGAGGAAGGAGGCUCCAACUGUGUUACUUGGCUGUGUUGCUCACUCAAUCAGGAGUCUAAGAACGACUGGGGGGUGGAGCUUGCAUGCCUUGUGUCAAUCAAAUCGGCCGCAUUGCCUGGGGACUCGCCUUUGCUCAGCGCUUCCCAGCGGAGAGGUGAUGGUGGUUUUCCUUGCUGCAUCCCCUUUGCCGGGUUGCUGCGCUGUGGGAACCACCGCUUGAGGCUUUGUUUGGCUGCUGGCUGGGCUUUCUGCCUUUGACUCGGAGGGGCUCAGAAGCUGAACAUACCUGUGCUGGGAAAAUCCCUUAUUUUGGCUGCUGGUCCCUUAUUUUCGAGGCUGCUGGUCCCUUAUUUUCAAAUCUGUAAGUUGACAGCUAUGUGCAAAGACCAGUCAUAGCUGACUUAGUAUUUUGGAGCGCAGUCCUUCUCCACGCUGUCUUCUACAGAGAAACAAGGCAGGGGUUGAACACAAGAGUAUCUAUUUUCUGCACAGCAAUAAACUGCAUUUACUGUAUGUUUUGUGCCAAGGCUUUUUCCACCUCUUCAUCUGGCAGCGGACAUUGCUUAUCCUACGGUAGCUGCUAAAUCAAUUACCUUAAAACAAACUGGGAUUUCAACCCUCUCCAUCAAGGGGGACAGAGGAGUUCUCCAUUCUGCAAGACACUUGCUUAAACUGCAGAGUUUAAGAUCACAUUGACACUGCAACGGUUUGUGCCAUGGUUUGGCAGCUCUGGUGGAAAUCCGCAGAAUCUUGGAAUUGCACAAUUGGAAUGGGCUGCCCCCCAAAGUUCAUCUAUUCUAACCCCCUGCAAUGCAGAAAUCGCAGCUAAAUUUAGAACCAGAAACGGAACUGUCAUGAAGCGAGGUGGCAUGGCUGCUUUGGCAAUGGAGGGGGGGCAGUGUUAAGGGUUGGACAGCAGGAGCUGAGCAGAUCUCUCCAAGGGAUAUAUAUAUAUAUAUAAUUAUUAACAAUUUCAACAUGACAAAUUAUCAGAACAUUAUUUCCCCCCUUUCCCCCCUCCCAUCUCCCCAACAAACUCUCCCUCCCCCCCCCAAGACUUACCUCAGCUUCUCUCUCUGAUUUCUCAACUCAUGUUGUUCUCUGCAUAUUGUAAAAUUGUAUACAUCCUUGUAUUAUCUAUCUACUAUGUUAAAGGUAAAAGUAAAGGGACCCCUGACCAUUAGGUCCAGUCAUGGCCGACUCUAGGGUUGCAGCGCUCAUCUUGCUUUACUGGCCGAGGGAGCCGGCGUACAGCUUCUGGGUCAUGUGGCCAGCAUGACUAAGCUGCUUCUGGCGAACCAGAGCAGCGCACGGAAAUGCCGUUUACCUUCUCGCCGGAGAAGUACUUGCACUUGGACGUGCUUUUGAACUGCUAGGUUGGCAGGAACUGGGACCGAGCAAUGGGAGCUCACCCCGUCGCGGGGAUUCGAACCGCCAACCUUCUGAUCGGCAAGUCCUAGGCUCGGUGGUUUAACCCACAGCGCCACCCGCAUCCCUCUACUAUGUUAACCCUCACUAAAUUUGUGCGUGUUUAUUCCAAACCUGCCAAGGAGUCCAGUUCAUUUUGUUGUCUUUUUAAGUAAUUUGUAAAAAGUUCCCAUUCUUCUUUAAAGUCGCAGUUGUUCUUAUCUCGCAGUUUUAUGUCAGUUUCGCCCGUUCUGCAUAGUUCAUCCGUUUCUCCAAGGGAUCUUAAUCCACUGGGAAGUUCUCCCGCAAAAGGAGGGAGCCAACUUGUUUUCUGCUGCUUCAAAGGGUUGGACCAAUUAUUAAACUGGCAAGAAAGGAUUCCGGAUGAACGUUCAGAAGGGCUUUCCGAUAGCAAGAACUGUUCGACAGCAGAACAGACUCCCUUGGAGGAUGGUGGAUUCUCCUGAACUGGAAGUUUUUAAAGAGAGUUUGGAGGGUCAUUUGGAUCGGGCUAGAUACCCCUUCCAACACCAUAAUUGUGUGUUUCUACCUCCCUGCUGUGAAAAGCUUCACCUACAUUCUGAAGUUCAAGCUCCAGUUAGAAGGUCAAGGGGCAAGCCAGGCUGGCUUCUGGUCAGUUGGCAACCUUUGUAUGGUCUCUCUCUCUCUCUCUUCGCCCCGCCCUUCUGACAACCAUCACAGAAAGGGCCAAAUGCCCCAGCCAAAAUGGCAGAUGUAAUUGCAUUGGGGAAUUUGUUCCGACUGGCUGCCGCUGCUACCAUGUGACCAGGCUACCCCAUGUCCUUGCCUGCUCUCCUUGAGGAAAUUAGCAGUUUCUCCUAAGUGAAAAGCUUUGGAAUCUGCCCAAAAUGCGCUCUGAUUUAUUACUUGGAGAGUCUUUUCCGAGAGAAGGGCGAUCGCUCAGACGUUUCUCUGUCCCCAUGGCUUGCAAGAAAUUAGGGAGGAUAUUCAUCACGUGGAAUUUAAUGAACCACAGUUAAUGAAAUCAUCCGGAGGAAGCCUGAGUGAUAUUGUUUAAGCAGGAAAAUGUUGGCUGUCACCAGGCGGUACUCCUGCAGCAUUUCCCCUGAACUGAAGGUGUUUUUCCAGACCUCUGAGACCUGCCCAUGGACUUUCUAAAUGUGUUAAUGAAAGCUUUUGCCAGGCUUUGCUCUUCUUCUCUGCCAGGUGUGAAUUGGUGGGAAGAGAACAUCUCUCAGUUCCAUCACAUCUGACCUUAUGAGAUGCUCUGAAUUCCCCGUGGAGAUGACACACGGCAGAGUGAAUCAGCACAGGCUAGUGAUGGCUCUGGACAUGAGAACACAAGAAGAGCUAUGCUAGAUCAGCCGAGAAUAAUAGAAUCCUAGAACUGUAGAAUUGGAAGGGACCCCAAGAGCCAUCUAGUCCAGCCCCCUGCAAUGCAGGAAUCUCAACUCAAGCAUCCCUGACAGAUGGCCACCCAACCUCUUCUUAACAACCUCCAAGGAAGGAGAGUCCACCACCUCCAGAGGAGACCGUUCCACUGUCAAACUGCUUGUACAGUGGUACCUUGGUUCUCAAACACCUUGAGAACCCCAAACACAACUUGGAACCCAGACACUGCAAACCCGGAAGUAAGUGUUCCAGUUUGUGAACUUUUUUUGGAAGCCGAACAUGCUCCAUUUUGAGUGUUAUGCUUCCGAUUUGAGUGCCACACUUCCGCUUUGAGUGUUACGCUGAGGUCUGUCUGUUUUUGCUAUUUGUUUUGUGUUUUUGUGGCUCUCUUUUUUGUGACACUGUGGAAUCCAGUUCAGCUACUGAUUGAUUAUUGUGUGACUGCUUUCAUAUUAUGGAUCAAUGGUCUCAUCAGAGAGUAAAAUUCAUGUUAAACUGCUGUUUUAGGGAUUAUUUUGAGAAGUCUGGGACGGAAUAAUCCGUUUUGCAUGACUUUCUAUGGGAAAGCAGUGCGCCUUGGUUUUGGAACGCUUUGGUUUUGGAACGGACUUGCGGAACGGAUUAAGUUUGAGAACCAAGGUACCACUGUACUGUCAGAAAAGUCUUCCUAAUGUUUAGAAUCUCCUCUCUUGUAACUCGAAGCUUUGGGUCCCUCCAGGUCAGGAAGAAAACAGGCCUGCUCCAUCUUUCAUGUUCUGCCCAGACACUGAGGUCCAGCUCUGAGGGCCUCCUGGCGGUUCCCUCGCUGCGAGAAGCCAAGUUACAGGGAACCAGGCAGAGGGCCUUCUCGGUAGUGGCGCCUGCCCUGUGGAACGCCCUCCCACCAGAUGUCAAAGAGAAAAAUAACUACCAAACUUUUAGAAGACAUCUGAAGGCAGCCCUGUUUAGGGAGGCUUUUAAUGUUUAAUAGUUUAUUGUAUUUUAGUGUUUUGUUGGAAGCCGCCCAGAGUGGCUGGGGAAACCCAGCCAGGUGGGCUGGGUAUAAAUAAUAAUAAUAAAUUAUAAAUUAUUAUUAUUAUUAUUAUUAUUAUUAUUAUUAUUAUUAUACCUGCCAGGGAUCCCUUAGCUGUGCUCUCUACAUUACUGGGGGUGGGGCUAGAUGACUUUUGGGCUCCCUCCCAUCUCUACAAUUCUAUGAAAAAAUGGCAGUGGUACGUCAAGUUCCAAGCGAUGGAAGCUCUCGCUGGAAAGCUUGAGAGAAUCCCAGAUGGCUGUGCCCGUGCCAGGCAUUGCAGCCCCCUGUUUCCACAGCUCCCGCUGCUUUCUCUGCAUUGUGUUCGCUGCUCAAGAGCUUUGGAGGAUCAAUUGUAGCAUGUUCCUUCCCUCCAGGUAAUACAUAUUGAUGAAGGACAUUCACGCCAGCCUUUCCGUGUCCUUACUAGCGCAAGGCUCUGCAUGCAGAAAGCUUUUCAGAUAGAGCGUUUAGAGAAGGGCUGUAAGUCAUAAGAAGCGCAGUCCAUCACAAAAAGGGAGAUGGUACUCAGCCUGUUCCUAGUGUGGGGAAAAGGAUUUCAUCACACGGGGCUGGGCAGGUGAAUUUUCAUGAGCGCUGCCUGUUGGAGCCAGUGAGUAGGGAUCCUGUUAUGUACUGAGUUGAAUAGGAUCCAGAAUGCAGCAGUCUGAUUGCCCCUAGAACAAUAGGAUCCAGAAUGCAGCAGCCUGAUUGGUCCUAGAACAAUAGGAUCCAGAAUGCAGCAGUCUGAUUGGUCCUAGAACAAUAGGAUCCAGAAUGCAGCAGUCUGAUUGGUCCUAGAACAAUAGGAUCCAGAAUGCAGCAGUCUGAUUGGUCCUAGAACAAUAGGAUUCAGAAUGCAGCAGUCUGAUUGGUCCUAGAACAAUAGGAUCCAGAAUGCAGCAGUCUGAUUGGCCCUAGAACAAUAGGAUUCAGAAUGCAGCCGUCCACAGGAGCCACCCAAUCCAGCUCCAGGUGGAAGUGAAUCCGCAACCUGAUUGGCCUACAGGAGAAUCCCGGAAUUAGCCAAUCACAUGGGGCCCAUUGUGUAAAUAAUGUAUUUAAAGCAGACAUUCUGGGGGAACUUCCAUUCCUCCUCACCACUGUGAGCUGAAUAAAGAGCAUGAAAUCCACUCUCGACUUCGAGUAUAUUUCAGAUCCCGUACCCUGUUGAGUGUCGCGAUCAUUCGUAUCAGAGCUUGAGAAGAUUCUUGGCCUGCAACUCCCUUCAACCCAGGCAGCUCAUGCCAGGGGUCAGGGAUGGCAGGAGGAGUGAUGCGAGGUGAGAAUAUUCUCUGCUAGAAAAUCCUCGGGCGAAUAUUCUCCACAAGCUGUAAAUUCUAAUGUAAGAACCAGUUUGACAACCCACAUUUAAAGAAAUCUAGGAAAGAAUAAGUCAAGCAGUGAUAUUUCCAGCGUAAGUAAUGAAGAAUGGUUGUUGGUAUUUUUGAUCCAGUUACAUGACUGGGCAUUCUGUCAUUCACUAUUGGCAGUUCUGAAAUGUGAGCUACAGAAAACAUAUAUUAUUAUUAUUAUUAUUUUAGUUUUAAAAAUGCUAGUCAUUUAAUUUGAGGAACAUUUGAAUUCGUAUGCAUUUCAGCUAUAUGCAAUAGAGGGAAAUGGCCUGGGCUUAGAUUUAUGUUACUGAAAUGUGAAGUGGGGGAAGGGAGUGUGGACAGAAAGAAGACUGAAAAUAAAUAAGUAUGUGCACUACUUUGGUAUUGCAUUCUAGGAAUACCAGAAACCACUUUAUGCAGAGUCAGAUCAUUCGUCCCUCCAGCUUAAUUGGCAGCAAUUAAGAACAUAAGAAUGGUCUUCUGGGACAGGGCACACUCACCUGACUAACUGCUUUUGAAAUAAAUAAAUGCUGGCUUUGAUGGACUCGUGAUCUGGCCCAGCACAUCUAUUCUCACAUUGCAGUCCCUCAACCUCCUCUUGCCCUCAAACAUCAACUAUAAAUUUUGGAAAAAAUGCUUUUUUUGUUUUUGAUUUAUAAAUGAUUUUUAUUGGUUUUACAUAUAAUCACAUUGGGACGCGGGUGGCACUGUGGUCUACACCACAGAGCCUAGGGCUUGCUGACCGCAAGGUCGGUGGUUCGAAUCCCCGCGACGGGGUGAGCUCCCGUUGCUCGGUCCUUGCUCCUGUCCACAUAGCUGUUCGAAAGCAUGCAGUGCAAGUAGAUAACUAGGUACCACUCCGGCGGGAAGGUAGACAGCGUUUCCAUGCACUGCUCUGGUUCGCCAGAAGCGGCUCAGUCAUGCUGGCCACAUGACCCGGAAGCUGUACGCCGGCUCCCUCGGCCAAUAAAGCAAGAUGAGCGUCGCAACCCCAGAGUCAGUCACGACUGGACCUAAUGGUCAGGGGUCCCUUUACCUUAUAAUCACAUUACAUAACAUCAUACCCUCUUAUUGGUUCGGCUGAGCCUAACAACUUCCCUCCCUUCCAUCCGAUGGUUUACAAAAUUAAACUUUACAUCUUUACAUUUCGCUUCGUUUCCUAUCCUUCUUAUAUCAUCACCUAAAAUAUUAUAUUAUUCAACCUGAAUAGGUAGCAAUUUCACCUUGCAGAUCUUCAGAUAACCCUGCCAGUGAUGUCAAUUGCUUACAGUUGUCUUUCAAAUAGAAUAUAAAUUUGUUCCAGUCUUUUUGGAAUACUUGGUCUCGCUGGUUCCGGAUUCUUCCCGUCAGUUUCGCCAGUUCUGCAAAGUCCAUCAAUUUCAUCUGCCACUCUUCUUUGGUUGGUAACUCCUGUUGUUUCCCUCUUUGGGCUAACAAAAUUAUUGCCGGGAAAAAAUGCUUCUUGUUUGCUUUGCAUUUGAAAACCUCAUCAUAACCAAAUUUUGCAGGCUUGCACCUGCAUUUGAAUCCAAUUUGGCACUGUUCUGAAAUGAGGUGGCACAACUGAACCUUUCAAAACAGCACUGAUUUUAGCUGCUGAUUCCAAAACUGAUUCCUUAGAAUUUUUGUUUGUUUGCUUGUUUGUUUGUUUUGCAGAAGGUUUCUUAGAAUUCCUAAGCAGAUUCUGAGAUACUAGGUAGGAAUAGGAUGUUAACUUGACUUAAACAAAUAUGAGGCUUGGGUGAAUCUGUCAAUUUCAGUUUCCAAUAUUUCCGUUCUCGUGUUCAGUUCUGUAUAUUUCCCCACCAAAUUAAUCCGUGAUUUCCCCCCCUAAAAUGCAUUUUUUUUUGUACGCACCUUUGCCCAGUAAUUCAUAUUUUUGCAAGCACUGAUGAAAAAGCAUUUCUAUACACAUUGCCCCUGGUACAUGUGCUUUGGAACACAUGGCUUGGCUUGAUAACUGCAUGGCAAAAUUCAGCACAUUGCUAAUUUGGGCGGAUGGUUGCGUUUGGGGGUUUGUAAAUCAGGUAGCUUUGCCUUUAAAUGUGAACUGGAUUGAAUUUCCCCCCUGUUGCUGUUGUUGUUGUUUAGUCGUUUAGUCGUGACUGACUCUUCGUGACCCCCUGGACCAGAGCACACCAGGCACUCCUGUCUUCCACUGCCUCCCGCAGUUUGGUCAAACUCAUGCUGGUAGCUUCAAGAACACUGUCCCACCAUCUCAUCCUCUGUCGUCCCCUUCUCCUUGUGCCCUCCAUCUUUCCCAACAUCAGGACCUUUUCCAGGGAGUCUUCUCUUCUCAUGAGGAGGCCAAAGUCUUGGAGCCUCAGCUUCAGGAUCUGUCCUUCCAGUGAGCACUCAGGGCUGAUUUCCUUCAGAAUGGAGAGGUUUGAUCUUCUUGCAGUCCAUGGGACUCUCAAGAGUCUCCUCUAACACCAGAAUUCAAAAGCAUCCAUUCUUCGGCGAUCAGCCUUCUUUAUGGUCCAGCUCUCAUUUCCAUACAUCCCUACUGGGAAAACCAUAGCUUUAAGUAUAUGGAUCUUUGUUGGCAAGGUGAUGUCUCUUAGGUGAUUUCACCCCUAGCAGGCACCAUUGCUGCACAGCUUUUGCAGGGGCGCUUCCUAUUUACUUGGAAAGUUUUGCAUAGCACAAAAGCAAGGAGCAAGUAGAUCCUGUUGAAAGCAGCAAUUUUGUGUUUCUGGGACUGCUGCGUCAGCAAUGCUCUCUGCUAAGCCAGAGAAAUAAAAAAUAAAUGUUGUCAUCCCGUCACGACCUUGAAAGGCCAUGCCCUAUUAUGUCGGGGAGGUUGGCUGCUUGUCAGUCAGGUCUGUUUGCUGUAGCUUGUCGUUCUGCUUGCCGGGGCUCAAUGCAGGCUCUGUUCCCCUGAUCUGCCUGCCGAGGUCCCGAUAAACUCUGAUAAAACGGCAACUGAUGUUCAGAGGCACCAAUCGCCCCCAGAAGAGCAAUCUGGCUGCCUGGAAUGCAUUUUCUAUUCCCCGCUCAAUGGAGCCCAGAUGGCUCCUGCUACAGUAAUUUUCUCCAUUGUCCAAUUUCCGCAAAUCCCCCCCCCCCCAUCGCCUUAUUUUCUGCAGUUCCCGAUAGUAAGAAGCAAAACCAUUUCCUGGAGGGUCUGAAGGACCUUUUCCAGUAUCUGUUAAAUCCUGAAUCCCCUCCCUCCUGCCCACUGUCCCGCCUUUUGUCAGCUGUUUUUGUAAAUUGUUUUCUCUUUCCGUGAUUUCUUCAUUUCCCCCCACCCUUCCCUCUCCCAGUUCCCUGCAUUUCAUUAUUUCAUUAUCAUUAUUUGUAUACCAUCCUUCAACCAUAGAUCUCAGGGCAGUUGCAGCCUAAAAUUACAAUAUAGGGCAGGGGUAGGCAACCUAAGGUCCGUGGGCUGGAUGCGGCCCAAUCGCCUUCUCAGUCCGGGCCACGGACGGUCCGGGAGUCAGCGUGUUUUUAGAUGAGUAGAAUGUGUGCUUUUCUUUAAAAUGCAUCUCUGGGUUAUUUGUGGGGCAUAGGAAUUCGUUCAUUUUUUUCUUCAAAAUAUAGUCCAGCCCCCCACAAGGUCUGAGGGACAGUGGACCGGCCCCCUGCUGAAAAAGUGUGCUGACCCCUGAUAUGUUGUUGUUGUUUAGUCGUUUAGUCGUGUCCGCCUCUUCGUGACCCCCUGGACCAGAGCACAUCAGGCACUCCUGUCUUCCACUGCCUCCCACAGUUUGGUCAAACUCAUGCUGGUAGCUUCGAGAACACUGUCCCACCAUCUCGUCCUCUGUCGUCCCCUUCUCCUUCUGCCCUCCAUCUUUCCCAACAUCAGGGUCUUUUCCAGGGAGUCUUCUCUUCUCAUGAGGUGGCCAAAGUCUUGGAGCCUCAGCUUCAGGAUCUGUCCUUCCAGUGAGCACUCAGGGCUGAUUUCCUUCAGAAUGGAGAGGUUUGACCUUCUUGCAGUCCAUGGGACUCUCAAGAGUCUCCGACCCCUGAUAUAGGAAAACACAAGAAAACUAAGAACGAAAACAGCCCGGCCCUGAUAUGACCUGUAACCCAGUGCGCAGAGUCUCGCGUGUGACUUUACCUAUAAUUAGAGGUGCUCUUGAACCACGUGGAUGAGGCUGCAGAGGAGGAGGAGGUUUUGGGAGAGAGAAAACUGCUCAACUAUAUGCAUGUCUUUUUCCUUGAUCUCACCUUCAAACACUUGUGUUGGCCUCCCCUUCCCAAGGAUGCUGAAGGCUUUGUAGACAGCAUUGAACCAUGUUGCAAUGCACCACUUGCACUCUCCCUUGGCCUUGGUGCAGGGGCUCCAGGUUGGGAGAGCCUGAGGGGUCUUCAGCCCCCUGCCUGAUGUGUGGAAUGUGGAGCCCAGAUACAUGCUCCCCAUUCCCCACCCAGCGCACCAGCAGGGUGCCCCUGCAUCCUGGCCCGGAGGCGGGAGGCCUCACAAGACUUGUGGCACGACGCAUCUCACGAUGAGCCCCCGCAAUGUGGGGGACAAGUUGGCGCCCUUGCCUUGGUGGAUCUUGAGGUGGGCAUGCCUGCAAUUUCCAGAGAGAAAGGCAAGCAGCCAGUCUGCACCCACAAUAACAGGCCAGUUCACGUUGCAGAGUUCUUAUCUUCCCAUCUCCGGAAGGCUCUUUCAAGUGUGGUUGAAUCAGAUAAGAAUGUAAGGAGAGCCUGACGGAUCAGGCCAAAGGGGAACCACCUACUUCAGCAUCCUGUUCUCACAGUGGCCAAGCAGAUGCCCCAAUGGGAAACCUGCAAGCAGGAUUUGAGAUCGAGAACAACAACUCUCCCCUCCUGCGGUUUUCAGCAGAUGGUAUUCAGAAGCAUUGCUGCCGCCAUUUGCAGAAGAAGAAGAAGAAGAGUUUGGAUUUGAUAUCCCGCUUUAUCACUACCCGAAGGAGUCUCAAAGCGGCUCACAAUCUCCUUUCCCUUCCUCCCCCAUAACAAAAACUCUGUGAGGUGAGUGAGGCUGAGAGACUUCAAAGAAGUGUGACUGGCCCAAGGUCACCCAACAGCUGCAGGUGGAGGAACGGGGAAGCGAACCCGGUUCACCAGAUUACGAGUCCACCACUCCUAACCACUACACCACACUGGAGGCAGAGCAGAGACAUCCUUGCAAGUAAAGGUAAAAGUUAAAGGUAAAGGACCCCUGGAUGGUUAAGUCCAGGCAAAGGUGACUCUGGGGUUGCAGCGCCCAUCUCGCUUUCAGGCCAAGGGAGCCGGCGUUGUCCACAGACAGCUUUCUGGGUCAUGUGGCCAGCAGGACUAAACCGCUUCUGGCACAAUGGGACACCGUGAUGGAAACCAGAGCGCACACAAACACUGUUUACCUUCCUGCUUUUGAACUGCUAGGUUGGCAGGAGCUGGGACAGAGUGACAGGAGCUCAGCCCGUUGCGGGGAUUCGAACCUCCGACCUUCUGAGCACCAAGUCCAAGAGGCUCGGUGGUUUAGACCACAGUGCCACCUGCAUUCCUAUCCUGGCAAGUAGCCAUCAAUAAUCCUUGCCUCCUCCAUUAAUUUGUCUCAUCCUCUUUUAAAGUUAUCAAGCUUAGUGGCCAUCAAUUCUUCCUGUGGGAGGGAGUUCCGCUGUUUAAUUAUGUGCUGCCUGAAGAAGUCCUUCCUUUUAUCCGUCCCAAAUAAUCUUCAAUAAAUGUCCACGAGUUCUAGUAUUAUGAAAAAGUUUCUCCCUCCACUUCUCCAUGCCAGAUAGCUGGGAAGAACGGAUACACAAAUAGCCGGCAACUGUGGGUAUUAAUUUGGUGGCUCUCCAAUUCUGGCUCUGUGACUCCCGAACUUCCCUCUGGAGCAGCUGGCUGGCCACUGUGAGAACAGGAUACUGAUCCUGCACGAUGCUCUUUUGCUGCUUAGGGAGACCUCCUCUUAUAAUAUCAUAUAAUGUGGAUCUUUAGCCCUCCCUGGACAUCGCCACCAGGUUUUGAGAAUUGCUUGGUGAUACAAAUUUGUGACGCACACAGAACUAUUAACUGAAUGUGGUAUAAAAGGAGAGCCAUUGCAAGCUUCUGCGUCAACACUGUUUAGGAUUCUGCUGUGGUUCUCCAAUAUCCAGAUAUUAAGGGUAAUAGUAGUUAAAAAGUGGGAUAACAAAGACAGUUUUAUUUCGGCAGGCCUCUGGGAACUGACUGUUGUUGUUUUUUUAAAGGAAAUGGCUUUUGAUAGUGCCGUGCAUUUUAAUCUACCGGUUAUUUAUUUUUAAUUCCAUCAGCGUCUGAUUACUUUUUUAGCCAUUUUCUUUCAUAUGUUUUUCGCUUUUUCAGUUUUAUCUGCAUUGUUUUAAUUUGUCUGAGCCGCCUUGAGCCCUAGUGUGGGGAAAAUUGCAGGAGAUAAACAAGUAUAAUAACGAUUAAUAAUAGCAAAGGUGCAAAACGGUUUGGUCGGGUCCUUCAGUCUGCCAUUUGCAGUUUGCUUCGGAGCCUUCGGGUCAGUCGUAGGUGCUUAAAGCAAAAUGAAAACAGAUCAUCUGUAUUUGGAGUGAGGGCUGGUUGCCACGACAUUUGUCUCUCGUUGCUAAGGGUCCGGUAGUUGAGUGGCAGGUUGCUGUUCAGCCUUGCCCAGGGGACAACUCAGUGGUGGGACUUCGGGAAGGACCACCUAAGAGGUGACAGAAAAUCCUUGGCAAAUGGAAACAGGAGAGUGUAUACAAGAUUGGAUCCAAAAGCUGACAGAAUAUGCAGAAUUAGACGGUCUAUCAGGAAAAAAUAAACAAUAAAUCCAAACAGGAAUUUGUUUCAAAAUGGGAGGUUUUCAAAGAAUAUUUGAAAUAUAAAUAUAGUAGUUUAAACUCGGUUGCAGCAUUCGAGGAACUUCAGUAAUAGUGGAAAGGCAGAUAUAAGAAUUAAGAUAUAUUAAGAAAAAGUUUAAUAAUGAUAAAGUUUGUACAGUGGUACCUCGGGUUAAGUACUUAAUUCAUUCCAGAGGUCUGUUCUUAACCUGAAACUGUUCUUAACCUGAGGUACCACUUUAGCUAAUGGGGCCGCCCACUGCCGCCAGAGCACGAUUUCUGUUCUCAUCCUGAAGCAAAGUUCUUAACCCGAGGUACUAUUCCUGGGUUAGCAGAGUCUGUAACCUGAAGCGUAUGUAACCUGAGGUACCACUGUACUGGCAAUAAGUUAUAUGAAAUCAAAGUAUGGAAUAGAUGGGCGGUUCGGUCUUUAGUGUUAAGACCAAUUUAUGGCUCAUUUUUUGUUACGAAAAUUCAGUAUCUAUUGCUAUUCUUGUGUGUAAUUUGGUAUCUGUGUUUUCCUUUUUUCUUUUCUUGCUGUAUAAAAAGAAAAAGAAAAAAGAAACAGGAUAGUGGCCCAGCUUGGGAUCUUGACAUGGUCUCUGUCCAAGGGGCUUAGUGGAUGGUGCUGAGGGGGCUUCCUCUUAAUGAACCAAGGGGCAAAUGGAGCCAAUAGCUUUGUCACAGAAUGUUUAAAAUAUAUAUACAUUGAUUUAUUGCAUUUUCUUCCAACCUGGGAUGUAUGGGGUGUUAGGGGAGGGGAUGGUACCUCUGAUACAGGACACAUUGUGCUCCAUCUCAGGUAGCAUAUUUACCUUUGGUCCCCAUCCUGCACUCAGAUUUCACCUGGGGCUCCUAGAAGCUGUCAGCAGGUGACAGCGGCCGUAUCCCAGGAAUGGCUUUGACUGGCCGACUGAGCCAGGUGAGGUGAGCCAAUAGACCUCAAACCCUCAGUGAGGUAGGUACUGGCAUACAGUGGUACCUCGGGUUACAUAUGCUUCAGGUAACAUACGCUUCAGGUUACACACUCCACUAAGCCAGAAAUAGUGCUUCAGGUUAAGAACUUUGCUUCAGGAUGAGAACAGAAAUCGUGCUCCAGUGGCAUGGCGGCAGCGGGAGGCCCCAUUAGCUAAAGUGGUGCUUUAGGUUAAGAACAGUUUCAGGUUAAGUACGGAUCUCCGGAACGAAUUAAGUACUUAAGCCGAGGUACCACUGUACAAUUAAUCCAGAAUGCGGCAGCUAGACUGGUGACUGGGAGCAGCCGCUGAGACCAUAUAACACCGGUCUUGAAAGACCUCCAUUGGCUCCCAGUACGUUUCCAAGCACAAUUCAAAGUGUUGGUGCUGACCUUUAAAGCCCUAAAUGGCCUCGGUCCAGUAUACCUGAAGGAGCGUCUCCACCCCCAUCGUUCAGCCUGGACACUGAGGUCCAGCUCCGAGGGCCUUCUGGCGGUUCCCUCCCUGUGAGAAGUGAGGUUACAGGGAACCAGGCAGAGGCAGAUGGGGCUCAUCAGCCUGCGAAGGCGGCCCACCUAGGAGAAGGAAAACUCUGAUCCUAAACUUUUGCUGCCUUGCAAGAUCUGAAGAGGCAGGGAGUUCCAAAGUUCAUGCCACACUAAUUUCAUGCACCCUGACGAUGUUUAAACAAAUGUGGCUGGCCCCAUCAUUUCUGAUUUGGUAUUGAGAAGCAACUCUGGGCAGGAUCAGUGUCUUGGGUCAUUGGAUCCUAAUUAAUUAUGGGUUUUUAGGCAUCCUAUCUGCCAGCUGACCUGUCUACAUCGCCAACCCUGGUUUUGCUUUUUUGCUUUGUCUUUGAACACCUUUGGAGGCAGAGGUGCGUACUGCAGCGGAGGCGCUUGACGAAGUUUGCCUGCACUCCUCUAAUUGUUUUCCUUCCUUAAUGAUCUGGAGGCCCCAGGGGAGAGCCAAGCUCAUUAGAACAUCUGAAGGCACGCCAGCCAGCAGCAGCGACCACAAGAGAGCUGCUUAUUCCAGGAAGGGGGUGCAGGAUGUCGAGGGGCUGGUCUGAGCCUUUGGUGGGUCAGGGAGGGGUUGCAGAAAAGGACCCCAAUCUCUCUCUCCCUCUCUGCAGGUAGGUAGCCGUGUUGGUCUGCCGUAGUGGAAACAAAAUUUAAAAAUUCCUUCCAGUAGCACCUUAGAGACCAACUAAGUUUGUUCUUGGUAUGAGCUUUCGCGUGCAUGCACACUUCUUCAGAUACUUAAAUCAUCAUCAUCUAUAGGCCUUUUAAAUGGAAUUGUUAUAGGAAUCUGUCUGCACAUGUAUAAAAGACAUGUAUAUAUUUUAUCAGCUGCCUUGGUGGCAGGAUGUAAAUUUCUAUCAAUAAAUCGGUCAGAUCCCUAUAGCUGUUUCAACGCCUGAUAACUUGCCAAAGUGCUUCGUAUCUGAAGAAGUGUGCAUGCACACAAAAGCUCAUACCAAUAGCAAACUUAGUUGGUCUCUAAGGUGCUACUGGAAGGAAUUUUUAAAUUUUGUUUCCUCUCUGCAAUUAUUCCCGGACAAAACUCACCAACUGCAUAAAAAAAAAAAAGGUAAAGGACCCCUGACAGUUAAGUCCAGUCGCGGACGACUCUGGGGUUGCGGCGCUCAUCUCGCUUUACUGGCCGAGGGAGCCGGCAUACAGCUUCCGGGUCAUGUGGCCAGCAGGACUAAGCCACUUCUGGUGAACCAGAGCACCGCACAGAAACGCCGUUUACCUUCCCGCCGGAGUGGUACCUAUUUAUCUACUUAGCUGGUGUGCUUUCGAACUGCUAGGUUGGCAGGAGCAGGGAUAGAGCAACGGGAGCUCACCCCGUCAUGGGGAUUCGAACCGCCGACCUUCCGAUCGGCAAGCCCUAGGCUCUGUGGUUUAGACCACAGCGCCACCCGCAUCCCUCGCCAACUGGGAAUAGCAAGCAAAAGGCGCAUGAAAAUUGCUGGUAGGGGUCCUUGAAUGAAUGGCACAUUCCAGCUCACGUACAUAACUUUUCCUCGCUUGAAUGGCAUGGAGGUUUUUCUUUUUCUUUUUUAAAAUAAUUUUUAUUAAUUUUCCAUUUAAAGAUAUAUAAUCACAUCAUUAUUAUCCACUUUACCUCUUUGGCUCUUUUGGGCCUAUCAACUUCCUUCCCUCCCGCCUCUUGGCUUUCAGAGUUAACCUUUAUAUCACAGCAUCUUAUAUUUUUUCUAGUUCUAAUAAAACUCAUCACAAAAUACCUCCAAAUUUAAAUAAAUGUAGAAAGGUACAAAAAAUUCUCGUUACAAGUCUUCGGGUAACCCUACUAGUGUUGUUAAUUGCUUACAAUGAUCUUUCAAAUAUUGUGUAAAUUUACUCCAGUCUUUUUGGAAUACUUGAUCUUGCUGGUUGUGGAGUUUUCCUGGUUUUCCAGUUCCUCAAAGUCCAUAAUUGUUAUUCAUGUUUUUAUACUGUAUUUUAUGCUGCUUUUAUAAUUAAGUGUUUUAAAGUGUUUUAAAUUUGUUGUUAGCCACCCUGAACUGGGUUUUUGAACCGGGAAGGGCGGAGUAUAAAUAAAAAAAUAUUAUUAUUAUCAUUAUCAUCAUCAUCAUCUUCUUCAUCUGCCCCUCUUCUGUCAUUGGUACUUCUUCUUGUUUCCAUUUUGGGGCUAAAAGAAUUAUUGCCGCAGUUGUUGCGUACAUGAACAGUCUUUUAUCUUUUCUUGGGAUGUCUUCGCCUACUAUACCCAGUAAAAAGGCUUCUGGUUUCUUUUAACAAAAGUGUUUUUAAACAUUUUCUUUAACUCGUUAUAUAUCGUUUCCCAGAAAGCCUUUAAGUGACAUGGAGGUUUUUCUCCCUCUCCACUAGAACCCGCAUAGUUAACCUGUGGAACUCCCUCCCACAGGAGGUGGUCACCAAACUAGAUGGCUUUAAAAGAAGACUGGGCAAAUUUAUGGAGUAGGAGAGGGCUGUCAAUGGCUACUGGCCGCGAUGGUUGUGCUCUGCACCUCCACAUUUAGAGGCAACAGUGCUUCUGAAUCUCAUGUAGCCUAUAACCUCUGGGUAUAUAAAUUUGAUAAAUGAAAUACAGUAAAUGAAAACAAAAUGAAAGUUUGUGGAAACCACAGGAGGGGAGAGUGUUGCUGUUGCUCUCGAAUCCUGCUUGCUGGUUUCCCACAGGCAUCUGUAAUAAUAAUAAUAAUAAUAAUAAUAAUAAUAAUUUGUUAUUUAUACCCCGCGCAUCUGGCUGGACUUCCCCAGCCUCUCUGGGCGGCUUCCAACAAAAUAUUAAAAUACAGUAAUGCAUCAAGCAUUAAAAACUUCCCUAAACAGGGCUGCCUUCAGAUGUCUUCUAAAAGUCUGGUAGUUGUUGUUCUCUUUGACAUCUGGUGGGAGGGCGUUCCACAGGGAAGGCGCCACUACCGAGAAGGCCCUCUGCCUGGUUCCCUGCGACCUCAUUUCUUGCAAUGAGGGAACCGCCAGAGGACCCUCGGCCCUGGACCUCAGUGUCUGGGCAGAACGAUGGGGGUGUAGACGCUCCUUCAGGUCUACUGUGAGAAGAGGAUGCCAGACUAGAUGGACUAUGGGCCUGAUCCAGCAGCCUCUUCUGACCUUCUUAUGUAACCAUCAUUAUCACUUGAGGCUCAGGUGGCCUCUGUGGCUAGAAGUGCCUUUUAUCAGCUUUGGAUGGAGUCUCAGCUGUGGCCCUGCCUGGGCAGGGAUUUUCUGUUUGAACUGUUUUUAAUUAUGAUUUUUAAAUUGUCGGCACCUGUUUCUUGGGUCAGGCACCUGCCCGCCUUGCCUUUAGACUACCCCAGGUGCAUUGAUGCUGCUCUAUAAAUACACUAUUUUAAAAAGCCAAUGGGGGCGUGUUGUAGUGUUAUAUUUAUUAUAAUUAUUGCUAUGUUUUAAAAGAGAUGGUAUAUAGCAGGCAGCCCCAAACUCGGCCCUCCAGCUGUUUUGGGACUACAAUCCCCAUCAUCCCUGACCACUGGUCCCGUUAGCUAGGGAUGAUGGGAGUUGUAGUCCCAAAACAGCUAGAGGGCUGAGUUUGGGGAUGCCUGGUAUAUAGCUUUUAACUCCAUCAAUGCUGAAUUGUAUUUUAAUGAUUGGUUUUUCUAUGUUUUUAGUGGUUCUUAUUUUUAUGUGUCAGCUGCCUUGAGUCCUGUCAGGGGGAAAGGUGGGUUAUAAGUAUAAGUACAUCAUCAUCAUCAUCAACAACAACAAAAUAGCCGAAAUAACCAUUCUGCCCCCUGUGGUUGUUUUUCUGUCCCUGCAGGAUGAAGGUCCGCUGCCUCCUGCUGGUAGCUCUUUGGCUCUGCGCCCUUGACCUUGGCAGCCCCUCUGGUGAGUGACCCCAUCCCACUUUGGCCUUGGGCAGGAAGCUACAGGUGGAGCUUCCCUGGAAAAUGCAAAAUAAGUAUCUGGCAGGCAUGUCCAACCAGUCAUUCACGAUCUGCUGGUCGAUUGCAUGGCGUCCAUGGCUGAUCCUGGUUGAUCACGGGGUCCUUUUUUUUGCUUCAAUUUUUUUUUAUUGGUUUUCACAACAUUAUAAACAAACAAACACAUAUGACAAACGAACAUAAAUCAUAGCCUUAUUGAAAAUUACACUUAUUAACAUUGUUAAGUGACUUCCUCGCUUCCCCCUUGGUUGAAUUUCAUUGCAUGUCCUUUUAACGGUUUUCCAAAUCACAGUUCUUAUAAAACUUAACUUAAACAUUAACAUCCUUAGAUCUUCACAUUAUGAAAUUAAACAUAUUAAUUCAUCCCUUAACAUAAAUAAAAUCCUAAGCCAAUGAAGUAUCUGCAAGCUGUUUUCAGUUAAUUUAACUUAACAUAUUUAACUAAAUAAUCAUUAAAUUUAAUCCACUCUUCUUGAUACUCCUCCUCCUUCUGGGCGCGGACUCUUCCAGUUAGGUUGGCUAGAUAUCAACCAGGUUGAUAUCUACCCCCCCCAAAAAAAAGAAGCUCAACAGCUUUGCCGCCCCCCCAAAAAAAGCUCAACAACUAUGCCUCCCCCAACCUUGUCUCCCCAGCUUUGACAAUGAGUAGAUCACAGCCAGUAUUUUUAUACUGUGAGUAGAUCGCAGUCUCUUGGGAGUUGGACAUGCCUGGCAUCUGGGAUCCCAAGAGCUGCUCCUCUGAGCAUGGACAGAGGCAAAGGACCCAGGCUGUCCCAUGGUGAUGCAGAGAAGCACCCCCUGUUGGGAAACUGUAUGUGCAGCUACUCACACAGAGUCAUUUAAGGUUUGGCAGACAGCCAGAAGGCAAUCUGAAGGAGUAAGUCUGCCUGGUGAUAACAGAGACAUGGAUACAGCUCCCUGACUGGUCAAGCUCUCUCAAGGGAGUGAUAAUUAAUGGCCUACUAACUGGAAUGUGUUAGUUCAGAGUUCAGAGGUUCAGUGGUUCAGUGUGUCAGUGAGUGUAGGAGUUGUGAGUCGUGUCACAGAGAGCUAGCAAAAGAUCCGAGUUCUGUUCCUGUAAAUAGUCCACUGUAUAUAAUAAAUACCUAACUACAAGUUCCUGGUUCCUGCUUCGUCUAUCCUGUCUGCAGCCAAGUCGCCAAUUGUUUCCGUGGAUUCUGUGUUUACUCUGCUAGGUCUGGCUAAGGUCCUGCAACUAGUCAGAAAGUUGCGAAACACCAAAUAGGUUUUUCCAAUACCCCCCUCCUGUUGCCAAAGGCCAUGAGGGCGCUGAGCGUGCAAACGUGAAGCCCAGGACGGAAGCCGAGUGCUAACUGAGAGAUGCAGCCCCCUCAAUUCCCACAAGGUGAGGCUGCCCCCUCCUCUUUUGCAAAGCGGGGCGGUGGUUCGGGGCUUUGUCGGCCAAGGGCUCCCUUGAGGGAAGCAGAUGAGCCCAGAGCAGAGCGAGAUGAACAUGUUGGCAUGCAAUUAGCCAGAGCCGCUGGCAGGCCCAUUUGUCACAGUCAGGAGGAAUCAACUCUGGGGAUUCCCAAGCUACCCAGGCGCUGAGUGAUUCUGGCUUCCUACUGAUGGGUCUCUGGGAGUCCAAGAUAAAUGGACUUAUCCUCUCUCAACGAUACUCUUUGCUUUCCUCAUGGCCUGAUAAUCUUUGGGAGAGUUUUGCUGCAGCUUGGAUUAGGGAUGGCAGGUCCUGUCAAUUUUGGGUCUCUUCGUUUCUCAAGUUUCCGGUCCUAAAUUCAUUCAUUCUCCACAUUUCGCAACAAUUUGCAAGUGGGGGGGGGGACACAUUGGCAUUUUAGUGCGAUUUUUUCUUUAUUAAAUAUAUAUUUGCAUGUGGUCUUGACUAAUGUAUUUGCAAGCAAUUUCUGUAUGUAUGCUAUUUCUAUGAUUAUCUCCAUUUCUGUGCACACUUUCCCCCCAAAAUGUGCAUUAUUAAAAUGCUGUUUAGGAAACUGCAUUGCAAAAUUCAGAUAAGUGUGAAAUUCUAAGGAUAGAAUCAUAAAACUGUAGAGUUAGAAGGGACAACCAAGGGUUCAGUGCCCUGCAAUGCAAGGUUCGGGUAGGUAGCCGUGUUGGUCUGACACAGUCGAAAUAAAUAAAUAAAUAAUAAAAAAUUGUCCAGUAGCACCCUAGAGACCAACUAAAUUUGUUCUGGGUAUUAGCUUUCAUGUGAGUGAAGAAGUGUUGUCCAUCCAUUCUGAAGGAAAUCAGCCCUGAGUGCUCAUGAAGGGCCAUGAAGAGGCGGACACGACUAAACAACAAAAUGUGAACAAUUCCUUUCUUUUAUCUGUCUUGAAUCUUCCAACCUUCAGCUGCAUUGGACGUCCACGAGUUCUGGUGUUAUGAGAGAGGGAGGGAAACUUUUCAAUAGCCACUUCCUCCAUGCCAUGUUUCAUUUUAUAAACUUCUAUCACAUCGCCUCUGACACAACUUUUCUCUUUAAGAAAACUCCCAAAUGCUGCAACUUUUCUUCAUACGUAAGGGAGUCACUCCGUCCUCCUGGAUCAAUUUGGUUGCCUUUUUCAGAACCUUUUCCAGCUCUGCAAUAUCCUUUUGGAUGUGGGGCAACCAUAAUUGUACCCAUCUGCGUUUCCACAUCGAGAGAUUCUGAAGAGUGUCAUAAAGCUUGCAUAACGCGUGGAGUCCUUGCACACUUUGAGCAAUGUUAAACUUUCAGGAUGGCGAAAGUGUACGAAUGAAUGAAUUUUCCUUCCUGCUCCUUCACGGUUUCCUGAGUGGGGAGUGGAUGGGUGCUUUGAUCUUUCCUGCUAUACAAUGAGCUCCAUCUGCCUUGCGUAUGAUUCAUCCUUUCAUUAGGAAUCGGAAACGAUUGCAGAGAAGAAUGCAAGAAGCUGCCUAGGAUGAUGUCAGACCUCUUAUUAUGUCAGUCACCCAGUGACUGGCAGCUGCAACUCUUCAGCAUGGUCUCGGGCAAAGGGGUGCCUCUCCCCUCCCUUGCUUCCUUUUGUUGUUUAGUCAGGUCCGCCUCUUCGUGACCCCCUGGACCAGAGCACGCCAGGCACUCCUGUCUUCCACUGCCUCCCGCAGUUUGGUCAAACUCAUGCUGGGAGCUUCGAGAACACUGUCCCAUCAUUGCGUCCUCUGUCGUCCCCUUCUCCUUGUGCCCUCCAUCUUUCCCAACAUCAGGGUCUUUUCCAGGGAGUCUUCUCUUCUCAGCUUCAGGAUCUGUCCUUCCAGUGAGCACUCAGGGCUGAUUUCCUUCAGAUUGGAGAGGUUGGAUCUUCUUGCAGUCCACGGGACUCUCAAGAGUCUCCUCCAGCACCAGAAUUCAAAAGCAUCAAUUCUUUGGCGAUCAGCCUUCUUUAUGGUCCAGCUCUCACUUCCAUACAUCACCACUGGGAAAACCAUAGCUUUAACUAUAUGGACCUUUGUUGGCAAGGUGAUAUCUGUCUACUGCCCUUAUUAAUGUGAAAUCUGCCCAAGGUGGUGGUUACUGUUAGCCAACUUGAACGUGCAAGAGUUCAGAGGAAGGUGGGACGGCUAAAGAUACAUCUGUGAGAAUCAGUCAUCUCUUUGAGGGCUGCGCGUCACCUCGACUUCAUACAUUGCUGAGUCAUGGAGCCCAUUUCCUUCCUUCCUUCCUUCCUCCCUGGGCAGGCGGCCACAAUGGUUAAACACCCGCUCUGUGUUAACGGAAAACGCAGCCAGAUUUCUCCUUGGCGCUGGGCCAAGGCCAGUUCCAAGCCAACGGGAGCUUUUCUGCCUCUUUGCUCGAGAUUAAAGAGGUUGCUAGAAGCGGACUCCUCACAUCUGCAAGACUCCUUUCUUUUUAAAUUGAGAGCGCUGGGAUUCUUGUGAGGCCGAGCUCUAGGAAUUUGGGGAAAGUCUAGCUUUAAUGUAUGUUUUAUUGGGUUGGCGGGUUUUGUGUGUAAGUGUUCUGAUACUAUACAAAGCGAUAUGUUCUUCUUCUUCUUCUUUGGCGAUCCCUCCUAGCUGAGUAAGAUUGUCUUCCAUAAACACGGUUUUUACAAUGAGUCUGUAAGUGAGUGUGGAGGCCAAUUCUGGAUCCACACAUCCUUCCACAGUGGGGACAUUGGUUUCCGGGUGGGAGUUGAUCACGGUGUGGAUUUGCCAAGCGUGCCUUCCUCCUAGCACUUUCCCCGUUCGCAUCCUGAGUAGAAAGUAACACACGACUGCGCGUCUGCGUGUGCGCAGGUCGCUUUCCGCUGCUUCCGCGCAUGCGCAUGACGUCAUUUUGAGCGUCUACACAUGCGUGAGUGGCGAAAUCCGAAAGUAACACGCUCCAUUACUUCCGGGUCACCACAGAGCGCAACUGGGAAAUACUUAACAUGAAGCUGCUUUAACCCAAGGUAUGACUGUAUUAUUAUUAUUAUAUCUCCUCUCAGUCUUGCACGCACAGAUGCGGGUUGUGUUUGCUUCAGGAUGCGAACAGGGCUCCGGAACGGAUCCCAUUCACAUCCAGAGGUACCACUGUACAUAUGUGACUAGAUUAAAAUAUACCUAAUUGCUAUAGACUUCCCUUUGCUAUAUAUAAAUGCAACGCAAGUAGAAAUAUUCUAUUAGAAAUUUUUAUAAAUUCCCCUAUACCCCCCUCUCCCCUUCACCCAUGUGUGAUCUCAAUAUUUUUUUUUUAAACUUCUUCCAUCUUCUUGUUGUAGUUUAAUAAUUAUUCAAUUGAUUCUUUUAUUAUUUCCUUGCUUACCCCUGCAUGUUUUACACAUUAUCUAUUAAUAUUCCAGUUCUGGAACCAUAUUUUUUAUAUAUUCCUUCACUCCAUCCCACUCUUUAAUUAUUCUUUGAUUUGAAUGGCCUCUAAUGAUUGCCGUCAAAAAAUGUAUUCCUUUACGCAACAGCAGCGGCCAGAAUAUUGAUCGCAAAGAAUUGGAAGGGGAAAAAAGACCAUCAUUAUUAGAAUGGCAAAGCAAGCUCUGUGAGUUUGUGGAAAUGGCAAAAUUGAUUGUCGGAAACAUUUUCAUUGGAUCAUAAAAGUUGGAGGGGACCACAAGGGUCAUCUAGUCCAACCCCCUGCAACGCAGGAAUCUUUUGCCCAAUGUGGGGCUUGAACCCCUGACUCUGAGGUUAAGAGUCUCAUGCUCUAAUGACUGAACUAUCCCUCUUUGUGCAUUUUAUUCUUAGAAAUAAAUAAAAUUCUGAUGUGAAAGUUGCUGUAGGCUGACCGUAUCUCUCUUUUGUGACUUGAGUAUGCAAGGAUUGAACUGCCAAGGGCCCAUCUCAUCUAGAUUUGAAUGAAAAUAGAAAAGUAUAGGAUUAUACAUGGUGUGACGAAAGCAAGCAGAAAAAUGUGUGUGUCCCCCUGUAGGAGUGCAAAUAUCCAGAGUGUGGGGUCAGGUGGGAUUACUAUGAGGAAUUAUAAAAUAUGCAUCAAGACAUUGUGUCCAUGAUGAAUGCAUUGUGUUGACUGGGUUUGAUACGUUGACAAUAAUUUCUGAUCAAAUCCCGCAACCCUCUGCAUCUCUGGCCAUUUCCUCUACUGCCCAUUUCUCUUGCUUGACAAGUCACGUACACAGCCCAGUUGCUUAGCCAGGCAGGCAUCCUGGGCCAUCAAAGACAGUGAGCAAGUUUCUUUAAUGUAGCUUUUCUGAUAUGUUAAUCUUAGGAUGUUAAUCUUAGGGCCAGGAAACAGAUCUCACCUGGUGAUCGCUGUCCUCCUGGCCAUCCUUCUUAUCAUGUGUAUUGCUUGUUUAUGACCUCAGGGGUUGCCAAAUGCACUCCUUUGUAGUUCUGUUUUGUUUACCCCAUGCUUAAUUAGUUUUGGUAGUUUAACUUUGUCCCCACGUGGGGUUUGUUGAAAUGCUCAGAAGAAAUCUGAUUGGUUCUUACGAACACUCUGUAAAAAGCUCUUUUGUGAAUAGAAUGACCUGGGCCAGGGGCUGGAGGGACAGAGAUUAUUAUACGCAGCCUUCCCAGAGUCUUGCUGGUUCAAGCCUCUGUGUGUAUUCUUAUUAAUCAGAGUUCAAUCCUUCCUUUACUUUGGGAACGCCUCAUCCCCCUUUCUUAUAACUGUAGAAUUUGUGGGCAUCCACAACAAAACACCCAACAGUUGGGAGAUUCAGGACAGAGUCAAGAACCGCACGGACUUUAUUUUCCAUAACGGGCAUGAUUCUAUGCUUCUCUGAAUCCUGCUUCCUUCCACCCAUUUGGUAACAAGAUUAGACCCUGCGCUAUUCUGAACUGGGAGCUCCGUGAAUGGCAUUGUGCCCCAGAUCCAAACCUCUGCAAGAUAAGACUUAUUAACAUGUAAAUUGAGAAUCCCGGGAGGGAGAGACAGGCUAGACAAAUGCAUAAAUAUGCUCCCCGAGUGUGACAGACAACAUUCGGCCACGGUAAAUUAGACGUGGAAUUAAAUCUACACACGCGCAACGGUUGCCAGCGACUGCUGCCGGACGUCUUGCCAGAUCUCGGAACGAUUCCUGCUGUUCCACAGGGUCCAAACCCGCGAUCCGACUUCAUGUUGAUUUCUGGGAGAUGUUUGGACAAAGUACUUCACCCAAAGGCUCUUGUGUAUGAAUAUAGCAAUCUGGGGAUGCUAGAUUAUUUUGCAGACUGGAAAAUAAUAAUAAUAAUAAUAAUAAUAAUAAUAAUAAUUUAUUAUUUAUACCCCACCCAUUAUUAUUAUUUAUACCCCGCCCAUUUCCCCAGCCACUCUGGGCGGCUUCCAACAAAACACUAAAAUACAAUAACCUAUUAAACAUUAAAAGCUUCCCUAAAAUUGGUUUAGCAGUGCAAAUCUCAGAAUGGGGCAGUUAUAAGGAUAGAGGGAAAUAAGAAUUGCAUUUCUGCCCAGGAAAGUGUACAGAAUCUUUUCUGACCUGUGUCUUUUUUUGAUCAUUUUGUUUCCUCCCCCGGACAUAUGGCCGUUUUAUACCCCUCAGCAAGUGGCCGAUUCUCUGUACCACUUGGCUUAAACCAUUUUGAUUUUGCAAUGGGUAAGGUGUUUGAGCCCUCUGCCUCAGUGCCAUUCCUGCACUUACAUAGUCGAUAAAUUAAAUGCAUUUUUAUAAAAUUAUUUUGUUUAAUAAAAUUUGCACACUGGUGGAUUGCUUAAGAAAAAAAGUGUCAAAGCGCCUUAGAGUAAGCAAAAGCAAUAAGCUCAAGGAGAAAAAAUACAACAGUAUUUUACAUAUUUUCCUGUAGGACUAAUUGCAGACAUUAACAGUUGUCAACAGUUUGACUAUACCCAUUGAGUCAACCACCCAUCUCCUAAAACCCCACCCCACCCUCCCACUAUAUAUAUAGGUCUGGUGACUUCUGUUUCAGUGUACCUGAAGAAGUGUGCAUGCACACGAAAGCUUAGACCCAGAACAAACUUAGUUGGUCUCUAAGGUGCUACUGGACAAUUUUUUAAAUUUUAUUUAUUUAUUUCGACUGCAUCAGACCAACACGGCUACUGCAAUUUAUUUCAACAGUAUUUUAAAACAUCCUAAAGUUAAAAUACAAAAACUGAUUAGCAUUAGUUGGUUGAGCAUGAGACUCUUAGUCUCAAGGUCGUGGAUUUGAGCCCCUUGUUGGGCAAAAGAUUCUUGUGUUGCAUCGGGUUGGACUAGAUGACCCUCAUGGUCCCUUUCAACUCUAAAAUUCUAUGAUUCUAUACUUCAGCUUUCUAAGCAUGUAAAGGGGCAAGAAAGAACCCUGCACCCAGUCAUCUUCAUGGAAUGGUCCUGAAUAUUGCAUAAUAAAAAAUUAAAAAAUUAUAUAUAUAUAUAUAUAUAUAUAUGUUUUUAUUGUUAAAAUAAUUCAGCAUUAAUACACACAUAUUGCGAAUAUACAAGCAUACAAACAUACAUUUCAUACAAUCCUUAAAAAUGUUCAAACAUACCUACACUCAGUCCCACAGAUAAUUCCUUUUCCCAUCACCAUCCACCGCCCCUCACCCCACCUUUGUGUCAGACUUCCAAUCUACUCAACUGCAGUUUCUUUCCACUUCUUUUACUUUCUUUCACACACCUUUAACCUAAUUUCAUGCUUCUUUUUCUAUUACACAUUGUUAUCCAUCUUCUUUAGUAUUCCAGUAUUUAAAACGGAAGUUGUUCAUUCUAAUAGGAGUUCUGAUUUUUCGAUAUGGUUUUGCAAGUAUCCUUUAAAAAAAUUAUAUUUUUAUCCCAGCAAUUUGGCAAGCAGCAUUCUUUCUCCGUUUACCUUCAUAACAACCCUGUGAGGCAGGUUAAGCCGAGUGCCGGUGACUGCAAAUUUGUCUCCCUGCCCCCCUAGAGCGCUGCGACGACUGGGGCGUGGACACCAUGAAGCACAAGCCGGUCUACAACGGGGAGCCGGCCAAAAUCAAGUGUCCUCUCUUUGAAGCCUUCCUGAAGUACAACUACAGCACCGCCCACUCCGCGGGCCUCACCCUGAUCUGGUACUGGAUUGGGCGAGGCCAGGACAUUGAGGAGCCCAUCAAUUUCCGCCUCCCCGACAACCACAUCAGCAAGGAGAAGGACACCCUCUGGUUCCGCCCCGCUCUGCUCAACGACACCGGGAACUACACCUGCAUGCUCAGGUAAGGAAGCCGAUAGAGAGGGGGCCAUGCUUGUAGGGAGGGGUUUUAAGGUUGGAAGAACGAGGGUGUUUGGGUCAUCCGAUCAUCUGUCUUGCCCUUUUCCAUGAUUGUUUAGAAAAUUCUUACAGCCGCUUUGUGUUCUGCUUGAGAGGAAAUUGUCGUUUAGUCGUGUCCGCCUCUUUGUGACCCCCUAGACCAGAGCACGCCAGGCACUCCUGUCUUCCACUGCCUCCCACAGUUUGGUCAAACUCAUGCUGGUAGCCUCGAGAACACUGUCCCACCAUCUCGUCCUCUGUCGUCCCCUUCUCCUUGUGCCCUCCAUCUUUCCCAACAUCAGGGUCUUUUCCUGGGAGUCUUCUCUUCUCAGGAGGUGGCCAAAGUCUUGGAGCCUCAGCUUCACGAUCUGUCCUUCCAGUGAGCACUCAGGGCUGAUUUCCUUCAGAAUGGAGAGGUUUGAUCUUCUUGCAGUCCAUGGGACUCUCAAGAGUCUCCUCCAGCACCAGAAUUCAAAAGCAUCCAUUCUUUGGCGACCAGCCUUCUUGAUGGUCCAGCUCUCACUUCCAUACAUAACUACUGGGAAAACCAUAGCUUUAACUAUACGGAACUUGGUUGGCAAGGUGAUGUCUCUGCUUUUUAAGAUGCUGUCUAGGUUUGUCGUUGCUUUUCUCCCAAGAAGCAGGCGUCUUUUAAUUUCGUGGCUGCUGUCACCAUCUGCAGUGAUCAUAGAGUCCAAGAAAGUAGAAUCCCUCACUGCCUUCAUUUCUUCCCCUUCUAUUUGCCAGGAGGUGAUGGGCCCAGAUGGGAGGAAUAGUGGCAGAUAUAAAUAUGAAGAAGCAAACAAAUAUUUAUUGGUUUGUUUAGCUUGCAGAUUACUUUGUAUUUCAAGGAAUCUCCAUGCUGUUUACAAAUCUCAGUAAAUACACACACACACACACACACACAGAGUAUAUAUACAUAUGUAUCUGUAUGUGUAUAUAUAUGUGUGUGUUUGUGCAUAUAUAUAUAUAUAUAUAUAUAUAUAUAUAUAUACACUGUAUGUGAUAAUGAGUACAAAUUCCACAUUCAGUACAGCUGCUGCUGCAAAUAAUCAUAACUAUACAUUUUUAGCAACUUAAUUGCAGUGAUAAAUCUCUGAGAAAAAAUGCACAUAAAAUAAGCGAAAGUAAAUUGCAUGCAGGAGAAAAGUACAUCAAGGUAGAAUGCCAGGAUAAAAUAUAAUUAUAAUAUAGGUCUAAAAUGAAAAUUGCCAACAGAAAGAAAGCUCUCAUGGGUCAAAUUGGGAAUUCAUGAAUUAUUCUUUCAACCACCUUCUCUCUUUGCACCCACCACACCCCACGGGUUGGACCAAAUGACCCUUUGGGUCUCUUCCAAUGCUACAGUUUUUUAAAAUUCUAUCUCAUCACUGCAUCCUCUCAGUUCCCACUUCAAUAAAACAUUAAAAUGUUCAACAGUUACAUGCAAGAAAGAUAUUCGGGUGACCGGUGAGUCCUUUUGUAUUUUGAGUGUGAACCUUCCCUUUUAACCUUGUGGUCGGAACCUUGAAAUCUAUUUUUUCUCCUUUCCAUGCAGAAACACCACCUACUGCAGCAAAGUGGCUUUCCCGCUGGAAGUCGUUGACAAAGACCCCGGUUCCUGCGUCAGCCAGGCCAUCAGACCGGAAGAAGUCCUCAUGUACCUGGACUACACGAACAAGAACCUCACCUGCCCGGAUGUGGAAGGGUUUUAUCCAGCUGGGACCAAGCCAAAGGUCUGGUGGUAUAUGGUAAGCUCUGAAGCCCGGGGCUGGAGGCUUCAUUUUGCAGAGGGUUUUGAUUGUAUGCAUUUAUGAAGCUCUGCACAAGCGAAUUGGCAAGGCAGCUGCAGCAAUGGCUUGCUUCUGCAAAAGGGUCUGGGAGAAUGUGAUGCUAACAUCCAAUACCAAGAUGAAGGUUUAUCAGGCCUGCACGUUGAGCACGCUGAUUUAUGGAAGUGAGUCAUGGGCAACUCACAGCUUCCAGGAGUGACGCCUCAAUGCCUUCCGCAUGGACUGUGUCACGAGGAUUUUGGGAAUCUGAUGGCAGAGCAGAAUUCCAAACAAACAUUCCCAGCAUGCUUGCACUUCUGUCUCAGUGACGUCUAGGUACGGUAAAGGUAAAGGACCCCUGGAUGGUUAAGUCCAGUCAAUGGCGACUAUGGGGUUGCAGCGCUCAUCUCGCUUUCAGGCCAAGGGAGCCAGCGUUUGUCCACAGAGACCUUUUUGGAUCAUGUGGCCAGCUUGACUAAACUGCUUCUGGUGCAACAGGACACCGUGAUGGAAACCAGAGUGCACGGAAACGUCGUCUACCUUCCCGCCAUAGCGAUACCUAUUUAUCUACUCGCACUGGUGUGCUUUUGAACUGCUAGGUUGGCAGGAGCUGGGACAGAGCAGCGGGAGCUCACCUCUUUGUGGGGAUUUGAACCACCGACCGUCCGAUCGGCAAGCCCAAAAGGCUCAGUGGUUUAGACCACAGCACCACCUGUGUCCCUACAUAGUGACGUCUUGCUGACUUGGUCACGUCCACAGAAUGGAAGUUGGCAAGAUCCUCAAGGACGUCCUCAAUGGGGAGCUGGCACCAGACCCGUUGGCGGACGAAACAUGCCCACAAACAUGACCUGAAGGUUGGAAGCAUCAACCUGCCAGGUGGGAAUUCUCUUGCAGACAAUCACAGUGCAUGGAGACAGACAGUCCGCAGAGGUGACCAGAGGAGGAAUGUUUGCAGAUUUAUGUCUUCCUCCGUCCAGCCGUUUCCCCUGUGUAUACUCUGAGGAAUAACGACCUAGGCAGGAAAAUUAGCAGAGAUGCAGCAGUCUUGCCUUCGUGUAAGAGCAGAGGAAGUGAAAUAGUCCAGAGGCGGCUUUCUUUAGCUAAAAGCGUUUAUUUACCAGCAGUAAAUCCGCCAUCCAAACAUUCAGACAUCGUCUCCGUGCUAAGAGCACGCUUAGUCUAAAACCGAAAGCAAAUCACAGAACAAAGACCUGUGACGAACAGAACAGUGUCUUGUAGAUGCUCCUCCCCCCAGAGCAGAACACAAGAAGGUUAAUCCUAUAACCACCAUACUCUACAGAAUGUCUAUUGGGAGGAGCACAGAGAGAAGAAACAUCAUCUGCAUCAGCAUAACUGCACGUCUUCUGCCCCAGCUGCAACAAAACAUGUCUCUCCUAUAUCGGUCUCUACAGCCACAGCAGACGCUGCAAUUUUCCAGCAGUUUGACUUCACUCCUUCAUUGCCUCUCGAGACAGAUGCCAACUCACAAUCAUAGGCAAUUGAAGCCGUGCUCAAAUUACUUGUCAUGUUGCCGGGCUGUUCACAGUACUGCUAAAAGCCAUGUUUCGGUUUUGCUCUACAUCAGUGGUUCCCGAACCAUUUUGGACCUCUGCCCCCUUGGUUACAUAAACUCAUUCCCAGAGCCCCUGACCCUGUAAGAAUCAUAAAAUUCUUAUAGUGUUGGCAGGGACCACAAGAGUAAUCUAGUUCCACUCUCUGCAAGGCAGGAAUCCUUUAGCCAGUGUGGGACUCAAAUCCACAACCCUGAGAUUGAGUCUCAUGCUCUAUGGAUUGAGCAUUUUUCAGAAUAGUGGUUUUCACGACCAUCUAAGGAAGAUAGUAACCCAACAAAACUCAAAGCAGUAACAAUUAAUUGCACAUUUGUUCAAAAUCCAAUUAAAACUAUUUCGUCUAAUUGAGUGAACAAAAUUGAGGGACUUGAUCCUGUGAUCCCAGGCAUUUACUCAUAAUUGGAUAUCGUGUGACAACUCGGAAUCCUACAUACAAACAUGUCUGACCCAAGGAAAUUGCUUUGAAAGUGAUAAGAGCAGUAAAACUUCAAAUGCAAAGCGAGGAAUGUGUUUCGCUCCAGGCUCUCACCUGGUCACUUGCAAGUAAGCCAUUCAUGCACUUGGAAGGGGCCACAACCCCUUUGUCCCCCAGCGGUUCUGCGAGGCAAGAAGCAGGUGGUGUGCUUUUCUCCCCCUGCUACUUCCAGAGACCCCCCCCCACUUUGUAUCCUAUUUUAGGGGCUCUCUAAUGACCUUUGUGGAUCACGAAAUACAUUCCAGGUUUUGCAAUCCACUCUGGAGUUUGGGAGGGGUUCCAAACUUCAUGCAAUUCUGCAGUUCCCUUAUCUAUUCCAAAACGACCCUUGUCUAUAGCUCAUUGAGUAGCAGAAGUGGAUUAAAGCAUGAAAAAAAGAGCAGAAAAAAAUAUUCUUAAAUGAGGAUCAGGUGCAGUAGUCACUUAUGUUUCAGCAUUCUGCAGGUGGAAUUUUGUUAGAUACAGUUUUGAAUCCCGGUAAAUUGAGAGCUUUGCUCAUCCUUCGCUCUGUGGGUCAGCUUCUGAGGGGAGGGCAUUCUCCCCACCCCCCACCUCCCUGAGACCAAAUACUCUUCACACUCAGAUGCCCUCUCUGUGGAAAUGCAAUUCAUGGCUCCAGCAGCGGAGCUGGAAGACUCCUGUCCCUUUGAUCAAUACCCCUUUUCUUCUGGGCUAAGAGCAAUCGCCUUUAUUUGGCUUCAGGAGCUGGUCCAUUAAAAUUCAGAUCCCAACCGUCAAUUAGCAAAAUGAAACCGAACCCUCUCUGGAAACAAUUUUUUUGCAGAUGGUAGAUUGCUCGUCCCCGCUAAUAAGACUUCGUCAGAAAUGGUAUAUUGCCACUGUCUCCCCUUGCCAUGUGGAGGUGGACGUGAUCUGGAAAGGGGCCACAGAGGAAUAAUUGCUGCAAAAUUGUGGAUUGCCAACCUUCUGUGAUCGGGAAGAUGGUUCACCUGAGCUAUUCCCUUCCUCCCUUCUUGACUCCCUUCAAAGGAACCAUAAAAAGAGGUAUGGCACAUGAAGGAAGUGGCUUAGCUCAGCUGCCAAACUCAGAAGCCUCGGAUUUUUACCGCACAGCAACUCUGUUUCUGCCUCCCUGCCAUCGUGCCAUUUGAGAAUAUGUUGGGCACCUUGACAAGGGACGCUUUCUCUCCUCUAGUCCCUUAACACUAGAACUCCUGGACAUGCAAUGAACCUCAGAAGACUCAGAGAAGAUGAAAGAAAAUCCUUCACAGAGUGUGCAGUUAAACUGUGGAACUCCAUCCUGCAGGAACGCAGUGUUGACGACCAACAAAAAUGGCUUUGAAAGAGGAUUUGACAAAUUUGUGGAUGAGUCUAAGGUUAUUGAAGCCUACUGGCCCUGAUGGAUUUGCUCUGCCUCCACGGUUCUUCACAGUUCUCUGAAUUUUGCAGUGCAGUGCUCCAACCAGAAAUAUAUUUUAAAAUGGUUUUUUUGGGGGGGAAAGGGUGUGUAUGCAAAAUUAUAUGGAAGUGCAUGUUUGCCAAAAUGCAUUAUACUACUUGCCAAAAAAACCCCCACAUGUUUAGAGCAAUGUCCACCAAAAUGCUUCAAACUUUAGUGAGGUCUUUUAUUUUUUUCUAAUUGCAAAAAAAUUGCAAUGUGAAGAUGUGAGGAACGGAAUCUAAGAUUGGAAGAAGAGGAAUGAAAAUAGAUUCCUGUCCAUUCCUAUGUGGAGUGAAAAACCCACAUGUGUGAUUGUCACAUCUGGUGAUUCCCAUCUGGAGUUGCAGAUUAAUUUUAGCGUGUGCCUUUUCCUGUCCUUGCUCAUUUCAAAAGGCAGAGAGAAAUUCUCAGGAAAUCACAAUUACAGAAUUUGCAAAGAACAUAGCAAGCAUGAGAACGUAAGAAGAGUCCUGCUGGAUCAGGCCAUGGCCCAUCUAGUCCCAAUCUUGCUGUGUCUGAAUUGUUGGUUGUUGUUUAGUCGUUUAGUCAUGUCCGACUCUUCCUGACCCCCUGGACCAGAGCACGCCAGGCACUCCUGUCUUCCACUGCCUCCCGCACUUUGGUCAAACAUCUGGUUGGGUAACAUCAGGAAAGGAUGCUGAACUAGAUGGACCAUUGCCCAGAUCCGUCACACUCUUCUUAUAUUCUUAGUUUUCGUAGUUUUGGUGGCAAAAUGUUACAAAUGGAGAUGACAGCUUCUGAAAUUGUGAGUUUCCGGCUAGGGGCUGCCCGGUCUUGAGCGAGUGCUGCUUCCGGAUCCUGGGUUCCAACCUUCCUCUUCUCGGAGGAUGUCCAUCUUGUGUGCUUAGCAGAUGUGCCUCUUCUGCAUGCAGAGGCUGUGAGUGAAUGUGCCUUAUCCCCGUUUCCUGCAGAACUGCAAACUCAUGGAUAAUUUCAACGAGCGAUACCCCCGAGGCAUCAACCUGACCUUUGGCUUCGUCCGUGAGGCGUACCAGGCCGACUACACCUGUGUCGUGAGCUACAAGGAGAACGGCCGGGAUUUCAACCUCACACGGACUUUGAGGGUCAAGGUGGUAGGUAAGGAGAAUCGAGGGACAAAGGGAGGCAGGGGGCAUCAAUUGAGGUAUUAUUGAUGUGCAUCUGGUUUCUAGCUCAUAAAGCUCUGGACGACUCAUGCCCAAGCUAUCACAUUUCCCCAUAUGAACCUGCCUGGGCUCUGAGAUCUUCAGGGGGAGCCCCUUCUCUCACCCCUGCCACCCUCACAGGGAUGCAUGGUGAGAACAUGGUGAGAGGGCCUUCUUGGUGGUGGCUGCUCCCAGGCAACUUUGGAACUCCCUGCCUAGGGAAGUUAAUUAUUGUUGUUGUUAUUUAUUUAUUUAUUUAUACCCCACCCAUCUGGCGGGGUUUCUCCAGCUGCUCUGGGCGGCUUCCAAUGGAAUAUUAAAACACAAGAACCUAUUAAACAUUAAAAAGGGGCUGCCUUCAGAUGUCUUCUAAAUGUUUGGUAGUUGUUUUUCUCUUUGACAUCUGGUGGGAGGGCGUUCCACAGGGCGGGCGCCACUACCGAGAAGGCCCUCUGCCUGGUUCCCUGUAACUUCACUUCUCGCAGGGAAGGAACUGCCAGAAGGCCUUCAGAGCUGGACCUCAGUGUCCAGGCAGAACAAUGGGGGUGGAGACGCUCCUUCAGGUCUACUGGGCUGAGGCCGUUUAGGGCUUUCAAGGUCAGCACCAACACUUUGAAUUGUGCUUGGAAACGUACUGGGAGCCAAUGUAGGUCUUUCAAGACCGGUGUUAUGUGGUCCCAGCGGCCGCUCCCAGUCCCCAGUCUAGCUGCCGCAUUCCGGAUUAGUUGUAGUUUCCGGGUCACCUUCAAAGGUAGCCCCACGAAGAGCACAUUGCAGUAGUCCAUGUGGGAGAUAACUAGAGCAUGCACCACUCUGGUAAGACAAUCUGUAGGCAGGGAGGGUCUCAUCCUGCAUACUAGAUGGAGCUGGUAGACAGCUGCCCUGGACACAGAAUUGACCUGCGCCUGUGGAGGGCAUUCCACAGGGCAGGUGCCACCACCGAGAAGGCCCUCUGCCUGGUUCCCUGUAACUUGGCUUCUCACAGCGAGGGAACUGCCAGAAGGCCCUCGACGCUGGACCUCAGUUAGGCUGGUUCCCUCCUUGCUGUCCUCCCUUCUGGGAACUGACUCAUUUUGUCACCUACCCAUCCCUUAGUUAACCUAGAUUGUAAAUUCCUCAGGAUAGGGAUCCCCCCAGAUCAAGGGAAGUCAUAGUCCCACUCUAUUCUGCCUUGGUCAGACCACACCCGGAGUCCAGUGUCCAGUUCUGGGUGCCACAAUGUAAGAAGGAUGUUGACAAGCUGGAACGCGUGCAAAGGAGGGCAACUGAGAUGAUCAAGGGUCUAGAAACCAAGCCUGAUGAGGAACGGUUGAAGGAGCUGGGUAUGUUUCACCUGGAGAAGAGGAGACACACAGGAGAUAUAGCUAAAGAACUCUCCCAUGGAAGAUGCAGCAAGCUUGUUUUCUCCUGCUCUAGAGGGGAGGCCUCGAACCCAUGGCUUCAGGUUACAAGAAAGGAGAUUCCGACUAAACUUCAGGGGGAACUUUCUGGUGGUAAGAACUGUUUGACAGUGGAACAAACUCCCUCAGGAAGUUGUGGACUCUCAUUCACUGGAGGUUUUUAAGCAGAGGUGGGAUGGCCAUGUGUCAUGGACUCUUUCGUUGUGAUUCCUGCAUUGCAGGGGGUUGGUCUAGAUGGCACUUGGGGUCCCUUUCAGCUCUAUAAUUCUGUGAUUCUAAAGCAACAGACCCAGUGAUACCACUAUCCGAAUAAAUACUGUCACUGGUUAGAACAAAGAAGAGGUGUUAUGGUUGCCCUGAGAUUUCUUGUAAGAGCCACAGGAGGUUCUUUCAGGGCACCUCGAAAAUGGCUUUUGGAAAAACAAGACAAAAGCAGAAAGCAUUGCUUUAAAAAAAAAGUUUCCUAAGAAAAUAACCCACAUUUUGAGCUGCUGGGGUGGGAUUUGUGUCCUGGUGUCCUCUCUUGGAAGCACCUUCUCCCUCCUCCACUGCCCCCUCAGCUCAAGAGUGCUUUGCUCUGUCACGAGGAGAGCAGGCUUGUCAAAUCCAUGUCAUUACAAAUAUCUGCUUCAUCCAAGCCCUGAAGCAUGACAGGAUACUUAAAAACACCUGCGCUUUGCAGAGGUUGCAAUUUUUGGAGAGUGAGCCGGGCCAGGUUCGAAAACUUCCAUGAUAAUGGAGGGAAAGCAUUAUGGGCUAUAUCUGGUGCGGCACUAACUUCUUCCACCGCUGCAGGAAUUUAAGCACUUUCCUCCUGCUUCCCAGAUCUGUUCCGGGGGGGUUCAGGGGAACCCCCAGAAGAGAUUUUGGGGGGGGUGUACAUGGUGGGGAGAGGAGGGGAUGUUCCCAUGCACAACCACAAAUCCUUGCGCUGACGAGAUAUUUGGAUAUUUCAUAGAAUUGUAGAGUUGGAAGGAACCCGAGGGACAACGGCGGAGCUAGCGACUCGGGCCCCCGGAGCAGCACACAUGCUGUGCACCCAGGCGGGUGAUUGGCGCCCAUUGGGGGCGAUUGGCGUGGCAAUUGCCACCCAUUAGGGCAAUUGGUGUGACGAUCGGCGUCCAGGGGGGCGAUCGGCAUGGUGAUCAGCACCCAAAAGGGAUUUUGUCACCCCUCAUGGAUGCCACCCAGGACACCCCGCCCCCACCGCCCCCCUUCCUAUGCCCCUGCCAAGGGACACCUACCGUAUUUUUCGCUCCAUAAGACGCAUGUUUUUCCUCCUAAAAAGUAAGGGGAAAUCUCUGUGCGUCUUAUGGAGCAAAUGUGUGGUCCCUGGCAGCGGCGGAGCUGGGGACUUUGGUUCCUGGAGCAACGGGGCCUGGCACGUCGCUCGUGCAAGCAUCCCCCGCCCGUGCGAGGGGGUGGGGAGAGGAGAGGCAGGGGAAGAGGGCUUUAGAACACUCUUCAGAGUUCCCUGCAUCCAAGGGGCUCUGUGACUUGCAUGAGAGCAGCCAGGAGCCAGCGCGGAGGGGGAUCUUUCUCCCUUGCGCGCUCUGUCAAAUUGGGACAGGGAGCUUUUUUCUUGCUUUCUUCCUCUAAAAACUAGGUGCAUCUUAUGGUCAGGUGCUUCUUAUAGAGCAAAAAAUACGCUAGUUGAACCCCCUGCAGUGCCCGAGUUGCAGCUGAAGAAUCCAACCUCUGCUCAACAACCUCCGCGGAAGGAGAGUCCACCUCCUUCCAAGGGAAUCCGUUCCACUGUGGAGCAGUUCUUGCCCUCAGAAAGUUCAUUCAGAUGUUGCAGGAUGCUGGGAGACGUGAGCCUGCCUCAGGCAGUUCUUAAAGGCACACGUGUUUUCUGAGUUACUGCCUGCCAGAGCCAUUCAUGUUGGGCUGAUGCCUGAGUGUACCUCAGAGACAGCCCUGAGGCUCGAGGCUGGAGGGCCUAGCGAUUGUUCCCUUGGGGCACAGAAUCCAGCCUUUGCUCCAAGCAGUUUCUUCAAGGUCUGCAGAAACUCAAGAAGUACAGUUUAAUUUUCCCGCGAAUAAACCCUUGCCAAACAAACUUUCCCCUUUGUUCCAUCCCAUUCUACGACUCAGGCCCCAAACACUUGAGAAGCUGCCUCCUUCCCUAUGGACCUUCUUGAGAUUGAUGGAAGGGGCCCUCUUGGUAGCAGUCAGAGGUUUGGGGUGAAGGUGCCCCAGGGGAGAGGGCUUUCUCCGUGGCAGCCCCAAAUCUGUGGGACUUCCUCUCCACAGAGGCGCCUUCAUUGCACGGCUUCCAGAAGAUGCUGAAGACCUGACUUCUGACCAUAGCUGUCAACCGUCCCUUAUUUGGCGGGAAAGUCCCUUAUCCCAGCGCAGUGUCCGGCUGCUGUCCCUUAUUGAUGAUGUCCCGUAAAUUUCCCGGGUUUCAAAGGAAGCAGCUCCUCUCCCUCCCUCCCUGCCAGCCAGGGAGGAGGGAGGCUCCAACUGUGUUGCUUGGCUGCGUUGCUCAGCCAGUAAGGAGUCUAAGAACGACUGGGGGGUGGAGCUUGCAUGCCUUGUGCCGAUCAAAUCGGCCGCGUUGCCUGGGGACUCGCCUUUGCUCAGCGCUUCCCAGCGGAGAGGUGACGGUGGUUUUCCUUGCUGCAUCCCCUUUGCCGGGUUGCUGCGCUGUGGGAACCACCGCUUGAGGCUUCGUUUGGCUGCUGGCUGGGCUUUCUGCCUUUGGCUCGGAGGGGCUCAGAAGUUGAACAUACCUGAGCAUGAAAAAUCCCUUAUUUUGGCUGCUGAUCCCUUAUUUUUGAGGCUGCUGGUCCCUUAUUUUUGAGGCUGCUGGUCCCUUAUUUUCAAAUCUGUAAGUUGACAGCUAUGCUUCUAACAUAGGAUCUGCAUGUUUUCAGGACCCACCAUUUGCUUGCUUUAUUUAUUUUAAAUAUUGUUUUUUGAUGCCAUAACCUUCCCUAGGCUGAAGGGCAAGUAAAUAAUCACGAUCCUAUUCUGUCGGCAGGGCCUCCAGACAAGGCAACGGUUCCAACGAUCAUCUCACCAAAUAAGCAAGUCGGUUAUGAACUCACACCAGGUAAGGUCUGCCAGUAGCUGCCCGUCCUCUCAGUUCGAAAUCUGCCAAUUGAAAUGUGUGUCUUCUGCAUGUUUGAAACAAGGCGUUGACUCUGGAGAAGCUUUCAAAUCGCUUCUGGCUUGACUGCGCAGCUUAGGAAGCCGCCUUGGACGGAGUCAGGCAUUAGAAUCGUAAAAUGAUUCUACAGUUGAUUCCCCUCUGCAGAGUGGAAGGUGAAGUGAAGGUGGAGCCACCACUUUGCAGGAAAAAUUCCAGCCGGGUGAUGUGGUCCCAUGGUGUCAAACUCCUCAGGUUGGCCCUGGGGAUUUCAGCUCGUGGAAGCUAGCUGGUGCAUAAUAAUAAUAAUAAUAAUAAUAAUAAUAAUAAUAAUAAUAAUUUAUUAUUUAUACCCUACCCAUCUGGCUGGGUUUCCCCAGCCACUCUGGGCGGCUUCCAACUGAAUAUUAAAAACAAUACAGCGUCAGACAUUAAAAACUUCCCUAAACAGGGCCACCCUCAGUUGUCUUUUAAAAGUAAAAUAGUUGUUUAUUGCCUUGACAUCUGCUGGGAGGGUGUUCCACAGGGCAGGUGCCGCUACUGAGAAGGCCCUCUGCCUGGUUCCAUGUAACCUCACUUCUCACAAGGAGGGAAGCGCAAGAAGGCCCUCGGCACUGGACCUCAGUGUCCGGGCUGAACGAUGGGGGUGGAGAUGCUCCUUCAGGUAUACAGGACCAAGGCCGUUUAGGGCUUUCAAGGUCAGCACCAACACUUUGAAUUGUGCUCGGAAAUGUACUGGGAGCCAAUGAAGAUUUUUCAGGACCGGUGUUAUAUGGUAUUGGCGGCCACUCCCCGUAACCAGUCUAGCUGCUGCAUUCUGGAUUACAGUGGUACCUCUGUACUUAAUUUACUUUGUACUUACUCUGUACUAAGUACUUAAUUCGUUCUGGAGGUCCGUUCUUAACCUGAAACUGUUCUUAACCUGAAGCACCACUUUAGCUAAUGGGGCCUCCUGCUGCUGCAGCGCCACCGGAGCACGAUUUCUGUUCUCAUCCUGAAGCAAAGUUCUUAACCCGAGGUACUAUUUCUGGGUUAGCGGAGUCUGUAACCUGAAGUGAAUGUAACCCGAGGUACCACUGUAAUUCAGUUUCCGAGUCACCUUCAAAGGUAGCCCCAUGUAGAGCGCAUUGCAGUAGUCCAAGUGGGAGAUAACCUAGCCUAGCAUCCCAGCUUCAUCACCAGUAAGGUGUAGUUGGGUUGCCAUGAGGCAAGACACAGAGACAACAGCAAGAACCUUUAUUGAACUGCAUAACUGGGAAACAGGGGCAGAGCAACUGCUUACAUCAGUGAUGGCCAAACUUGGCCCUCCAGCUGUUUUGGGACUACAACUCCCAUCAUCCCUAGCUAACAGGACCAGUGGUCAGGGAUGAUGGGAACUGUAGUCCCAAAACAGUUGGAGGGCCAAGAUUGGCCAUCACUGGCUUAUAUACACUCCUGAAAUCCUGGGCCACUCCCACUCCCAAUGUGAUUGGCUGUCUAAACUUCCAAGCUGCAAAUCAGGACUCAAGAGUUCAAUGGGGCCAAUGGCAGAGGCCCAAAUCCUGAAAUGUUCUGUGACUGGGCAUCAUGUAUCGAAUCAGAGCACAGGAGCUCAGAAUCCUUAGUCCAGACGGGACCCCUGAGGGUCCUGGAGUCCAGCCCCCUUGCAAUGUUGGAACCUCAGGUGCAAUGGAGGAUGGAGCAACAAAUCUAAAUGUUACCUUUACACGGUGGGCUCGUUUCUGCUCCCUAAAAGUGUAGGGAUGUUGUGGGUAACAGGAGAGGAUCUAUUGAUUACUAUUAUCCUUCCUAACUUGCGCUAGCAAGCGUCUUCAUAUAGCAGAGUUCAUUCCCCUAUUACACAGCAGGAAGUUGGUUGCAGACUCGUUAGACUCUCUUAAGAUAAUAAGUAAUUCAGUCUGGCUUGCCCAGAUUGGGAUAUGUUCUACUAUCCCUGGUAAGACCCCUUUGAUCCCUCCUAAAAGAAUAAAGACACAACAGUCUUAUUCAUAGGUGACAAAAUGCAUCUCUGGGUUAUUUGUGGGGCAUAGGAAUUAGUUCAUUCCCCCCCCAAAAAAUAUAGUCCGGCUCCCCACAAGGUCUGAGGGAUGGUGGACCGGCCUACGGUUGCAAAAGGUUGCUGAGCCCUGAUCUAGGGAAACCCAGGUCUGCUUCUACCCUGCGGCAGACAAAUCCGCCCAGAUCCGCCCAGAUCAUUGGCCCAGUCCAGUUUGGGACCUGGGGUUUGUCCAGAAAGGGCGCACACAGCCCUAAGGGCUGCUAUUGAAUGCUCUUCGUAUUCUUGCAUUGAACACGGUUGUUCUUAACCUUGUGUGUGCCAGGAGAAGCGCUGGAGAUCCGUUGCGAGGUCCAGUUCACGUUCCUGAAGGACUCUCCGCAAGAGGUCUGGUGGAUGGUGGACGGGAAGAGCCCAGAGGACGUCGCUGACCUGAAGUUCAACAUCACACUGAUGUGAGCGCAAAGGAUUUCCCCGUUGUCUGAAACGGGGAGACAGUUUAGUCCAGGGCGAAGGGGGAGAUGGAAAUCCUUCGCAGGGGCUGGAGGAAGCACAAUGGAGACGUCUGUAUGGUGGGUGUUGGAGGGGGGGGGCUUGGGCAAAUAUCAGUGACUUGCUAUAAAAGAGGGGCUGUAUAGGAAGACCCUUUCCCUCAGCUGCAUCUUAAAGACCUCUUUCCUUUCAGUACUUGUGUGUGUGUCUUGCUAUUUAAUUGUAUUUAUUAUUACUAUUAAUUAUAUUUAAAUACUGCCCUAUACCCGCAGGUCUCAGGGCAGUUCACAGGAUAAAAUCAGAAUAUAAAACCAUUAUCAAAAUAAUAGCAACAGCAACCCAGUGACCCCUUUUUGUUCCCAUUUGAGAAAAUCCUAAGAAAUUGAUUGCAGGGCGGGUGAAACCCCCCAUGGAUAAAUAUUAAGUUCCCGUAGACGGAGUCUGAUCACAGGUCCAUCUGUUUGUUUGUUUGUUUGUUUGUUUGUUUCAUUUAUAUCCCACCCUUUUCUCAGCCCCCACCCCGCAAUUCACGCCAUUCUGAAUUUUGUGAUGCAGUAGGCCGACUAGAAAUAGAUCUACAAAUGUGUUUGUUAGGAGGGAAAGCGUGUGCAUAAAAAUGUAUAGGUAAGCGAAUGCAUCAUGCCAAUAAUAAUAAUAGUAAUAAUAAUAAUAAUAUUGGUUGGACAGUGUUCUCGAAGCUACAAACAUGAGUCUGACCAAACUGCAGGAGGAAGUGGAAGACAGGAGUGCCUGGCGUGCUCUGGUCCAGGGGGUCACGAAGAGGCGGACACGACUAAACGACUAAACAAACAAGCAAACAAACAAUAAUAAUAUACUGCUAAUGAUGAUGAUGUUUGGAGCAAUGUCCACUAAAAUGCAUUGAACUUUAGUGUGGUUUUUUAAAAAUAAAAUAAUGCAAAAUGCAAGCCUACGUGAAGAUGUGAGGAAUGGAAUCUAAGAUUGGGAAAAGAGGAAUGAAAAUAGAUUGCUGUCCAUCCUUAUGUACAGUGAAAAACCCACAUGUGUGAUUGUCACAUCUGGUGAUUCCCAUCUGGAGUUGCAGAUUAAUUUUAGCGUGAGCCUUUUCCUGUUCUUGCUCCUUUCAAAAGGCGGAGAGAAAUUCUCAGAAAGUCACAAUUACAGCGUAUGCAAAGAACAUAACAAGCAUGAGAACAUAAGGAGAGUCCUUCUGGAUCAGGCCCAUGGCCCAUCUAGUCCUGGUCUGAACAGACACCCCCAGUGGGAACCCCCCCCCCAAACAGGAUUCAGGCCCCAGAGCCCUCUCCCCUCCUGAGAUUUCCGGAAACUUGGAUUGAGAAGUGUUGCUGCUUGCGACUGUAAAGGCAGAGCAGAGCCACCUUGGCUACUUGCCACCCAUAACUCCUCUCCUCCUCCAUGAAUUUGUUUCAUCCUCUUUUAAAGCCAUCCAAAUUGGCGGCCACCGCUUUCUCCGGUGGGAGGGAGUUCCACAGAUUAACCAUGCACUGCAUGGAGAAAGGCUGGCGUUUCUCGGGAAAGGGCUCUUGUGCCGGGUUUCCUGCUUGCAGCUUCCUACUGGGGCAUCUUCGUGGCCCCCCUGGGAACAGGAUGCUGGGCCAGAUGGUCCCCCUUGUUGGAAAAUGCCCUAGGGGUGCCUGCAAGCCGCCGGAACUCUGAGCAUCCUCCGGGAUGCGCAGCUCUGGAAAAAGCAUCUCCCUUCUCUUCCGGUGCGCUUCUAGUGACAUACAUCAUAAUGAUAUGUGCACACUAAGCUUCUGGCAGAACACAGCAAGAAGCGUGAGACAUUGCAGAGCUAAUCUACUAUUUAUUUACACACUAUGUACAGACAAAAGCAAAAGUACAGAGCCAGUGUGGUGUAGUGGUUAAGAGCGCAAUCUGGUGAACCGGGUUCGCGUCUCCACUCCUCCACCUGCAGCUGCUGGGUGACCUUGGGCCAGUCACACUUCUCUGAAGUCUCUCAGCCUCACUCACCUCACAGAGCGUUUGUUGUGGGGGAGGAAGGGAAAGGAGAAUGUUAGCUGCUUUGAGACUCCUUCGGGUAGUGAUAAAGCAGGAUAUCAAAUCCAAACUCCUCCUCUUCUUCUUCUUCUUCUUCUUCUUCUUCUUCUGCUUCUGCUUCUGCUUCUGCUUCUUCUUCUAGCUUCCAUUCUCUCCAGCUCCGAGAGAACAACAGGCACAAGUACUGUAUUUAUCACUCCGCAAGAUGCCCUUUUCCCCUCCUAAAAAGUAAGGGGAAAUGUGUGUGCAUCUUAUGGCCUGACUCUGUGUGGAGUCUGUGUGUUAUCUAUGUAGUGAUUAGAUGGCUGAGUGAGAGCUGUAACCUUCAUGCAAGCCAGUGCCUCUUUAGUGUUAGUUUGUAGUAGCUGUUAGAAAUAAAAGAAGUUACGCUUCACAGCUUUCUUCCGUGUUGUUCAUACUCUGCUGAGUUUGGUGCUCACAAUGGACAGUUGUGGGUCCAGGGCACUUAGACCUGCUUUCCAGGAGUGGAAGAUCUCUGGAAGCGCUCUAGUUCACCAAGCCCAGUUAGGGCAGAACUAAUUGUUGAGCCCGGUCAUUGGCAUUGGCUCAAAGGCAUACUGACAGUCCCUUGGCAUCUCAGAGAGCUUCUGAGCUCAGACCUCUCUUCUUCUUUUCCCUUGGCCUUUCCCCAGGGAGAUCCCCUCCAGCCUAGGUGAGUUGACCAUUGUGAAGACUCUGGUCGUGCCCAAGGUCACAGAGAGGGACCUGAAGCGAAACUACACCUGCUGCGCGCACAACCUGAAGGGGACUGUUCACCAGGAGGCCAUGGUGAAGAUGAAAGGUAAGGGCCUUCUUGGUGGCUGCUCCCUUCCUAGAGGAGCCAGACAGGCUCCUUCCCUGUUUCCCUCCUUGUUUCCUCUUCCUUCCAGCAAAGACUUUCUUUAUCCCAUCAGAACUGGCUUUCGACAGCACUGCGCUGUUUUUAUGACCUGCAUUUUAAUAGCUUUGGUGUGUGGUUUUUUAAAAAAAUAUUGUUUAAAUUUUGGGGAGUGGAUGCAAAACAAAAUAAAAUAGCAGUGAAAGGAUUGUGGAGGAGAUAAAAGUAUGAUGUAGCAUAGAAGGGUAACUACACACAACCUAACACAAACCAGUAGAAACAUCCACAUUCCCAGUCUUGCAGAGAACAUGAGAAAAAUCAGUAGCUAGCAAACUAGAAAGGCCCAUCGCUGAAAUCUGAAAAAAGGUGUUUGUUUAUUUCUAGCAAGUGAAUUGGGGGGGGGCUAAAAUGGGGGUAACAGCACCAUGGAAGAAGGGUGGGAAUUCAUCUUUUAAAUUGUGUCUUAAAUUUGAUGUUCAUUUCCUUUUUAAAAACCUUGAAAUUCAAUAAAAAUUACUCGGCCAAAAAAGAAUUCCCUUAGAGCAGUGGUGUCCAAACUUUUUUCAAAGAGGGCCAGAUUUGAUGAAGUGAAGGGCCGUGAGGGCCGGCCAAAGUUGUUAGCCUUUUUUUAGGAUUGAAGUUGUUGUGGUUUCGGGGGGGAUUUUACCCCAGGAAAUGAACUGCCACAUGGGCUGGAUUAAACUGACCGGCGGGCCGGAUUAGAACCCCGAAACUUUGCCUGCCUUAGAGUCUAGAAAAAUGCAACCUGUGUAGCUGAUAGAAUUAGUACGACUCAUGCAACAUGUUGGCGACUAAUAUACACACAAUAAUUACCAAAAUAAUUAUACGUUCUUUAUCAAUCUUCUGAGAAAAAUACAAGACCUUGUGCAAAGCCACAGAGAAUCCAUUGAAACCAGACAUUAUACAGGUGAAGCUCGGAAAAUUAGAAUAUCGUGGAAAAGUUCAUUUAUUUCAGCAAUUCAACUUAAAAGGUGAAACUAAUAUAUGAGAUAGACUCAUGACAUGCAAAACGAGAUAUGUCAAGACCAACACCAGCUGAUGACAUGGCUCCCCAAAUCAACACAGACUGUGGAAACUUCACGUUGGACUUCAAGCAUCUGGCAUUGUGUGCCUCCCCAUUCUUCCUCCAGACUCUGGGUCCUUGGUUUCCAAAUGAGAUGCAAAAGCUGCUCUUAUCAGAAAAGAGAUUUGGGGAGCCAUGUCAUCAGCUGGUGUUGGUCCACUGUGCUUCCUUGAGUCCAGGGUCAACACAGCUGUCUACCAGGAGAUUUUGGAGCACUUCAUGCUUCCUUCCACAGACGAGCUUUAUAGGGAUGCUGACUUCAUUUUCCAGCAGGACUUGGCACCUGCCCACACUACCCAAAGUACCAAAACCUGGUUCAGUGCCCAUGGGAUUACUGUGCUUGAUUGGCCAGUGAACUCGCCUGACCUGAACCCCAUAGAGAAUCUAUGGGGCAUUGCCAAGAGAAAGAUGAGAGACAUGAGACCGAGCAAUGCAGAAGAGCUGAAGGCUGCUAUUGAAGCAACCUGGUCCAGCGGCGUAGCUUGGGUUGUCAGCACCUGGGGCAAGGCAAGUAAUUUGCGCCCCCUAGACUUCCGGGGUGGCACCACCGGCAAUGGCGGACUCCCUCUGAACUGGAGGGACUAGCUCUGCGGAAAACGGGUCUUCUCCGCUACGGCGAAGCGGGGACCCACUUAAAAAUCACAGGCGGAUGAAGCCUGUGACCAUGGGACUCGGCGGGCACCUUUAGCGCCCCCCCAACCCGCUAAGGAACCCACUAACGGGCUCCAAAGUGAAGAGGGGGAAGUGGCACGGUGCUGUGAGUCAACUGCUAUUUCCGUGGAGCGAAGCCGCAUAGCUGUUGCCAGAGAGCGCUGCCUUUUUCCUGGGACAAUUUGGACUUUAAAAUAAGCACCCGUGAGUACUUAGACUUUGAACAAUUGGACAUCAAAUAAGGACUUGCGAGUAGAAAAGAAUCGGACUUUAAAAAUUUACUUGAAUUUGGUACGGAACGGGAAGGUCUAAACAGGAAGUCAUCCUUCCGUUCUUUUGUAAACAGAAUAAAGCAAAGGCAACUUAAACUAGAGCUCAGAAAAUCGCUUUUAAAAGAUUGGAUUUCACCAUUUAAAAUUGUGGAACCCCCCUUCGACACCAGGAGAAGGGGGGGAUCUUUUUGGACUGUUUAAAGUGACUUUAAAGUGAAGUAACUUUCCUCCGUCCUGAUCCUGGAGCGGGCUGUCAGGACUGACGUGUGAAGUUCAUUAACCAAAGACAAGUGUUUUUGACAGAUGGCUAAAAGAAGAGAAACCUAGUGAUUCCACUGUUCCCUUUCGCAUUUUAAAGGAUUAUAUAUGGACAAAGUAUCUUAAAAAGGAAACUUUGUUGCCAGAAUAAAUAGCAGUCUUCCCCCUCGGGGGAGUCUGUGAAAUUGUAACUGUGAAACUGUAACUAACUCCAGGGAGUCGACAGCUGUUACAGAUUACAACCGUGGGAACAAGUAUCUGACCUUGUGGGACAAUGUAUUCAGAAGCCUUGUUGUAUGCUCUCUAUAAAACAAACGAUCUACUGGAACAAUUACAUGAGAAGGUGAAUUGGAUGGCGACUUCGACUAGAAAUUUUGAACAGGCAGUGGGAAACUUUGAACAGACAGUGGGAAAAUAUGUGGAGCCCACUCAGGAUUUAAAUCAGGAGUGUGUCUUGACAGAACAGGAGUUUUUGACAUUAAAUCAGGAGUGUGUUUUGACAGAACAGGCCCAACAGGAAUAUGAUUUUUUUGGAUUUGACAAAUGAACUUGGAAAAAGCCAUAUCUGGAAAGGAAAAGUUUGGCUUGGUUUGGAAAUGGGGGGCUGUAUUGACCCCCCUAUGCUGGGAUGUUUGGACUUUUCAAAUACGGCAACGGGCCGUGAGAUGUUUGGGACUGUGGGGGCUCUCAAUUUUGGAGGGCCUUUGAAACAUGCUUUUAAAUACUACAUGGAAUUCAUUGUUGAACAUGGAAAAGGGGCUGAUCUGUUGAGAAGGAUUAAAAACAUUGUCAAGCUGGAGUUACCACGAGCAAGAGACAAGGGAAAAUACAGUUACAAAUAUGAAGAAGAGCCGCGGAAGGGUCAUGGAAGAGACUUGAGGGCCUCGGAUAUAAGGUUGCCAGGUUAAUGGGCUAGAUUGACGGGAAUAAGGACUGACAAAACCCGGAACCAGGAGGAAGGGACGCUGGAUGAAGAUUGGAUCUGUUUAUACCUCUUUUUUCUACUAUUAGAACUGUUUUAUAAAAUUGAUGAAUGAUAGGAAAAUGUUGGAAUGAAAAUACUUGGCUUUAGCAAAGAUGUUUAAAGAAUUAUGAAAGAAUAUUAUGAUUAUGAGAAGUUGGUAAGGAUAAGAUUUAAGUUUUAAGUGUUAAGGUUUAUUUUAUUAUAGAAAGAUAACGUCAAGGAUUUGCUGGGAUAAUUAAUAACUAGGAUACAAAGAAAGGGAGGAGGAGGAGGUCUAAGAAAGAAGGUAAUGACAGUUAAGGAUUUGAAAAUAAUGAAUUUGUUUUUAAAUGUUUUUAAAGUUUUGUGAUUUUUGCAUUCUUCUUUUUUUCUUUUUUCUUGUCAUUUUUUUCUCAUUUGGAAUUUUUUCUUAUAACUAUUUUUAUUCUUUGUAUUCUCUUCUGCUUCUAUUUUAUUUUUUUUAUUUUUUGUAACAUUCUGAAAAUCUCAAUAAAUAUCUUUAAAAAAAAAAAAAUUGCGCCCCCUAACCCGGGGCAAGGCAAGUAAUUUGCGCCCCCUAACCCCUAACCUGCCGUCGCUGCCAGCUUCUUCUUGCUGCUGCCUGGUCUGGUCUGGUGUGGUUCUCUCCCGCGCUCAGCGCUGCGCUGGGCGGCCGCUGCACUGUCCCUCCCCAGAUAGUCCCUCGCUCUCUCUCCGCACCGCACGCCUGGCACCCACCCCCUCCACAGUGGGCGGCGACCCAGCGGCUCGGAUCGGAUUCGCACAGCCAGCACUGCAGUGAGAGAGAGAGAGUGAGUGAGCCAGGUAGGGGCAGAGAGCUGCGAGUGCGAGCGCGCCCCCCCAGAUGUUGUGCCCGGUUCGGCCGGCCCCCCCUGCACCCCCCAUGCUACGCCACUGUCCUGGUCUUCCAUAACACCUCAGCAGUGCCACAGGCUGAUAGCAUCCAUGCCACGCCGCAUUGAGGCAGUAAUUGAUGCAAAAGGGGCCCAAACCAAGUACUGAGUACAUAUGCAUGCUUCUGCUUCUCAGAGGUCCAAUAUUGCUCUAUUUGGAAUCCUUGUUUUGCUGAUUUCAUUUAAUAUUCUAAUUUUCUGAGAUUGUUAAUUUCGGGUUUUCAUUAGCUGCACCCCAUAAUCAUCACAAUUAUAACAAAUAAAGGCUUGAUAUAUCUCACUUUGCAUGUCAUGAGUCUAUCUCAUAUAUUAGUUUCACCUUUUAAGUUGAAUUACUGAAAUAAAUGAACUUUCCCAUGAUAUUCUAAUUUUCCGAGUUUCACCUGUAAGUUCAUCUUAGGUUGGAUAGUUCGUAAGUCUCUGUGGCUUUGCACAAGGUUUUGCAUUUUUCUCAGAAGAUUGGUAAAGAAUGUAUAAUUAUUUUGGUAAAUAUUGUGUGUAUAUUAGUCGCCAACGUGUUGCAUGAGUUGGACUGCCUUAGAGUCUAGGCUACCUUUUAACAAUGGUCCCCCCCCCUUGUAUUUAUUUUGUCACUUUGUUUUAUAUAAGCCUCCUUGAGUCGUGGUUUGGGGAAAGGGUGGGCUAGAUGUAAAUCUAAUGAUAAUUAAUGAUGAUGGUGAUGGUGAUGAUAAUCCACGGUGAAUGCCCCCCUCCUUUCCUCUUCCCUUGACCCCCCCAGUCCCUGUGCCCAGGUACACGGUGGAGCUGGUCUGCGGCUUGGGGGCCACCAUCAUCCUAGUGGUUCUCCUGACCCUCGUCUACCACUUCUACUGGCUGGAAAUGGUCCUCUUCUACCGGGCUCAUUUUGGGACGGACGAAACCAUCUUAGGUAAGGGGCGUUGCUGGAAGUGUUCAUUUGUUGUUGUUUUUAAAUACAUUUUUUCUUACAUUUUUCAAUUUAAGAUUCAAAACAUUUAUCGUACGUAAGAAAAUACAAUAAAACAAAACUCCCCCCAGCCCAUGACUUCCCUCAACUUCCCCUUCUGGUUUUUUAGCUAUUUGCUACUUCUGCUUCAUUUUGUCUUAUUUUCCAUCUUUUAGCUGAAAGCUCUUAUAUUCUUAACAUUUUUAGACCAAAUUUUCCAUAUUGUUGUUUCUUAACCUUUUGUAUUCUUCAUUGUAAGUGUUUACUCAGACCCUACUAAUGAGUCCAUUUCCUUACAAUACUUCUGUAAAUACAGCAUAAAUGAUUCCCAGUCUUUAUAUAAGUAUUGUCUAUGUCUCUGAGUCUUCUGGUGAAUUUCGCCAUUUCUGCGUAUUCCAUGAAUUUGACUUGCCAUUCUUCUUUCGUUGGUAUCUUGUCGUCUUUCCAUUUUGGGGCUAGUAGACUCCUAGCCGCUGUUGGAAACCCAGCCAGAUGGGCAGGGUAUGAAUAAUAAAUUAUUAUUAUUAUUAUUAUUAUUAUUAUUACAUACAUGAAUAACUUCCUCCACUCUUUUGGCACUGUCCUAUAAUACCUAACAAAAAAGCUUCUGGUUUUUUUUUUAACAAAAGUUAUUUUAAACAUCCUUUUCAAUUCAUUAUAUAUCAUUUCCCAAUAGUUUUUGAUUACAUUACACCCCACAUGAUAAAACAUACCUUCUUUCUCUUUACACUUCCAGCACUUAUUAGAACUUGUUCUGAACAGUUUUGCAAAUUUAACAGGAGUCAUAUACAUCGUUUUCAUAUACUUCUCUUUCAGAGUUAUGCAAUCGGUAAAUUUUAAAUCCACUUUCCAGGUGUUUGUUUUUAACCAGUUGCAUCCCUUGCACCAUUUAUUGCCCGCUCUAGACUUUGCUUGCCUUGCUUCUGUGUUCGGUCCACCGCUUAUUUUUUCCAGGUGGGGUAACUCUGUGAUUUGCCUACAUCCCCCCCUCCACUCGCUUCCUUUGGGCACCAGGGAAAAAAGUCACCCCCUGAUACAUUUCCUUUAGGGAGGAACAAAUGGCUCCUGUUUGGUCUCACGAUUCUCCCACACCUGGGCUCCGUUCUGCCUUCCACUCUACCUGUGCAAUGGCGACCUGCUUAGAUGGUGGGCAAAUUCGCGGAGGAAGAGAGGGCUGUUGAUGGCUGGUGGCCGCGAUGGCUGCGCUCUACCUCCACAGCCUGAGUGCCAGUUGCUGGAAACCACAGGAGGCAAGAGGCUCUGGUCCUGGGUGGGGUAACUGUGCCCCGGAAGGACCAGGUGCGCAGCCUGGGAGUCAUUCUGGACUCACAGCUGUCCAUGGAGGUGCAGGUUAACUCUGUGUCCAGGGCGGCUGUCUACCAGCUCCGUCUGGUACGCAGGAUGAGACCCUCCCUGCCCGCGGACUGUUGCCAGAGUGGCGCAUGCUCUAGUUAUUUCCCGCUUGAACUACUGCAAUGCGCUCUACGUGGGGCUACCUUUGAAGGUGACCCGAAAACUACAACUAAUCCAGAAUGCGGCAGCUAGACUGGUGACUGGGGGCGGCCGCCGAGACCACAUAACACCGGUCUUGAAAGACCUACAUUGGCUCCCAGUACAUUUCCGAGCACAAUUCAAAGUGUUGGUGCUGACCUUGAAAGCCCCAAAUGGCCUCGGUCCUCUAAAUCUGAAGGAGCGUCUCCACCCCCAUCGUCCAGCCCGGACACUGAGGUCCAGCUCCAAGGGCCUUCCGGCAGUUCCCUUGCUGUGAGAAGCCAAGUUACAGGGAACCUGGCAGAGGGCCUCCUCAGUAGUGGCACCCUCCCACCAGAUAUCAAAGAGAAAAACAGCUACCAGACUUUUAGAAGGCAUCUGAAAGCAGCCUAAUGUUUAAUAGGUUAUUGUAUUUUAGUGUUUUGUUGGAAGCCACCCAGAGUGGCUGAGAAACCCAGCCAGAUGGGGGGGUAUAAAUAAUAAAUUAUCAUUGUUGUUGUUGUUGUUGUUGUUAUUAUUAUUUUCGAAUCCUGCUUGAAGGUUUCCCAUUGGGGCAUCCGGUUGCCCACUGUGAGAACAGGAUGUUGGACUCAAUGGGCCACUGGCCUCAUUCAGCAGCUGUAUCCAGGCUACUCUUGUCAGGCUUCUGGGGAGCAGCUUCCUCUCUCCCUUUGCCCGUGGAUAAGCAGAACAAAGCAAAAAUAGUCCCUUACCAUUUAAAGAGAUUUUAAUGACCACAGCGAAAGAACAGAGAGUCCAUUCUCAAAGUAAAGGUGCUCCCAAUUAAGUUUUACAGCCACUUCCCUCCAAGUCAGCCUUCUCACUUCUUUGCCUUGCAACCUGAUCUCACAACCACUUUGCUUUCUGGGCUGCCACCUUAUCUGCUCUCCUUGACUUUGGGCUGAUCGGAUGGAUGAUUUCUAGUUCUUCUUCUCCCAGCUGUUCAUCACCCAGUUCUUCCCAACUUCGGUCUUCUGAACUAUGUCCCUCUGUGAACCACUGUUCCAAAUCUAUACAGUGGUACCUUGGUUCUCAAACUUAAUCCAUUCCAGAAUUGCGUUCCAAAACCAAGGCGCGCUUUACCAUUGAAAGUAAUGCAAAAUGGAUUAAUCCGUUCCAGAGUUUUAAAAACAACCCCUAAAACGCAAUUUAACAUGAAUUUUACUCUCUAACAAGACCAUUGAUCCAUAAAAUGAAAGCAAUGAACAAUGUACAGUCAUACCUCACGUUACGUUUGCUUCAGGUUGUGCAUUUUCAGGUUGCAUCCUGCGGCGACCCAGAAGUACCGGAAAGGGUUACUUCCGGGUUUCACCGCUCGCGCAUGCACAGACACGCAAAAUGAUGUCAUGCGCAAAAGCGGUGAAUCACAACCCGUGUGUGUGCAGAUGCGGGUUGUGUUCUUUUCAGAUUGUGAACGGGCCUCCAGAAUGGAUCCCGUUCGCAACCAGAGGUACCACUGUACUGCAGUCACACAAUCAAUCAGUCGGUAGCUGAACUGGGUUCCACACAGUCACAAAAACAAGAAAAACGCAAAAUAAAUAGCAAAAACAGAUAGUGUAACACUCAAAUCGGAAGCGUAACACUCAAAAUGGAGCACACUCGACUUCUGAAAAAAGUUCACAAACUGGAAGACUGACUUCCGGGUUUGCAGUGUUUGAGUUCCAAGUUGUUUGAGUACCAAGACAUUUGAAAAACAAGGUACCACUGUACUGUCCCACUGCUCCUGGGAAAGUUCAGGAUCCUGAUGGGGGGGGGGGAGGCUCCCACCAUUCCUCCCCACAUGGUCCCUGACAACUCUGAACUCAGAACUCCCGAAGUGCUUCAUAGAUGCAGAGUCUUAUUUUUCUAAGUCUUUUAAUGGUUAAAUGUUGCUGCUGAUUAUUAUUAUUAUUUUGCAAUGUUUAUUGGACAUUAAAUUGUUAUUUUCAUUACAUUGUUUUGUAGCAUUGUUGCAUGCCUCUUGAAGUACUUUGUGAAGCAUUCCAUUAAUCGCGGUAAUUUCCCCCCAGUGGCAGAAACGCAACUGCAACAUUAAAGCCUUCAAUCUGUGCAGAGCCUAAUAAGCCCAUUAAAUACGUGUGUGGUUAAAUAAAUAAAUACAUUUUAAGCUCGCCUUAAGAGUCGCGGCUGAAUGUGGCGGAUUAUGAUAAUGUCAGAAAGUGCAGAAAGUCUAAUUGCUCCUUCGCCUUCCGCCUCUCUGCAUUUCCCCCCCAUCUCUUGCAAGAGCCAAGGGCUUUCCUCCGGGCUAGAACUUUUGAAUUAAAGGCCCAUAGGGUUGCCUCUAGCAACCACAUAGAGCUAGUCAGCCUUCCCCCUUUGGCGGCCUGAAAGUCUCAGUCCCUCUUUGGAGAUGUCCUCUUGCAGAUCGGGAAUAAUAAUAAUAAUAAUAAUAAUGGUAAGCAAGCAAGUACAGCUGUGGGGAGCAGGAAUGAAUCGACAGCUCUCCAGAUGGAGAGAUGUAGAAAGCAGAGUCCCCCAAGGAUCAGGAUCGGGGCCUGUGCUUUUUAAAUGGUUCAUAAACAAGAGAGGCAGCGGUGCGUAGUGGUUAGAGUGUCCGACUUGGACCUGCGGGACCAGGGUUCGAAUCACCAACUCACAUUCCUUGGUGAAAAAAUUGGGUUAUAAAUGCAAUAAGCUAACAGACAGACAAAGAAUAAGCAACCUGGAGUUAGCAUUGAGCCGUGAGGCAGCCUGGUUUGCCGAUGACGCUAAAUUCUCUCUCUCUCUUUUUUUUUUUUUUUUUUUUAAAAAAUAUUUAUUAAGAGUUUAAGAAUUACAAAACAAAGUAAAAAAGAAAAAGCAAAAGUAAAUAAUGCAAAUCAAAACAUUACAGUACGUAUAAAAAGAAAAAAAAAAGAAAUGAAAAAAGACCAAAAAAACCCCAACACAAUACAUCCGAACAAAAACAAAAGCAAAAACAAUUAAAAAACACCUCCAAUAUUUCCAAAUCUUUAUCUUUCAUUAACUUGUUUCAUCGACCUCCUCACACCUCCCUCCUUUGUAUUCUAGUUAUUAAUUAUUUCAGCAAAUCCUUUCCAUCUUUCACUAUUUUCUGUCAUUUAAUUGUCUUAAUUUAUUUUCACCUUAUCUUACCAUUAAAACCCUAAAACUUAUAUAUACUUAACUCCUUAUAACAUUUCUACUAAAGCCGUAUAAUUUCAUUCCAACAAUUUUUCUAACACUCAUUAAUUUAACAAUAUUUCUCUAAAUAAAUUUUUAAAACUUUUUUCCAAUCUUCUUCCACCAUCUCUUCUCCCUGGACUCGGAUUCUGUCAGUCCUUUCUAUCAAUUCCAUAUGGUCCAUCAACCUGGUGAUCUUCUAUCCGAGGCUCUUAACUCUUUUCCAUGUCCCUUCUGCAGGUCUUCUUCAUAUCUAUACAUGUGCUUCACUUUGUCUUCUGCUGAUCUUGUUCUUAGUUUCCUUCUUUUGGCAGUGAGGAGUAGAUCUCGGGGAGACUCCAACCUAACAAUGUCAUCAUUCCUUCUCGACAGGUCAGCCCAUUCUCCAUAGUCCGAACUAAAGUCCAAACGAUAUUUCAGAGCGUGUUUAAAAGUCCCUCCAAAGCUAAAGGCCCCCACAACUCCAAUCUCCCCCUGACCCAAAUCCUGGUCCCAAACCUGCAUAAGGGGAUCUAUCCAACUUUCCUUCUCCAAUCCAAGCGGGACUCCAUCCCUCCAAAUCUGGCUUUCUCUGGAUUUAAUCAUAAAGGGCAACAGCUUAUGUUCAUCAAAUUGCCUCUGUAAGGCCGAGGCUCUAUCCACUUGAAUUACUUGAGGUUCAACAACAACUUUCUCCUUCUUCUUCUCCACAGCUUGCAAUGUCAAAACAGGUUCCUGAAUCAAAUCCUGAGUUAUUUCUGUAUAGGUAUUCACUUUUAGUCCCAACUCAGUCAUUUUUUGUCCCAUAUUGUCAAUUUUAGUAAUCAUCACAUCCGUCUUCUUAUGAAGCUGUUCCAAUAAAGCACUUGUCUUGCAAAAUGCAGUCACUAGGGCUUCUUCUGUCAACAUUCUUGUCCAAGGUCAAUCUCUGUUUCUCACGGUCUUUAAUCUCUACAGCUGGAAAAUUCCCCAGCUCCACUCCUGCAACAGUUUCAAAAACUCCCUCUAGAGGAAACAAUUUCUAUUUGUAUCCUUCCUUUUAAACACAGAUCCAGCAAAAAGUUAGAUCAAUUUUCAGUUACAUUUGCUCCUUUUCAAGUGCAAAAGGAAACAAUGGAAACAAUAUAUUUCUCUUAUUUAGCUAUCUGUCAACAUACGUUAUUCACAGUCAAUGAACUUUCCCCAAAAGUCGAUCUUACUGACAGCCCGUUCCCAGGUUCAAGACAGUGGUAAUUUAUCUUCCUUCACUCUCUCUCCUGCAGGCUUAGGCAGUCUAAAAUUUCCCCCCUCUUCUCCUGCUUCCAAGGGGGGUUUAGUAGUUUUAACCGAUGGAGAUUUAAUCCUUUACAAAAGGCUUUCCAGACUUUAGUUUGCAAUGUCUUUGCUUCAAUCUAUUUACAAAAGGGGAAGGCGGACUUCCUGUUUGAAACCUUCCCGUUUUGAUGCCAAAUUACAAUGUUUAAUGAUCCAAUUUUCCGUUCUACUCACGGGUAGUUGUUUAAAAUCCAAUUGUCCACAGGAAAAAGUCAGCGCUCUCUGGCAACAGCAAUGCGGCUUCACUCUGUGAAAGAAGCAGUCGAUUCAAAGCACCGCGCCACUCACCCCACGUCGCUCCGGAACCCCGAAACCGGGUUUCCCCGCGAGUAGGGGAGGCGCAAAAGGUGCCAGCCGAAUCCCACGUCCACAGGCUUCUCCCGCCUGUCGUUCUUGAUGGGUCUCCGCCUCGCCGUGGCAGUCCAGACCCUGAUUUCCACGGAGCGGAUUCCUCCCGAUCAGAGGAAAUCCGCCAUUACCGGAGGCGCUAACCCGGAAGUCCCACAUUCCGAUGACGCUAAAUUCUCCAGGGCCGUUGGAACAAAAUGAGAUUGAGCUUGAAAAGGAGCAAGGUGGAUGGCUUCAAAAGAGGAUUGGGCGAAUUCAUGGAGGGAGGAGAGGGCGGCUGAUGGCUCCUGGCCGCAGUGACUCUGCUCUGCCUCUAUAGUUGGAGACAGCCAUGUUUCUGAAUCCCAGUUGCUGGAAACCACAGGAGGAUAGAGGGCUCUUGGGCUCAGAUCCUGCUUGUGGGUUUCCUUUCAGGGACAUCUGGUUGUGAGAACAGGACUGUAGAUCUCCAUUGUUCUGCCUGGACACUGAGGUCCAGCGCCGAGGGCCUUCUGGCGGUUCCCUCCCUGCGAGAAGCCAAGUUACAGGGAACCAGGCAGAGGGCCUUCUCGGUGGUGGCACCCACCCUGUGGAACGCCCUCCCAUCAGAAGUCAAGGAAAGAAACUACCAGACUUUUAGAAGACAUCUGAAGGCAGCCCUGUUUAGGGAAGCUUUUAAUGUUUAAUAGGUUAUUGUAUUUUAGUGUUCUGUUGGAAGCCGCCCAAAGUGGCUGGGGAAACCCAGCCAGAUGGGUGGGUAUAAAUAAUAAAUAAUAAAUUAUUGUUAUUAUUAUUAUUAUUAUUAUUAUUAUUAGGCCUGAUCCAGCAGCCAGGCUCUUCUGACGUUGCUGUGGAACCUCCAGCUCCAGAGACAGUCUAUCUGCAUUCCAAGGUUCUUCGGGGGCAUUUGGCCCCUGUGGGAACAGGGCACUGGUUUAGAUGGGGCCCCUUUGGCCUGUUAUCCAUCAGUAAUAAUAAUAAUAAUUUAUUAUUUGUAUGCCGCCCAUCUGGCUGGGUUUCCCCAGCCACUCUGGGCGGCUUCCACAAAUACCAAAAAUACACUAAUAUGUCAUACAUUAAAAACUUCCCUGAACAGGGCUGCCUUAAGAUGUCUUCUGAAUGUCAGGUAGUUGUUCUUCCCUUUGACAUCUGAUGGGAGGGCGUUCCACAGUGUGGGUGCCACCACCGAUAAGGCCCUCUGCCUGGUUCCCUGUAGCUUUGCUUCUCGUAAUGAGGGAACCUCCAGAAGGCCCUCGGCACUGGACCUCAGUGUCCGGGCAGAACGAUGGGUGUGGAGACGCUCCUUCAGGUCUACUGGGCGGAGGCCGUUUAGGGCUUUCAAGGUCAACACCAACACUUUGAAUUGUGCUCGGAAACGUACUCUUCUUACGAGGUUCCUUUGAAUGAGUUGCAAGCUGAGUGCUUUUCCAGGCUCUGCGUUGGAAGGGAGCAAUAGUGUCGAGAGGCAGAAAGCCCCCCCUUUUCCUGACUUCUCUGCCCCCGGCCCAGCAGGGCCUUUGCUCUCCUCCUGGCACGGGGGCAGAGGAGCCAGAAGCCAAUGUACCCGCAGCUACUCCGAACUAACCAAAGCCUAUUCUUCCCCCCCCUUUUUUUUCUUUUCCUCGUCUGCUCUCUUCCCUCUCCGACUGGGGCCGUCAGACGGGAAAGAGUAUGACAUUUAUGUGUCCUACGCGAGGAACGCCGAGGAGGAAGAGUUUGUGCUGCUGACGUUGAGAGGGGUUCUGGAGAACGAGUUUGGCUACAAGCUGUGCAUUUUUGACAGAGACAGCCUCCCCGGGGGAAGUGAGUAUCUCUGGAGCGUUCAGAGCAGCCGAGAGCAGCAGGCUUUCUGCUUUCGCACAAACCGCACACCCACAGACACACACACACACACACACAGCCCUUCGGCAAAGAGAGCAAACCGCCACGCUUAGCAAAGGCAGCUCCGGCAGCCCUUGCGGUUAACGUUGGGUUUGGAAGCAGCUUGCCACAAGUUUCUUAAAGAAGUCCCCACUGUUAUUUUUUUGUCUCCCUCUUCAAGGAGGGGGGUGUUUUGCUCCCAUUCCCAGAACCUUCAGGCCCCUAUCAUCAUCAUCAUCAUUUUUUAAUUUGUACACCGUCUUUCUGUCUUACAAUACUCAAGGCGGUUUACAAGCUGAAGAAACAGAAAAAGGAACGUCUUAUAACAAUUUCAUGCAAGACAAAAAUGUGAUAGUACUUUAAAAUAGGCAACCUGCAUCAAAAAGGUAACAUUCAACAAUCAUUAGAAUAGUAUUAAGUAAUAAUAACAUAUGAAAGUUAAACAGAAAUCCACUCAACAGUUACAAUAAAUAAUUUCUAAACUAUAAUCAAUAAAACAAUGGCAAGCCACAGUACAUAAGAUAACACAGUACAUAAAAUAAUCCCUCCCCCUAGGAGGAAGACCCAUGAAGAGUGGAAUUGUAGGAAGGGACCCCAACGGUCAUCUAGUCCAACCCCCUGCAAUGUAGGAUUCUCAUCCAGGACAGAUGACCCUCCAACCUUUGCUUAAAAACCUGCAUGAAAGGAGAGUCCACCACAUUCCAGGGGAGUCAGUUUUGCUGCCAAACAGCUUUUAUUGUCAGAAAGGUCUUCCUGGUGUUGAGUCGGAAUCUCCUUUCUUCUAACUUGAAGCCUUGGGUUCGAGUCCAACCCUCCAGAACAGGAGAAAGCAAGCCUGCUCCAUCUUUCACAUGGCAGUCCUUGAGACAUUUGAAGAUGGCUCUCAUGUCUCCUCUCAGUCUCCAAUUUUUGAGGCCUGGGGCCUUCUGUCCAGUUUUGGCCAAGCCAGCUGCUCUGUUCGGUUCCUUCAUCCUCCUUUCAUCUUGGUCAGCACAAGGAAACCAGGAAGGGCCUGAUGGACAGCCCCGUCCCAUCCUGACUGAGCCCUCCCUGUGGUCCAGAGGUUCGUGUGGGGAUGGCUAGGGUCCUCAUCACCCCACUGUGACCUUGGACCUUGCAUAUAUUUUCAGAUAAGACCUGGUCCCACUUCCUAUUCCAUUUCCGGGCUCAGGUUUCCAUCUACUUAAAAGCUCCCUGUGUUUUUAUUCUUGUUUAGAAACCCCCUCCAGGCUUGAGAUGCUCUAGAAGUGCACAUAUACGGCUUUUGGGCCCAGGAGCGGCGGUGGUUAAAAACAGCAUCUGUCUGCCCUGCAGGUCUCCCUGCCUUGUGCAUCCAGAGCCAGAGCAACUGAUGUGAGCGUCCAAAUUUAACUUCCUUCCUUCCUCCCUCGCUCGUCUUUUUUGCAGAGACCUGGCCCAAUUCUGGCAGAAGGAAUGCAACUUUCUCUUCUCUCUUCUGCAGCAGCAAUAGCCUUUGUCAUCUGCUGCAAAAAGAGAGAGAUCUAUUUUAAUUACACUGGCCUAAGGUUGGUGACAGCAAGCUUUUUGGUUCCACAGAACCCUUCGUCGAGCUGUCGCUGUCUAGUUCUGUGAAACUGGAAAACCUGCAUACUCUAAAACCAAUUAAAGUUGGUCUUGACAGAGCAUUGCCAUCCUGGCUAGUAGCCAUCAAUACCCCUCUCUCCUCCAUGAAUUUCUUGAACCCUCUUUUAAAGCCAUCAAGUUGGUGCCUCUCUCCAGUGGCAGGGAGUUCCACAGUUGAACUGUGCACUGCAUGAAGAAAUUCUGCCUUUUAUCUGUCCUGAAUCUUCCAACAUUCAGCUUAUAUGAUACCCACUAGUACUAUUGUUCUGAGAAAGGGAGAAAAACUUUCCUCUAUCUGCUUCCCACCAUGUCACCUCUUAUUUCUCGUUCCUCAAAGCAGCAACCAUUCUUCAUCUGUGAAUCCCCUUGAUCAUUCUGGUGCUCUUGGCUGAUCCUUUCCCAACUCCACAGCAUCCCGGCAGGAUGAGCCUGGGGUUCCAAAGAGCCUUUGGAAAGAGCUACCUGUUGCAUCCAUCACUGUCCUGUGAAUCAUGGAAUUGUAGAGUUGGAAGGGACUCCAAAGGUCAUCCAGUCCAACCCCCUUGCAAUGCAGGAAUCACAGCUAAAGCAUCGCUGACGGGUGGCCAGUUCAUGACCUCCGUAAAACAGAGCACAGGGGAGGCUGAGGAAAGGUGGGCGUGGGAUUCAGGGAACAGAGCCCGGUGGCUGCCGUCAACGAUCUCUCCUUUCCUCCCGGUCUUAGUCACAGAUGUCUUCUGACAGAUGGAAUCCGCCCCCCACGCCCUCAAGCUUUUGCUCUGCUCCUUCUGUUCCCCUGCUAUUUUAGACGAGAUGGGAAGGCUGCCAUUCUCUGUGUCCUCCCCCCCAACAUCCUCGUUCAGCUCCUACAGAUCCCAGACUGCCACCCUUCUUUCCUUCCUAGCUUGGAAGAGCCUCACCUUCUUCCUCUCCCCAGUUUCGGUUACAGAGAUGAUCACUCCUUGGGUCUCACUAUGUACUUUUUAAUUUCUGGUAUUUUGUGAUAUACUGCCUUUCCAGGCAAAGCCCGGGGAGGUGGGGAAGAAGAAGAAGAAGAGUUUGGAUUUCAAGUUGGGGAGCAGGUCUUCCAAGACUCCCAGCCAAGAUGGUCAGUCAGUGUAGAAACCCUGAGCUGGGUUAACCAAGGCUCUGACUCCGUACGAGCUUCCUUUGUUCCUGUGAAGCAGCUUGCGUAAUAUUAGUUUCAGUUGUACUGAAAUACUUUUUAAAAAUUUCAUUACAGUUGCAAAGUCAAAAGUCUAAAAACUCUCUGCAGCCCAACGCAGCACCUCAAACGAAAUAAGCUAAAAAAGGAAUGCCGCAGAAUCAUAAAUAACCUCUUUAAAGAAAGCAGGCCAAGUGUAUUAGUUCAAAAAGAUGGAAGCAGAAAGGUCUUCAUGGCCUUUUUUGAAAGCCUGCCCUCCAUGUUCCUAUUUGACCAGUUUGGUCUGCAGGACUUGCACACACGGGCCGAACAGUUUUUGCUCCGUGUCUUUGCAGAGUUGAGCUUUCAGCACAGCAACCCCAAGAGUAGCCUGCCUAUUAAAGUUUGGCAGUUUUAGACACCUGCGCUUUUUUUAUUUAAAAAAUCUGUUUCAGCAAGCUUAACCCAGAUGCAAAAACCAAUUAGGUACGCCCGUUUUAAAAUGUUCCUGCUUUUAUUUAUAGAGCGGUGAUGGUUUUAAUGUACGCUGCACAGGAAUUAUUUGAUUUAAAUGAUUUUCUAAAUUAUCCUACGUAAAAUAAAUAACAUAAAAAAUAGGUGCAUUCGAUAUCACUUGGGAGGGAGUUCCAAGACCAAGAGGCCAACACCAAAAAGACCAUGACUCUAUUGCCCGCCAAUCUUUUAAAUCUUAGUGGUGGGCUUCAUACAGGGACAGGCAGUCCUUCAAACAACCUGAUCCCAGACAAGAUCUUCAGGGAUCCUCUCUGGCUAUGCUCUCCAAAUUGUCAGGGGUUGGACUCAAUGACUUUUACGGUCCCUCCCAAGUCAGUGAUUCCCAAAUUGUCCCCUCCACCCCUCACAAGGGGCUGAUGUGGGGAAACUUUUGGCCCCCAGAUGUUCCUGAACUACAGCUCCUAAUCUCCCAUGGCCGCUGGCCUUGUUUGCUAGAGCAGAUGGGAGUUGUAGCUCAGCAAUAUCCAGAGUUCCAUCCCUCAGUUAAGAGCUGCAAACUCUCUUUCCCUCUCACUGAUUUCCUUUUCAUACUCUCAGAGUGGGUGCAGGUCAGGGCCGGAUUUAGGUUUGACAAGACCCUAAGCUCCUGAAGGUAAUGGGGCCCUUUCUAUGUCCAGCUGUCCUUUGUCAACAACAAAUUGUUCCUGUUUUUUGUUGUUGAAUAUAUGCUAGAUGGCAAUUGAUGGACCUCAUAGGUACCUAUAGCCUUUUGCACAUGUUGCCAUGCGAACAGUCCAUGCAAAAUGUAGGCACUCUAUAUAUAGAAAGGAGCAAACCAGUGAUAUUUGAGGAAGCAGGCUAGCAGGCGGGGCCCAUGACUUACACCAUGGGAGCCUACACAACACAAAACACGGUUGCUGUAGGUAGGUUUUAUUUUAUUUGUUUUUUAUCUUAUAUUUUGGAAAUGUGCAUCCAGGUUAUUUUUUCCUUUAAAUUUUUUUGGGGCCCCCAAGAGAGUGGGGCCCUAAGCUAGAGCUUAAACAAUGGACGCUCGGGUUGCAAACGUGAUCCGUAUGGGAUGCACGUUGGCAACCUGCAACAUUCGCAACCCACGUCUGUGUGUCUGCGCACGCGCGUGUUGCCAUUCGGCGCUUCUGCGCAUGCGCAACCGCCAAAACCCGAAAGUAACCCGUUCCAGGACUUCCGGGUUUUGGCAGUCCACAACCUGAAAAAACGCAGCCUGAAGCGCCAGUAACCCGAGGUAUGAUUAUACAUAAAUCUGGCACUGGUGCAGAUGUACCCUUUAACUCUGUGGCCAAGCGAGGAUUCAAACCCUGGUCUCUAGUCUGACACUCUAACCACUAUACCCCCACUGCCUCUACAGGUGCACUGUGUUUCUCCCAGACUACACCACAUCUGACAGGCAUAUUUAUCACUCAUUCACCCGCUAGCUCAUCGUUAGGCAGACUCUGCCCCUCCUUUAAUUGUUCUUGAGGUUUUUUAAUCUCUCAGUUUAUGUUUGUUUUCAUCCUUUGAUUAAUCAACUGCAACUUACAGCAGGUGCGCGAAGCAGAUUAAGGCCUGCAGUAUCUUGUUGCAACUUUUUUUGGGGGGGAGAGCCUCCAAAAGCAAGGGCAGAGCAUUGCAUCUUCUGUGGAAGAGCCCUUUCAAUAUUUGAAGGUGGCUCUCCUAUCUCCCCAGCUCCCUCAACCAUUCCUGAUGCGUAAUAUAUACAUAUAUCUUAGAGUCAGCUCCAUGGAAUUGAAUGGUACUUGUGUCCGAACAGAAAAACCUAAGAGGCAGUCCCAGGCACAGCUUUCUUGGCAGCAGAUCCUAUUGAUGGUGAUGGUGAUAGUGAUCUAUCUAUCUAUCAUCUAUCUUCUUCUUUGGCAAGCCCUCGUAGCUGAGUAAGAUUGUCUUCCAUAAACACGGUUUUAACAAUGAGUCUGUAAGUGACUGUGGAGGCCAAUUCUGGAUCCACACGUCCUUCCACAGUGGGGACAUAGGCGGGAGUUGAUCAUGGUGAGGGUUUGCCAAGUGUGCCUUCCUCUUAGCGCAUUUCUUAAGUUUGGAGUAGAGUAGUUGCUUUUGUCUUCCAUAAACAAGAUUUUGAGUCCAUAAGUGACUGUGGAGGCCAAUUCUGGAUCCACAACGUCCUUCCAUAGUGGGGACAUUAGUUUCCGGGCAGGAGUUGAUCACGGUGUGGAUUUGCCAAGCGUGCCUUCCUCUUAGCACAUUUCUCCCUUGCGUCCUGAGUUCAAGUGUCUUCAAAGCCCAUGACGCCUUUGGUCAAGGCUGUUCUCCAACUGGGGUGCUCGCCGGCCAGUUGUCGGUGUUUAUACUACUUUUUUUUUUUUUUAGAUUUGCCUUUAAACCUCUUUUGUUGACCACCAGCAUUACGCUUUCCUUUUUUAAAGUUUGGAAUAGAGUAGUUGCUUUGGAAGACGAUCAUCAGGCAUCUGCACAACAUGACCAGUCCAACAAAGUUGAUGUUGAAGAAUCAUUGCUUCAACACGGGUGAUCUUUGCUUCUUCCAGUACACUGGCAUUAGUCUGCCUGUCUUCCCAAGUGGUGCGCCAAAUUUUUCAGAGACCCCGUUGAUGGAAUCUUUUGAGGAGUUGGAGAUGGUGUUUAGAAGUGGUCCAUGUUUCACAAGCAUAAUUUAUUAUUUAUUCCCUGCCCAUCUGGCUGGGUUUCCUCAGCCUCUAACAAAAUAUUAAAAAUACAAUAAAAUAUAUGUGAGGAUGACAUGCAAAGGACUGGACUGCAAAUAUUUUGGCAUUUUGAGUUCCUCAGUGUGUGCAGCCUUGCAAGCUGCGUCUUGUGCCCCUCCUCCUCCUCCUCCUGACCCCUUUCCCAGGGUCUUUGCAGGAGGGUCCUGUGGCCCUUCAGCCUCUUCUCUCCUGCUGAGCACAGCUGGGUGGCAAAGUUGUUUUCCCUGCUUGUGUUUUGUCCUCCCCUCUUACUUCAAAGCAGCCGAACUCUGCCUUUUCACUUUGAAGUCUAAGUGGAUCUGAUUCUUAAGGGAGCCUGGCAACGCAUGAAAUUGCUGUCAGCUCAUCUCUGGCUUCUUAGAGAGCAUCCUGCGCUCUUUGUCUCUCUUGUAGGUAGAGAAUUACGCCAUCCUCUUGAGGAACUGGCAGGAAGGGAAUUAUCCCAGGACUCCUUUGGAGUCACAGCAGCAAGGAAAGCUAAUGCUAUUCUAGGCUGCAUCCGCAGAAGUCUAGGGUCCAGAUCAAGCGAAGUCAUCGUCCCACUCUAUUCUGCCUUGGUCAGACCACACCUGGAAUACUGUGUCCAAUUCUGGGCACCACAAUUUAAGAAGGAUGUUGAUAAACUGGAAAGUCUGCAACCAAGGAGGGCGACCAAGAUGAUCAAGUGUCUGGAAACCAAGCCUUAUGAGGAGUGGUUGAAGGAGAAACGACUGAGAGGAGAUAUGAGAGCCAUGUUCAAAUAUAUCAAGGGCUGCCACAUGGAAGAAGGAACCAGCUUGUUUUCUCCUGCUCUGGAGGGUAGGACUCGAACCCAUGGUUUCAAGUUACAAGAAAGGAGAUUCUGAUUAAACAUCAGGAAGAACUUUCUGACAGUAAGAGCAGUUCAACAGUGGAACAGUCUCCCUUGGGAGGUGGUGGACUCUCCUUCCUUGGAGGUUUUUAAGCAGAGGUUGGAUGGUUUGAAAAAGAAAAGGUUCUGACCUCCUUUUUACUCCUUUGCCUAGUCUUCAGACCUCAGUUGGCACAAAAGAGUCUUUGAGAAAGAGUAUUCUUGCAGAGUAUUGCUGCUUUUAUUCUUAAAAAGUCUUCUUCUCCAAACACGACCGACAGCUUUUACACACACCAAACACAACCAGCUUUCUACCAUCCAACCAAUCCACACCACCAAACACUAACAUUAUAACAAUUUGGUGAAAGGUUGCAAGAGUCAUUGUAGGCCACUGACUCAAGCUGACUUAGUUCUUUUAGCAUUAAAGAAACAGCGGCCAAUUUUUAGCCAUGACAGGCCAUCUGUCAUGGGUGCUUCAGUCGAGAUUCCUGCAUCGCAGGGCAUUGGACUAGAUGACCAUCGGUGUCCCUCCCAAGGCUAUAAUUUUAUGAGUCUAUGAAUUAGGCAUUUGCCCCUGUCCAGGCAUUCUCUUGGGGUAGGACCACCCCAAAGGAGACCCACUCAGCAGCAUGGAUGUGGCCAAGAGGGGCAGGGAAGGGCAUUCCUCCCCCCCCCAAAAAACCCCCAAUGAAAAUACAUAGUUAACUGAGACUCUCCCCCCAAAAAAAAACCCCCCCGAAAGGGCUGCCCCCCUAACAAAAAUUGUGGCUAAGCCCUUGCCCAGCAACACCAGGUUUGGGAUCUCUUCCAGUUAACCAUGACUCCCCCCUCAGAGCUGCAGUGGGAUCCCCCCUGCUUUCUCUGCUGUCUAGAAGUGACACUUUCACACCGACUUUGCAUUCAUUAUCUAAAAGCAGCUGCAGAAUUUUGCGCCUGCAAAGGGAUAAGUCCUGCCACCGGCUUGCGUUUGACACUUUGUAGGGCAUCUCUGCGCCCCCCCCCCCCCGCUAGCACUUCCUUGCAGGGCUCUGGUAUGAGUGCACAGAGUUUCCCAGCUCCCGGGCAGGAUGUAGCCCCCCACUCCCAUUUUGAUAGGGGAAGCUGAUCCACAGGCACGCUCCCUUUGUCUGCGUGUCCUCUCCGUCCUCUGAAUUGACUAGGGCAAUCGUUGUUUACCUUUCUCAACCUGUGGGUCUCCAGAUGUUGUUGAACUACAACUCCCAUCACCCCUAGCUAGCAAGGCCAGAGCUCAGGGAUGAUGGGAGCUGUAGUCCAACAACAUUUGGGGACCCACGGGUUGAGAACCACUGGACUAGGGCAACCCGUGUGCAGGUCAGCACAAGAUCUCUGUCAGAUUCGUCCCCCGGUCCUGGCUGAUAGGGGUGGGGCGCUUUUUCGGUGAGAGCAAUGGCGCUGUGUCCCAAAUGAGAUUCUGGAAGAGACUACCAGGGAGGAACUGUCUUAGGAAACCCACCAACCCUAAAAAUUCAUCCUCCCCUCUAUGUAAUCAUGCCAAUGUAAGAAACAUCCUUAGUGAAAUAUAAAAGCUUUGUUUUAACGGUGAUGCAAGGUGCAUGUCAGGCAGAUGAGAACUGGGUCUAAUUAUGGCUACUCUUUUUAUGGCUACAGUUGGAGGCAGAAAUGCUUCUGAGUCCCAGUUGCUGGAAACCAGUCUUGUGUUCGAAUCCUGAUUGCUGGUUUCCCUUUGGUGAAUCUGGUCAGUCCCUGUGAGAACAGGACGCUGGGCUAGAUGCCCCCCCCCCACUUUGGCCUGAUCCAGAAGGCGCUUCCGUUCUCGUCUUCAUUUAUUUUUAUUUUUUAUUUCAUAAAAUUUAUACUCUGCUUGAAUGCGGGUGGCAAGGGGGCACCCUCAAAGCAGUUUACGGAAAAAUAAAACCAUAACACCAGGAAGCAAAUUGCAAUGCAUUGAAAUGUACACAAACUUAAAAUGCAAACUUAAAAAGGUAAAGGUAAAGUGACCCCUGACCAUUAGGUCCAGUUGUGACCGACUCUGGGGUUGCGGCGCUCAUCUCGCUUUACUGGCUGAGGGAGCCGGCGUACAGCUUCCGGGUCAUGUGGCCAGCAUGACUAAGCCGCUUCUGGCGAACCAGAGCAGCGCACAGAAACGCCAUUUACCUUCCCGCCGGAGCAGUACCUAUUUAUCUACUUGCACUAUGACGUGCUUUCAAACUGCUAGGUUGGCAGGAGCAGGGACUGAGCAAUGGGAGCUAACCCCGUCGCGGGGAUUCGAACCGCCGACCUUCUGAUCCACAAGUCCUAGGCUCUGUGGUUUAACCCACAGUGCCACCCGCAUCCCUUUAAAAAUACAAACUUAGCUGGUCUCUAAGGUGCUACUGGAAGGAUUUUUAUUAUUAUUAUUUUAGAAUACAAAAAUAGAUUAAAAUUCGCGCCAGCAUUUUCUGUGCGUCUGGGCGGGUGCCGAAAAGAAUGCAGUGAAGGUGCCUGCUUGGUAUCAUGAGGCAGGGAGUUCCAAAGUGUAGGUGCUGCCACACUAGCUUCAUGUUUAAGCAAACCUGGCUGGCCCCACUGCGUCUGCAGUGAAUCCUGGACACUUUAAAAUUAGCAGCAGAAAAGGAACGCGGCAGCUAAAAAAGCCAAUGCAAUUCUGGGCCUCAUCAAUAGGAGUAUAGCAUCUAGAUCAAGGGAAGUAAUAGUGCCACUGUAUUCUGCUCUGGUCAGACCUCACCUGGAGUACUGGGUCCAGUUCUGGGCACCACAGUUCAAGAAGGACACUGACAAACUGGAACGUGUCCAGAGGAGGGCAACCAAAAUGGUCAAAGGCCUGGAAACGAUGCCUUAUGAGGAACGGCUAAGGAGCUGGGCAUGUUUAGCCUGGAGAAGAGGAGGUUAAGGGGUGAUAUGAUAGCCAUGUUCAAAUAUAUAAAAGGAUGUCACAUAGAGGAGGGAGAAAGGUUGUUUUCUGCUGCUCCAGAGAAGCGGACACGGAGCAAUGGAUCCAAACUACAAGAAAGAAGAUUCCACCUAAACAUUAGGAAGAACUUCCUGACAGUAAGAGCUGUUCGACAAUGGAAUUUGCUGCCAAGGAGUGUGGUGGAGUCUCCUUCUUUGGAGGUCUUUAAGCAGAGGCUUGACAACCAUAUGUCAGGAGUGCUCUGAUGGUGUUUCCUGCUUGGCAGGGGGUUGGACUCGAUGGCCCUUGUGGUCUCUUCCAACUCUAUGAUUCUAUGAGGAACACACUGCAUUGCAGCUGGCCAAAGACAGCUGGUCUGGCAGCCCCUCUGCGCAGGGAAAUGACAACUGCAUUCUCCAUUCUGUGCAGGGUGGGAUCUCCUUGCCUCCGCAGUCGGAGGCAGCGAUGCUCCUGAAUGCCAGUCGCGGGAAACCACAGGAGGCGAGAGUUGCUUAUGUGCUCGGAUCCUCUUUGCUGGUUUCCAACAGGCAGCUGGUCGGCCACCGUGAGGACCGGCUGCUGAGCCAAGAAAGGGAGAGUGGAAGGCAAGAAAAUGCUGAGCCAGUGAUGCCCUGCCUCUGUUUCCCCACCUUUUCAUCUUCUCUGCUAUUUCAUUAAAAAAGAAAGAAAUCAAAGUGAUGAUGAUGAUAAUAAUAAUAAUAAUAAUAAUAAUAAUAAUAAUAAUAAUAAUUUACUUAUACCCUGCCCUCCCCAGCUAGAGCCGGACUCAGGGCGGCUUACACCAGUAAAAUUACAAUAAAAACAUAAUGGGGGGGGAACCCCAAUUUAAAAUACAGGUUAAAAUGCAAUUUAAAAUGCAGCCUCAUUUUAAUAGUAGCCCAUAGAUCAAAACCAUAAGGGUCAGACUGAGUCCAAACCAAAGGCCAGGCGGAACAGCUCUGUCUUGCAGGCCCAGCGGAAAGAUGUCAAGUCCCGCAGGCCCCUAGUCUCUUGUGACAGAGCGUUCCGCCAAGUCGGGGCCAGUGCUGAAAAGGCCCUGGCCCUGGUUGAGACCAGUCUAACCACCUUGUGACUUGGGACCUCCAAAGUGUUGUCAUUUGUGGACCUUAAGGUUCUCCGCGGGGCAGACCAGGAGAGGCGGUCCCAUAGGUAUGUGGGUCCUAGGCCGUAUAGGGCUUUAAAGGUCAAAACCACCACCUUAAACCUGACCCUGGACUCCACCGGGAGCCAGUGCAGUUGGUAAAGCACUGGGUGAAUAUGCUCCCAUGACAAGGACCCCAUAAGGAGCCUCGCUGCAGCAUUCUGCACCCGUUGGAGUUUCUGGGACAGCUUCAAGGGCAGCCCUGCACAGAGCGAGUUACAAUAAUCAAGCCUGGAGGUGACUGUCACAUGGAUCACUGUGGCCAGAUCAGGGCAAGAAAGGAAAGGGUAAAAGUAAAGGUAAAGGGACCCCUGACCGUUAGGUCCAGUUGUGGCUGACUCUGGGGUUGCGGCGCUCAUCUCGCUUUAUUGGCCGAGGGAGCCGGCGUACAGCUUCUGGGUCAUGUGGCCAGCAUGACUAAGCCGCUUCUGGCGAACCAGAGCAGCGCACGGAAACGCCGUUUACCUUCCUGCCGGAGUGGUACCUAUUUAUCUACUUGCACUAUGACGUGCUUUCGAACUGUUAGGUUGGCAGGAGAAGGGACUGAGCAAUGGAAGCUAACCCCGUCGCGGGGAUUCGAACCGCCGACCUUCUGAUCGGCAAGUCCUAGGCUCUGUGGUUUAACCCACAGCGCCACCCGCGUCCCAAAGGAAAGGGACCAACUGCUUAAUAUGGCGGAAAUGGAAAAAUGCCACAUAAAGCAAUACAGUCAAAACAUAUAUUCAAACAGUUGAAAGCAGGAGUCAAUGAAGCAUUGUGGAAGCGAUUGCCUGAAUGUGGAAAAAUCCGCAGGUGCCUGAAAGUUAAAACAGAAGGUGUUUGCUGUGUGAAAGUAAUUUUGGGGCAGUUUGUCUCUUAGUACCUGUUGCUGGAGAUCAAGAGCAAUAGAGGGCUGUUCCCUUCAUGUCCUCUGUUAGAUCGGUCUUGGGUCUGAUCCUGCAGCCUCUCCCUGUUCUUUUUUUGAUGUUCUCCACUGUGCGUUACCCAGGAGACACCCGCAUGUCAGCACGUGACAGAGCUCAGUGUCCUUCUAUCUUCUCCCUUGCAGGCUGGAGUUUGCUAGUAAGCGCCUUAGGGAUCAGCGACUGGGGGCAGGAAAGCUUCAGCCAGGGUCCUAUGCACCCUUUUCCCACUUCGAAAGUGGCGGGGGGGGGGACAGGUCUCAAACUUAGCCACCCCCAGAUCUCCUCCAGGCGACUUAAAUUUCACAUUAGGGAUUUGUGCAAAUAAGGGGGAAGUUUUGGGCAUUGCAUAAUUUGCUCCCCAAUCCAGAUGUUUCUUAGCCCAGCUGGAUUUCUUAGCCCAGCUACUGGGGGGAAAGGAAGGAAGUUUAUGAACACUGAAAGAAUUCAUUCAUCCCCUCGUUCAUUUUUAGCUGUUAUUAGUCAUCUUUUCCGAGUCCUGAAAGCCACAAGAAUGAGGAAGUCCCACAGCUCAGUGGGGCAGAGGGCCACCUUUGCACGCAGAAGGUCCCAAGUUUAACCCAUGGAAGUAUCUCCAGGUAGGGCUGGGAAAGAUUCGUAGAAUCUUAGAGUGGGAAGAGAUUCCUGGAGGUCAUCUAGCUCAACCCCGUGCAGAGCUAAAGUCCAAUCAGAGCUGAAGAAUCCCUGAGUGGCGAGCAUCCAACCUCUGCUUGAAAAUCUCCAGGGAAGGAUCAUCCGCCACCCUGCCUGUAAUUCUGGAGAGAUGCUGCCAGUCAGUGUAGGCAAUCUUGAGCCGGACAGAUCAGCUUCAUCUGAUCCUCAGAAUGAUCUUAGAGCGGGAUCAGCAAACUUUUUCAGCAGGGGGCCGGUCCACUGUCCCUCAGACCUUGUGGGGGGGGCAGACUGUAAUUUGAAAAAAAUAAUAAUGAACGAAUUCCUGUGCCCUGCGCAUUUUAAAUAAAAGGGCACAUUCUACUCAUGUAAAAACAUGCUGAUUCCUGGACCAUCCAUGGGCUGGAUUGAGAAGGCGGUUGGGCCAGAUCCAGCCCCUGGGCCUUAGUUUGCCUACCCAUGUCUUAAAGCAUAGCUAGCAUUCAUACUUUGCUUUGCCUCCGUUUCUGCAAUGCAUCGCCUCCCUCAUCUCAGUUUAUUUCGGAUCCUGGUGCAUAAUCAAUUGCACGCCAUCUAAUUGGAGAGGAAACAUUUUUUUUUACGAGGAGAAGGGAUUUAAUUAAACGUGAAAUGCCUAUCUUCGGAGAACGCCUGUAAAUUAUGGAUGCGCCUUUGUGUGUAAUAUUAAUCGAUGCGACAGUCGCCACGGCACUUUUCCGUCAGAGGGAUAGAAAAAUAGGAACCAGCUGAAAUUACGUAUAUGGGUUACGCAGUAGGUGACAUCAGAUGUGGGGCUUUCAAAGCGCAAUGCUUUGCUGGUCUUCGGAGCUAGCAGAGCACUGUGCGUUUGUCGCCCCCGCUUUGAUUUCAAACUGCACAGGCAAAAACAGGUCGCCUGACUGCUUUGUGGUGCCAAAUUAUUGACAGGUGAGGAGCUCCAUCCGCCUGUCAAACUUGGCCAAUGCUGGGGGUGGGAGGACCAUCAGCUGGACCCAGAUCUCCACCUCUGGUAUAGCUACUGUGUGGGAAAAGAAUGAUCAUAGAUGAUAGCUUAAGAAUUGGAGAGUUGGAAGGGACCCCAUGUGGUCAUCUAGUCCAACCCCCUGCAUUGCAGGAAUCAUACAAAAAGGGCCCCUGACAGAGAGCCAUCCAACCUCCAAGGAAGGAGAGUCAACCACCUUCUGAGGAAGUCCAUUCAACCAGCUCUUACUGUCAGAAGGUUAUUCCUGCAAGAAUCUCCUUUCUUGAAACUUGAAUCCAUUGGUUUGGAUCCUUGCUCCGUCUUCCAUGGGGCAGCCCUUUAGGUAUUUGAAGGUGGCUGUCAUAGCAACCUUUCAGUCUUCUGUUCUCCAGGCUAAACCUACCCAGCUCCCUCACCCGUUCCUCACAAGGCUUGGUUUCCAGACCCCUGAACAUCUCUGCACAUUUUCCAGCUUGUCGGUUUCCUCCUUAGAUGGUGGCAUCCAGAAUGGGACAGGACACAGGACAGAAAAAUGAUUUCUGUGGGGGACCUCAACCCCCACAUACCCCUGAAGGUCUUCUCUGGUCCCCACUGCACCCCAGAGAGCCCUCCAUGGGCAUCGCUGGUAGAUACCUGCAUGCCAACCUGAGCCCGACUGAAUUUGUGUGUGUGUGUGUGUGUGUGUGUGUGUGUGCAUCUUUUUAUCCAAAGGAGGUUUUGCAUCUGAGGCCAACAGUUGAUCUUCGCCGCUAGUUCCCUGAAGCUUCAGUUAGAGGCAUGUCUGGUGGAUGGCGAGAAACUGUUGACAGUUUAAAAUAGAAAGGAACACAGAAAAUUGAGGGCCAUAAAUGUUUAAAAGCCUCCGCAGAGCUCAAAGACAGCAGGAUCAAAAAGGACAAAGUUGAAAUGACUAAGUUUAAAAGCACCAAAAUGAGACACUGAGAUGCCCCAGCGACUGGAAGGUCCUUGUCUCUUACGAGAUGGUUAAGGAGUUCUGGUACAUGUCUCAUUGGGAAGAGAAUAGGGGGUAUAAACAUAGAAUAUGAUCAUGGAAUUGUAGAGCUGGAAGGGACCACAAGGUUCAUCUAGUCCAACCCCCUGUAAGGCAUGAAUCUUUUGGCCCAACGUGGAGCUUAGACCCACGACCCUGGAAGAGCCUUGUGCUCUACCAGUUGAGCUAUCCCAGGAGUGACAGAGAAUAGUAGGAUUGGCCCAGUGUCAGGCCCCUGUGGACCUCCUGGUGUUGCUAAACUCCAGCUCCCAGGCAGUAUUUCCCAAUGGUCAGUGCUGAUGGCAGCUGGAGUCUAAAUAAAUAUCCAGACGGCCGUCCCUGCACUGGGGUCAAAUGCAAAGUUUUGUCAGGCAACCGAGAGGUUCAGGAAAGGGCAACCAACAAUGAUCAAGGGGACGGAGCAACAAUAUGAAGAAAGCUUGGGUCUUUUUAGAGAACAGGCAAGGAAGAGGCGGACUGAUAGAGGUUUGCAAAAUUAUGCAUGGCCGGGUGAAAGUGGGAAGAUUGAAGAUUUUCUUCACCAGAUGGGCGGGGUAUAAAUAAUAAAUUAUUAUUAUUUCUCCCUAACACGUGAAAGGUGAAUGUUGGAAGAUUCAGGACAGAUAAAAGGAGGGACUUCUUAGUUAAACUGUGGAACUCGCUGCCACAAGAGGCAGUUAUGACCACUAAUGAGCCAAAUGUCAGGGAUGGUGUUAGCUGGAGUCCAAUUAAUAUCCUGCUCUGGGGUGAAAAGCAGAGUUUGGCCGGGCAGCCUCCUCACAUUUUGCACACGCUCCUUUGUCUGUGUUUAUGAUGCUUAUUGAUGCUGAAAAAGCCUUUGAUAAUGUCUCAUGGGCCUUCAUACUGAAGGUGCUAGAGGCAAUGAACUUUGGAACGACAUUUAUAAGAGAAAUAGAAACUAUUUACUCUAGGCUAGAGGUUGACUCUUAAUAAUACCGUUACUGAAGAAUGCAACCUUAUGAAAGGAACAAGGCAGGGCUGUCCUCUUUCUCUGCUAUCAUUUAUAUUAGUGUUAGAAGGCCUGACGCGUAAUAUAAGAGCCGAUGAAAAUAUUAGAGGAGUAAAGGUAGGCAAUAAGGAAUUUAAACUGAAAGCAUUUGCAGAUGGUUUAGUAAUUACGGUAGAAGACCCAGAUGUUUUGAACUGCAGCUCCCAUAAGCCACAGAGAUGGCAGUUCCCAACAUCUGGAGGGCACCAGACUUUCUUAGGGGCUAGAAACUUCACAAGGAGGAAGCUGAGAACUCACAGGUUCCUGGGCUCAGCUGCCGGAGGGCAGUCUGCCUGCCCAACCUUCCCUAACCCACUCAGUGUGUUUUCUUCCCUCCUUGCCCUCUGCCAGUUGUCACGGAUGAGACCCUGAGCUUCAUCCAGAGGAGCCGCCGUCUGCUGGUGGUGCUGAGCCCCAACUAUGUCCUCCAGGGGACGCAAGCUCUGCUGGAGCUGAAAGCGGGCCUGGAGAACAUGGCGGCCAGAGGGUCCAUCAAGGUGAUCCUUGUCCAGUACCAGGCCAUCAAGAAGAGCAAGGUCAAGGAGCUCAGGCGGGCAAAGGCCGCCCUCACCGUCAUCAAGUGGCAGGGGGAGAAGUCCAGCUACCCUCGGGGAAGGUUCUGGAAGCAACUGCUGGUGGAGAUGCCCGUCAAGAGCGGCCGGACCAAGAGCUCCGGGCAGGAGCAGGACUUUGCCCAGCCUCCUCUGGGAGAUGUCUGAGGACAAGGGGAGCUUGAGCACCCAGCGCUGGGGUGGGGGAGAGGCGUAGCUGGAGAGUGAGGGUUUCUGGGGAUGGAGGGCACCCUCUCUCAAAUCCCAAGGGCCUGGCUGCCUCUCCCCUCCAGCGCCUGACUUGAGCCUGCCUCGCCUGCCUCGGUUUCCCUUCGGACGCCAGCCCACAAAAGCCAAAUUGUUUUUCUACUGGAGCGAGUCAGUAUCCUUCCAGGUUGAUGUGGGAGCAAUGAGGUCUUGCCCGCCCCCCAGUUUGGCGCAAUAGAUCUCGAGGGCCUCUGAAGGCCAUUCUCCCUACCUAGAUCCCCUGGCCUAGAGACCCACUGUGAUAUUUUUAAACUCUGCCAGGGUUGGUUGGAAGCCCCCACCGCCCAGAACGCAGAGCAGGUAGGGAGUUUUUUGCCCCGUGAAGGCAGGGGGCUGCAUUUCCUCACCCACCCGCCCUCCUGUUGAAGCAGCCGAUAUAGAAACAUAGAACUGCAGAAUUGGGACCCAAGGGUCAUCUAGUCCAACCCCCUGCAAUGCAAGGACGUGGGGGGGGGUGCCUUCAGGUCAAAAGCCCCAUUCUCUUUCCUGAAUCCUAGGAGAGUCUGGGUGUUUCCUUUUCCUUUCACCAUUUCCCAUCAGCCUCCCUUUGCUCCCAUCUCCUCUAGAACGAAAAGCCAUGUUUGGAACGGUACCUCUUUUUUUUUUAACCCCCAUGUUCAGUAUUAUUUCUCAUGCCAUCUGCCUCUAAUCUGCCAGGAGAGCCACACGGACAAGUUUACAUAGAGUUCUUGCUGGUGAGCCUGGGAGAACAGUCCACAGGGUGGGAUUUUCUUUUCGUUUUCAGAUUUGAUGGAAGCAGUUUUCCAUCUCUUGACUUAAUUCACACAAACACACACACACAGAAACCACGAUGCAACUGGCUGUAGGAUUCCAAAGCCCGUUUACGCAGCUGUGAGAUCUCCAUCCCUGAACUCGCUCCGACGGCGGGUUGCAUGUUCGGCGGCUGACAUCAGCAAGCCAAAGAAGAACCAUGUGUGAUCCUUAACCACAAAGACACAGAGAGACGUCUCAGGGUUCCCGAUUCCUUUCUCUCCCACAUCUCAGGGUCUGCGGCCAACAGCAGGUGCUUGCCUUCUGUGGCGGACUCAGAACAUCCUAGAGCCAAACCAUUUCUAGCAGGUGCAUGAAAAAAGAUAAGUUGAGCAGGUUGUGCCUGAAACACCCAAAUGACCUUUGACCUCUGGGCUGUUGUUUCGGGAGACGUGGUCUGAAACUUCUUGAUGGAGCAAAGAUUUAAACUUGGUGCACAGUGUCUAAACCCAUUACGUGCACCAGUCCUGGACCAUGCAUCUUCUGAUGUGGGUGUUCUAGUGAAUGAAUUGGCUCUUCCAAGCACCCUUGCAGUUAGGCACUAGCCUGCUCACCAUAGGCGACUAGGGCUUCCACACAGGCGAGCAAGUGGCCUGGCAGAGAUGGGGCAGAGUCCUCCAGAGCCCUCUUCCAUACCCUACAGUGGCCUGUCGGAGGAGAGAAGCCCUGCCCUCCGCUCUGCCCAAUAAAGAACUUUGAUAGUACUCAUAGAGUUGGAAGGGACCCUCAGUGGUCAUUUAGUCCAACCCGCUGCAAUGCAUACAUAUCCCAAAGCAGCUGGAGGGCAAAAUAAGGUUGGCAAAGAGGUUGCAGUUGAGAAUCCAUCCAUUCAUCUCUUUUUGUUGCCAUUUUUGUUAACACGUUGCCAGUUCCCCACCUCCCUUUCCUUAUAUCAUCUGCUUUGAAAAGUGACCUUGUUUUAAUUUUGUUGCGUUCAGUUUGCAUUGAAAUAAAACGCUUAUUUUAAUAGUUUUCCUUUUUGUGCUUCAGUUCAUUCUCCAUGUCUCAUGUGUGUGUGUGUGUCUGUUCCUUCCUCCUCCACAACCCCAGUUUCUUUUCCCCAUUUGGCCAUCAAGAGAGGGGUCUGCCAUUAGCCAGGUCUCAGAAGUUCCUUUGCAGGAGUCUUGUCACAACGAGUAGGAGCUGAGUCGGGUCACACCACCCUGGGCUCAGAUGGGACUGAUGUGUCCAUGAGGCAGUAAAAUUCACAACCCUUCCCCAAGGAAGCGGAUACAUUGGGUGGUCUUCAGCCAAGACUCACUUCAAGGUUGCUCAUUGAAAUAAAUGAGCAUGACUCAGUUAGGUCCAUUAAUCCCAAUGAGUCUACUUUGAGUAAGACCUAAUGCCACCCACUAGGAAUAUAGUAAGAUGCCUUGCAGUGGGUUGACUUGUUUGGCAAACACUCGUAGCCAAAUAAGAUUCCAUGAAAACGGUUUUAACAGUGAGUCCAUCAUCAUCAUCAUAUGAUGGUGGUGGUAAUGAUGAUAAUGAUAAUGAUUUAUUAUUUAUACCCCGCCCAUCCGGAUGGGUUUCCCCAGCCACACUGGGCGGCUCCCAACAGAAUAUUAAACAGAAUAAAGCAUCAAACAUUAAAAACUUGCCUAAGUGACUGUGGAGGCCAAUUCUGGACCCACACGUCCUUCCACAGUGGGGACAUUGGUUUCCAGGCAGGAGUUGAUCACGGUGUGGAUUUGCCAAGCGUGCCUUCUUCUUAGCAUGUUUCUCCCUUGUGUCUUGAGUUCGAGUGUCUUCAAAGCCCACGACACCUUUGUUCAAGGCUGUUCUCCAACUGGAGAGCUCGCAAGCCAGUGUUUCCCAGUUGUCAGUGUUUAUACUACAUUUUUUAAAAUUUGCCUGGAGGGAGUCUUUAAACCUCUUCUGUUGACCACUAGCAGUACACUUUCCAUUUUAAAGUUGGGAAUAGAGUGGUUCUUUGGAAGAUGAUCAUCAGGCAUCCGCACAACAUGACCAGUCCAACAAAGUUGAUGUUGAAGAAUCAUUCCUUCGACACUGGUGAUAUUUGCUUCUUCCAGGACACUGGUAUUAGUUUGCCUGUCUUCCCAAGUGAUGUGUAAAAGUUUUUAGAGGCACUGUUGAUGUGGGUUGUAGCCAAUGCUAGUCCCAUGAGGAGCAAACCCACCAUAGUUAAUAGGCACGACUAGCUUAGAUCCAUGGAUUUCAGUGUGUCUUCUCUUUGCGCAUUGCUAGUGCUCUCCUGCAAGCCCCUCUGGACCAGCCCUGGUGUUGUAUACAAUGAGGCAGCUGCCAAAGGAGACAGAGAGAAGGUGUUGGAGGACAGAGCACUGGGUGCUGCUUGGCUGGUCCUUGCCCCCCUCCCAAGAUAGCCUUCUGCUCUCAGAGGACAGUGGAGGACCUUGUCCCGUCCCCAGUGGUCAAGUCUUGCCAUCUUCUGCGCAUGGAACAAGAGGUGUGGGAAUGUUAAGGAUAGUAAAGGUAAAGGGACCCCUGAACAUUAGGUCCAGUCGCGGACGACUCUGGGGUUGUGGCGCUCAUCUCGCUUUAUUGGCUGAGGGAGCCGGCGUACAGCUUCUGGGUCAUGUGGCCAGCAUGACUAAGCCGCUUCUGGUGAACCAGAGCAGCACACGGAAAUGCCAUUUACCUUCCCGCCAGAGUGGUAACUAUAUAUCUACUUGCACUUUGAUGUGCUUUCAAACUGCUAGGUGGGCAGGAGCUGGGACUGAGCAACGGGAGCUCACCCCGUCGCGGGGGUUCGAACUGCCGACUUUCUUAUCGGCAAGCCCUGGGCUCUGUGGUUUAACCCACAGUGCCACCCACGUCCCCGUUAAGGAUAGUAAAGCUAAAGGGACCCCUGACCAUUAGGUCCAGUCGUGUCCGACUCUGGGGUUGCGGCGCUCAUCUCGCUUUACUGGCCGAGGGAGCCGGCGUACAGCUUCUGGGUCAUGUGGCCAGCAGGACUAAGCCGCUUCUGGUGAACCAGAGCAGCACACGGAAACGCCGUUUGCCUUCCCGCCAAGGCGGUACCUAUUUAUCUACUUGCCCUUUGACGUGCUUUCGAACUGCUAGCUUGGCAAGAGCAGGGACUGAGAAAUGGGAGCUCACCCCGUCACAGGGAUUCGAACCGCUGACCUUCUGAUUGGCAAGCCCUAGGCUCUGUGGUUUAACCCACAGCGCCACCCGCAUCCUCGUUAAGGAUAGUAGGAAAGGGUAUAUUGAAUAAGUAUUAUCCUUCCUUCACUCACGCUAGUGAGUGAUGUAGCAGAGGAGAUUCCCCUCAAUAUAGCUGGAAUCUAGUUUGCAGACUCGUUUAAAUCUCUUAGUUAAGAUUAUUUCCCAGUGUCCCCUUUGAUCCCUCUUAAAAGAAUAAAGACACGAGAGUCUUUCUGAGUAAAGUAACAAAACGUUUGCUCACAUUUCAGCUCACCAUUUGAUCCCUGAAAGGCAGGCUUUACUUAAUAGUUACACAAAGAAACUGUGAGUUGAUCUCAUAUGGAGUCUGAACUCAUGUGCUGGUGGCUGAGAGCCAGCAGACAGCAAAAUUACAUUAAGACAACAAAAUGGCUGCAGGAGAGCAAGACAAUAGAAAGACAAAAGUGACCGAGAGAACGACUGCUUGACUCGGCUCUUUGAUGGAGUCAGCCAGAGCCAUGCUCAUCUCACAUGCAGAGGGAGAUAUUCCAGACCAGUGGAAUAGGAAGUUACAAUGAAUGAAUGAAUUUUUAUUUGUGUCAGCCAUUGGCCACAGCAAUAAAACAACAGUACAAUACCCAAAGAACAGAAAUAAAAAAGUCAACUAUAUAAAAUACAUUUUAGGGUUUUGAAUCAAUAGUCAAAUAGUGGACCUUAUUCUCGUUGCCCCAGCUAGAAACCUUGCAACCUUUGCUGUCACCUCCUCAUUUUGAUCUGCCAAGAGAAAGGACACUGGGGCAGUGGCUGGGCGACCCGGAAUGGACAAUAAAAGAGGGGUGAUAAGUCUUUAUGAAGAGUGCAAGCCAGAAGGGCAUGCGCCACCGAUUCAGGACUGCCAUCUCCACAGGGCCAUAAGCGUUUUCCAUGUGGAAUCUGUUGGAAUCGUCCCUCAAGUCCAGCCGAGGGCAACGCAUUCAAUCUCGCGAGAGUAAAAGCAUGUCUAUAUUUUAGAAUUGCUAGGUUAUGCAGAAAGGGUGCCAGAGAGUCAAAAUGGGAAGGUGGAAAAUAGUCAUACCAUGGGCAGAAUUUCCUUCUUGUGGCCAAGUUGUUCUGACGCUCAAUAUCAUUUCGGCGCUGACAAAUUAGACUGUCUGCCUUACUAAAAGCCAACGUGAGUAGCUGCUGUGGUGAUAAACCACAAGAGUGAAGUUUCUGAUAGACAAUUUUAGUUUCCCUGACUGGAUGUCCCCUGCCCGUGCCCACGCUAGGGAAAUAAGGAAUGUUGCAUUUGACAGCAUCAGUGGAUUACAUCCCACAAGAUGAGGUCCUGAGCCUUCACCUGUUGUCAGGAUCCCAGAGAGCCGGUCACCUCAGAAAGGAUACUGUGGAGUUAGCAAAGGUUCAGCAAAGGGCAACCAAAAUUAUCAGCCAGAUGGAGGGACUCACCUUGCAGAAAAGGUUUGGGACUUUUCACUUUAGAGAUUGCCCUUGGGGUCCCUUCCAGAGAUUCAGCUCUGGGACAAACAUUUCUCGGAUAAAAAUAGGGGCACCAGGAAGCUUCUUCUGUGUCUGAUCUCCCGCACACAUAGAUGUGGCUAUAAACAUCUUCACCUGUCACCUUCAUCCAAUUAAAACAUCUCCACCCGACCCACCUCACAGGGUUGUUGUAAAGUAAAAAUGUGUGAGGGAAGGGAUAGUUUGCAACAAUUUCAUCUGUAACCUGCCAUGAGUCCUUGUCAGGGAAAAGGGUUGGAAUAAUAAUAAUAAUAAUAAUAAUAAUAAUAAUAAUAAUAAUAGAAGAAGAAGAAGAAGAAGAAGAAACUGUGAGAAUGAUCAGGAACAUUACUAAAGGGUGAACCCUUACUUCUGAGUAAAUAUGCUGAACUUUGCAGUGUCAGGCUGCCCAGUCUUGACCCUGGGAGCAAGCUGCAUUGAAUACAGUGGGACUUACUUCUGAGUAGACAGUGUCAAGCAAGACUUCCCAUGUUCCCUAAGAAAUAGCUGGUUUUGGAAGCAUUGCAAUGUAAUAAUAAUAAUAAUGGACGCGGGUGGCACUGUGGUCUAAACCACUGAGCCUCUUGGGCUUGCUGAUCAGAAGGUCAGCGGUUCGAAUCCCCACAACGGGGUGAGCUCCCGUUGCUCAGUCCCUGUUCCUGCUAACCUAGCAGUUCGAAAGCACGUCAAAGUGCAAGUAGAUAAAUAGGUACCACUCUGGCGGGAAGGUAAACGGCAUUUCCGUGCGCUGCUCUGGUUUGCCAGAAGCGGCUUAGUUAUGCUGCCCCCAUGACCCGGAAGCUGUACCUCAGCCAAUAAAGCGAGAUGAGUGCCGCAACCCCAGAGUCGGUCACGACUGGACCUAAUGGUCAGGGGUCCCUUUACCUUUACCUUAUUUUUUAUACCCCACCCAUCUGGCUGGGUUUCCCCACACACUCUGGGCUGCUUCCAACUAAAUAUUGAAAUACAAUGUAAGAAUUUAAAGUGGAUUGGUGACAUUCCCCACCAAAAUUAUAGAAAGGGCUUCGUAUGCCAGCAUCACAAUUUCCUUCAUUUGGUGCAAGAAUUUUAUUGUCAGUAUAAACAGGACUCCGUUUUUUCCACCUACAGAGACAGACACACAUCGCUUUUAAUUGUUUUCUGAGAGGUGGAGGGGGGGAAAAAAAGAAGGAAAAAUCAGAACAUUCUGGGAUCAAAUCAGAAACUGGGGUAGCUUCUGUAAUUCCAGGACUGUCCUUGGAAAAUCAGGGAACUUGGAGAGUAUGCAAUGAUUCUGUGACUAGAACCCACUGCUCCAAAUGCUGGAGAAAAUGCCUAUAUAUAUAUAUAUAUAUAUAUAUAUAUAUAUAUAUAUAUAUAUAUAUAAUUAUAGAAAUGGAUGGGACCCCAAGGAUCAUCCAGUCCACCCCCUGCAAUGCAGGAAUCCACAGCUGUCUCAUACGGGAAUCGAACCUGCAACCUUGGCGAAAGCUGCAAUAAUGCUUUUUGCCCAGGGGUGAAAGAAGAGAAAACUCCAAAGAAGAACGGAUAGUCAAGAUGAUGGACUGUGCCGAAACAGCAGAAGUGAUGGGGAGGAUCAGACACCAAGAUGACAAGAAAUUCAAUAAGGAUUGGGGGGAAAUUUAUUGAGUAGCUUAAAGAUCACUGUAAAUAUCUGAAGACGUCCGCAGGGUUGAUUUAACACUUGUAAUAUAAUUUGAUAAGGUUAAAUGUGGGUUUAAAUAAGUGUGGAUAAGUAUAAUUAGAUGUGGUAAGGUUGAAAACAAAAAGAUAAAUGUUGGAAGCCAAGAGGGGGGCAGGGGGAAGUCGGGGGACUCUGAGAAUCCCACUACAGUGGCACCUUGCUUCUCAAACGCCUUGGUACUCAAACAACUUGGAACCCAAACACUGCAAACCCGGAAGUAAGUGUUCCGGUUUGCAAACCUUUUCCGGAAGCUGAAUGUGCUCAUUUUUAGUGUUGCACUUCUGAUCUGAGUGUAACGCUUAGAUCUGUCUGUUUCUGCUAUUUAUUUUGCAUUUUGGUUUUUGUGGCUCUUUUUGUUUUUGUGACUGUGUGGAACCCGGUUCAGCUACUGAUUGAUUGAUUGAUUGUGCGACUGCAGUACAUUGUUUAUUGCUUUUAUUUGCAAAUCAGAACCAGUGAAGGCGGUGAAGGUCCUGUGUGAGUGCCUGGAGGCGGUUGGAGGAUGGAUGGCGGCUAAUGGAUUGAAGUUGAAUCCUGACAAGACAGAAGUAUUGUUUUUGGGGGACAGGGAGCGGGCUGGUAUGGAGGACUCCCUGGUCCUGAAUGGGGUAACUGUGCCCCAGAAGGACCAGGUGUGCAGCCUGGGAGUCAUUUUGGACUCACAGCUGUCCAUGGAGGCGCAGGUCAAUCCUGUAUCCAGGGCAGCUGUCUACCAACUCCACCUGGUACGCAGGAUGAGACCCUAUCUGCCCGCGGACUGUCUCACCAGAGUGGUGCAUGCUCUAGUUAUCUCCCGCUUGGACUACUGCAAUGCGCUCUAUGUGGGGCUACCUUUGAAGGUGACUCGGAAACUACAACUAAUCCAGAAUGCGGCAGCUAGACUGGUGACUGGGGGCGGCCGCUGAGACCACAUAACACCGGUCCUGAAAGACCUACAUUGGCUCCCAGUACGUUUCCGAGCACAAUUCAAAGUGCUGGUGUUGACCUUUAAAGCCCUAAACGGCCUCGGCCCAGUAGACCUGAAGGAGCGUCUCCACCCCCAUCGUUCUGCCCGGACGCUGAGGUCCAGCGCCGAGGGCCUUCUGGCGGUUCCCUCAUUGCAAGAAGCAAAGCUACAGGGAACCAGGCAGAGGGCCUUCUCGGUAGUGGCGCCCGCCCUGUGGAACGCCCUCCCAUCAGAUGUCAAAGCGAUAAAUAACUACCUGACAUUUAGAAGACAUCUUAAGGCAGCCCUGUUCAGGGACGUUUUUAAUCUGUGAUAUUUUACUGUAUUUUUGGUUUCUAUGGAAGCCGCCCAGAGUGGCUUGGGAAACCCAGCCAGAUGGGCAGGGUACAAAUAAUAAAUUAUUUAUUAUUAUUAUUAUUAUUAUUAUUAUUAUUAUUAUUAUUUCAUUUUAUGGAUCAAUGGUCUCAUCAGAUAGUAAAAAUCAUGUUAAAUUGCUGCUUUAGGGGUUGUUUUUAAAAGUCUGGAUCCGAUUAAUCCGUUUUGCAUUACAGUGAUACCUCUCGUUACAUACUUAAUUCGUUCUGGAGGUCCGUUCUUAACCUGAAGCACCACUUUAACUAAUGAGGCCUCCCGCUGCUGCCACGCUGCCGCUGCACAAUUUCUGUUCUCAUCCUGAAGCAAAGUUCUUAACCCGAGGUACUAUUUCUGGGUUAGCGGAGUCUGUAACCUGAAGCGUAUGUAACUUGAAGCGUAUGUAACCCAAGGUACCACUGUACUUUCUAUGGGAAAGCGUGCCUUGGUUUUGGAACACUUUGGUUUUGGAACGGAUUCAGUCUGAGAACCAAGGUACCGCUGUAAUGUAUAAAUGUGAUUCUGCUUAAAAUGAAUGCUAUUUCUAAAAAUUGGGGGGAGAGAGGAAGAACCUGAAACCUUGGCAUUCUCAGCGCCACGCUCUAACCAGCUGAGCUAUCCAGGCAGAGACCUGACUGCCCUCCUUUCCUCUCCCCUCAGAUACCACGGAAGCCAUUUUUGAUUUCAUCCAGAGGAGCCGCAAGAUGAUUGUGGUCCUGAGUCCCGAUUACAUCCUGGAGAAAAGCAUCAGCAUGCUGGAGUUCAAGCUGGGUCUCUUGUGCCAGAACAACAUCGCCACCAAGCUGGUGGUGGUGGAGUACCGCCCCCUGCUCCGCGCCCACCCCAACAUCCAGCAGCUGAGGGAGUCGGUGGCCUUUGUGGCCUGGAAGGGAGAGAGGUCCAAGCGCCCCGGCUCCAAAUUUUGGAAAGCCCUGCGCUUGGCGCUGCCCCUGAGGAGCCUGAACGCAGCCGGCAGCUGCUCCUGGAACGAGAGCUGCUCUUCCCACUCGGACAUCAGCCUGGACCACGUCCAGAAGAAGAAGGGCCGCUUGAAAGGACCGGCUGAAGCGCCCGGCUCCCGGCCGAAAGGCCUCCCCGUCCAAAGGGGCCUGGCGCCGCUGCCCAGGUCAAAGGCCAAAGACCACGCCAAGCCCUUCCUGGCCUGCCGCUGCUGCGUGGCCUAUUGCAAUGAGAACCACAAACUCGGGGGCCACGGGCGAGGCGGGGCCAAGCCCAAACCGGGGCCACAGUGCCACCGGACGCCCGUGGGAGAGGCCAAGGGGCGGAGGUUGCAGAAGAGCGAGAAGCCGUCGCAGCAGCACCCGCCAUCGGCGCUGAGCCUUCGCCACUACGCGGACUUGUCAAACAACAAUGACUUUUACAUGCUCUAGGUGUCCCUCUCGCCCCCUGGGCAUUGGGGUGAGGGGAGAGGAGGUCUCCCGUGGGUUGAGGGUCCAUGCCAUUGGGGUGAG